AUGCAUUAUAUUAAACAGGUACUGUAUUCUUUAUCCUCAUUCUAUAUUGUUUAUGUUUAACCCUUUACCUUCUUGCAGUGUGACGAGUCUCCCUCAGAGGAUUUAUGGAGAGAAAAUGGAGAUGGGGCUGCAGCUGGGAGUAGACCCUCCAUGGAGAUUGGCACCUCUCAGAUAUCACAACUCAGCCGAGAUAUAAACCAGGUAAUAUUUACUAAAAUUGAUUUUUGCAUACUGUAUCAGGAUGAGGGGUCACGGUCAGGUCCAGAUUAAGAGCCCAUUGGGCCUGGUGCUGACAGUAAUGAUGGGCCUAAUUACAGAAUCUUAUCGACCAAAAACACUAAAACAGUCAUUCCUCCCAAGCGUCAUGUAUCUGAUGGAGAUAGUGUUGGAGGGAAACUCAAAGGAUGCAGCUAUAAGAAAACACAUACUCUAUACUAAUCUCUAAUUUAUGCUUUCAUCGUUUAAGUAAAUCCAUACCCUCUAACAGCAGUGUCCAGUAAAGCAGGAAGUCAAUGGGCGGGGUAAAAGGGUGGGCCACUGACGCAAAUCACAUGACCAGAACUGCCAAAAGGGGCGAACAUGUCCAAAAAGGGGGCAUGUCUGUCCAAAGAAUUGGAAGGCCAGCCUGGCAUCAGUGUCCCUGUGUAUCACAGUGUCAGUGUCCUCAUGUCACCCAGUCCCCUAGUCUUCCAGUGUUCUCAUUUCUCCCCGUGUCCCCAUGUCUCAGUGUUUCCCGUGUCAUUAGGAUACAUAGGGACACAGUGAGACACAGGGACUCUGAGAGACCCGGGGACACUGAGACGCUUGGGGACACUGGGAGACAUGGGGGCACUUGUGGAUACAGACAUGGGGACACUGGGCGAUAUGGGGACACUGGGAGAAAUGGGGACACAGACAUUAUGGACACAGAGACAUGGGGCACAGACCUUUGGGGACACUGGGAGAAAUGGGGAUACAGACACUAGGGACACAGAGACAUGGGGACACAGACAAUGGGAGACAGUAGGGACACUGGGAGACUAGGGGACACUGGGAGACAUGGGGACACUGAGACACUAGGGACACUGGCUGAGAGGCAUGGGGACACUAAGACACUUGGAGACACUGGGAGACAUGGGGCACUUGUGGACAUAGACAUGGGGGCACUGGGAGACAUGGGGACACUGAGACACUGGCUGGGAGACAUGUGGACACUGGGAGACAUGGGGACACAGACAUUUGGGCACACUGGGAGCUAUGGGGACACAGACACUGGGAGCCAUGGGGACACUGAGACAUUAGAGACACUGGCUGGGAGACAUGGGGACACUGGGAGACAUGCAGACACUGUGUCCCUAGUGUAUCUGUGUCCCAAUGUGUCUCCCAAUGUCCCUAUGUUUCACAGUGUCCCUAGUCCCUUGCAUGUGUCUCAGCAUCCCUCUGUCUCCCAGUGUCCCCUAGUGUCUGUGUCCCCAUGUGUCCCCUAGUGCCUCAGUGUCCCCAUGUCUCCCUGCUGCCUUUCCCCCCAUACUUCACUUACCUGAGCUGUAGUCUGUCUCUGUAGGCUGGGAGCUGCUGUCUGGCCUCUCUGUGCUGUGUAGCUGCUCCCCCGCAGAUCAGUGAGUAGAGGGAAUGAUAUGCUGUAACUUCCUAUCCCUGCCUCUCUCCACACACAGUGACCCCUACUGGCCGGUGCUGGUAUUGCAGAGUAAUCUCAGUUUAUACUGAGAAAAAUAUCUGCAUUUGUACUGCCAGUAUUACUGCAAUACCGGCAUGGCCAGGCAGCCUCAAAUACCGACUGUGCUGGUAAAAUACCAGUCAGGUGGCAAACCUUAGAGUAGUGUGUAAAAAAUAAAAAGGAAAAAAAACAUUUUUUUAUUUUUAUCUUUUUUAAUGGGCCUAUUCCAUGGGCCUGGCCUGGAGCUGCAGCUCCAUCAGCCCCUACGUUAAUCCAGCCCUGGUCAUGGUGUGAUUUCCCGUGACCCUCAAGCCCACCCCAUUAACUGUUAUCCCCCAAACUCACCUUUUUGUUUUUCCCAAUAUCAGCCAAAUUGUCUUACCACUAAGCUUACCCUCUUACCUGUAACCCCAAAGUUCACUAAUUUCCUACUAACCCAAGCUCACCCCAUUUCCAGUUACUCUAAGCUAACCCUAAUUUUAUAUCACUCUAAGCUCACCCCAUUUCCUAUUAUUCUAAGCUCACCGUAUUUUUAUAUCACUCUACGCUCAUCCCAUCCCAAGAUCAAUGUGGCGGACCGCCUGGCACCCCGAAUGGGUGCCUUCACCAAUUGUUGCUUCCUAAGCACUCCAGACACCAUAACCACCAUAAACCCCACAGCCAGUGUUACAGCUUGAUUGGGGUUUUGCUGUCCUCCACCCACCCUGGACCCAAGGCCAGGGUCCAGCUUCCAGUUGGUAGACCACUCCUAGCCCAGUGAGUAAGGCAGCUGCUCUUACAAGGGAGUAUAAUGAGUAUAGCAAUCCCCAGAGUGAAUAUAGCUGUCCCCUCCAAACAUGAGACAAGGAUCUAUGUUAAGGGUGAAGUUGAACUGUUUAAUGGCAGCCUCAACUGGCCUUAUUUGCAGGUCCCCAUGCAAGUGGUUUACUCUAACAUAUUCCAGGGGCAUUCCCCACUGGACCUGAGAGGGGACUAUGACAAAUCACACACUUUACUUAUGUUGGCUCUCAGGUCCAGGACACUCCCACACAAAAUAUGGUAAUCCCAAAACACAUGGAAACCCCACAAAAGUUACAUCCCCUGAGAGCCCCGAUUUGGAUCAGUUCAGGGGUUCGGGAUUUCCAUGGAGGUCAUAAUUUGACCGACUGCACACGAGGCUCCUGCCCAAAACAGAUCCAUGAAAUCAGGCUGUGCGGUCGUUCUCUUUCAGGAGUUUACAAUACAACAGAAAUACGAAUGCAACCAGUUCAUAUGUACACUCUGUAUCUGUGUCUGAGUCUGUGUUUCUUGUUCAGGAGUGUGUUUCCACCGAAUGCCGCUCUUCUCAAGUGAAUCCAGCUGAACGUAUGAAGAGAUAGAAGUCCCAGCGGUGUUCGCGCCGUCGAGGGUCCGAUUAUAGUUCCAUGCACUCGACGACCAAACACAGCUGUAUGUGUUCGCAGCUAACGAUGGCUGCCGCCACGUGUUCGUCCAUACGAACAUUGGCCACCCAGCCGACAUUUUAGAAUGUCGUAGUUAACAAGGUCAAUAAGGUUAACGAGCGACACACUCCACUUCCAGGUGGUCCAACUGUUCGGUAGUUGGUUCGGCAUACGAACAGCAUAAUUAUAUUCCGUUCGGUAAAUACUAUAUACCAAACCAGACAAGGGAACAGGCAUGAACAAAGCCUUUUUAUAGACCUGAACCAAAGUCUCACACAUGGGCCAUAGUCCUGAGGUAAGAGGCUGGCCAGCAGGCCCCUCCAAGAACCCGUAACGAGGUUCAGUUUCGUCACAAUCACCCCAUUUCCAGUUAUUCUAAGCUCACCCCAUUUUUAUAUCACUCUACGCUCACCCCAUUUUUAUAUUAUUCUAAGCUCACUCUAUUUUUAUAUUUCUCUAGGCUCACCAGAUUUCCUGUUAUUUGAAGCUCACACUAUUUUUAUAUCACUCUAUGCUUGCCCCAACUUAUAUUACUCCAAGCUACCCUAUUUUUAUAUAACUAAGCUCACCCCAUUUUAUAUUUCUCUAAGUUCACCCUAUUUUCUCACCCUAUUUUUGUACAACUCCAAGCUCACCCCAUUUUAUAUUACUGUAAGCUCACCCUAUUUUAUAUAACUAAGCUCACCCCAUUUUAUAUAACUCCAAGCUCACCCUAUUUUUAUAUAACUACCAGCUCACCCUAUUUUUGUAUAACUCUAAUCUCACGCCAUUUUAUAUUACUAUAAGCUCACCCUAUUUUUAUAAAACUAAGCCUACCCCAUUUAUAUUACUGUAAGCUCACCCCAUUUUAUAUUACUUUCAGCUCACCCUAUUUCUAUAUAACUAAGCUCACCCCAUUUUAUAUUACUGUAAGCUCACCCUAUGUUUGUAUAACUCUAACCUCUCCCCAUUUUAUAUUACUUUCAGCUCACCCUAUUUUUGUAUAACUCUAAGCUCACCCCAUUUUAUAUUACUCUAAGCUCACCCCAUUUUAUAUUACUAUAAGCUCACCCUAUUUUUGUAUAACUCUAAGCUUACCCCAUUUUAUAUAAAUUCAAGCUUACCCCAUUUUAUAUUACCGUAAGCUCACCCUAUUUUUGUAUAACUCUAAGUUCAAGCUAUUUAUAUAUAACUAAGCUCACCCUAUUUUUGCAUAACUCUAAGCUCACCCCAUUUUAUAUAACUCUAAGCUCACCCCAUUUUAUAUUACCGUAAGCUCACCCUAUUUUUGUAUAUCUCACCCUAUUUUACAUAGCUCACCCUAUUUUUGUAUAACACCCCAUUUUCUAUUACUCUAAGCUCACCCCAUUUUGUAUUACUCUAAGCUCACCCUAUUUUUAUAUAACUAAGCUCACCCCAUUUCCUAUUACUCUAAGCUCACCCUAUCACAUGCUUGCCCCAUGUCCCUUCACCUGCUGGCUGGGAGAACGAACCACAUCUCCACUAACCUGACUGUCUAGUGUUUCUACUGUUUAGUGUUGUAUAGUAACUGUGUGAAUAACAGUGCUGCAUGGUACGCCCCCAGGGUGAGGACUCAGCAGGGUACAGGAUAGUGUAAACACCAAGCAUCUCUACAGUAACAGUAACACAAUCUGGGACUGUAAUCCAUUUCUCUCUGUUUUAUUCAGGCUGAGACCUGGAUUCGAGAUAAACUACAGUAUUUGAGGGAUCAGUGCCAUGCGUGCCCUCUCCAGGACUGGGAGCAGGAGACUCAGACUAUAGAGAAAGACAUCAGAGACUUCGAGGGCACAAUAAUGAAACUGAGCCAGGUACAGAGGAGGCAGCGUGUUUGUAGAAUAAUGUGCAAUGCUGUGGGUUCAGGUAUGAGGCUGGGAGUUCAGGUAUGAGGCGGUGGGUUCAGGUAUGAGGCUGUGGAUUCUGGUCUGAGGCUGUGGGUUCAGGUAUGAAGCUGUGGGUUUAGGUCUGAGGCGGUGGGUUCAGGUAUGAGGCUGUGGAUUCAGGUAUGAGGCUGUGGAUUCAGGUAUGAGGCUGGGGGUUCAAGUAUGAUGCUGGGGGUUCAGGUAUGAGGCGGUGGGUUCAAGUCUGAGGCGGUGGGUUCAGGUAUGAGGCUGGCGGUUCAGGUCUGAGGCGGUGGGUUCAGGUAUGAGGCGGUGGGUUCAGGUAAGAGACGGUAGGUUCAGGUAUGAGGUUGUGGGUUCAGGUAAGAGGCUGUGGGUUCAGGUAAGAGGCUGUGGGUUCAGGUAUGAGGCUGUGGGUUCAGGUAAGAGGCUGUGGGUUCAGGUAUGAUGCGGUGGGUUCAGGUAAGAGGCUGUGGGUUCAGGUAUGAGGCGGUGGGUUCAGGUAAGAGGCGGUGGGUUCAGGUAUGAGGUAGUGGGUUCAGGUAAGAGGCUGUGGGUUCAGGUAAGAGGCUGUGGGUUCAGGCUCUGAGGCUGGUCCAGGCAUGAGGCGGUGGUCUGGUAAAAGAGGCUGUGGGUUCAGGGUAUGAGGCUGUGGGAAGGUUCAGGUAUGAGGUCAGGGGUUCAGGCAUGAGGGGCGGUGGGGUUCAGGUAUGAGGCCGUGGGUUCAGGCAUGAGGCAGUGGUCUGUGGGUGGCAUGAGGCUGUUCAGGGCAGAGGCUCUGUGGGGGGUUCAGGUGGUAAGAGGCCAGGGGUUCAGGUAUGAGGGGCUGUGGGGUUCAGGUAAGAGCUCCUGGGUUCAGGUAAGAUGCUGUGGGUUCAGGUAUGAGGCUGUGGGUUCAGGUAUGAGGCUGUGGGUUCAGGUAUGAGGCAGUGGGUUCAGGUAUGAGGCGGUGGGUUCAGGUAUGAGGUUGUGGGUUUAGGUAUGAGGCUGUGGGUUCAGGUUUGAGGCUGUGGGUUCAGGUAUGAGGCGGUGGGUUCUGGGUUCAGGUAUGAGGCUGUGGGUUCAGGUAUGAGGCUGUGGGUUCAGGUAUGAGGCAGUGGGUUCAGGUAUGAGGCGGUGGGUUCAGGUAUGAGGUUGUGGGUUUAGGUAUGAGGCUGUGGGUUCAGGUUUGAGGCUGUGGGUUCAGGUAUGAGGCGGUGGGUUCAGGUAAGAGGCUGUGGGUUCAGGUAAGAGGCUCUGGGUUCAGGUAUGAGGCUGGCGGUUCAGGUCUGAGGCGGUGGGUUCAGGUAUGAGGCGGUGGUAUGAGGCUGUGGGUUCAGGUAAGAGUGGGUUCAGGUAUGAGGCUGUGGGUUCAGGUAAGAGGCUGUGGGUUCAGGUAAGAGGCUGUGGGUUCAGGUAUGAGGCUGUGGGUUCAGGUAAGAGGCUGUGGGUUCAGGUAUGAGGCGGUGGGUUCAGGUAAGAGGCUGUGGGUUCAGGUAUGAGGCGGUGGUUCAGGUAUGAGGCUGUGGGUUCAGGUAUGAGGCUGUGGGUUCAGGUAAGAGGCUGUGGGUUCAGGUAAGAGGCUUUGGGUUCAGGUAUGAGGCGGUGGGUUCAGGUAAGAGGCUGUGGGUUCAGGUUUGAGGCAGUGGGUUCAGGUAUGAGGCAGUGGGUUCAGGUAUGAGGCUGUGGGUUCAAGUAUGAGGUUUUGGGUUCAGGUAAGAGGCGGUGGGUUCAGGUAUGAGGCGGUGGGUUCAGGGAUGAGGCUGUGGGUUCAGGUAUGAGGCGGUGGGUUCAGGUAAGAGGCUGUGAGUUCAGGUUUGAGGCGGUGGGUUCAGGUAAGAGGCGGUGGGUUCAGGUAUAAGGGGGUGGGUUCAGGUAUGAGGCUGUGGGUUCAGGUAUGAGGCUGUGGGUACAGGUAUGAGGCGGUGGGUUCAGGUAUGAGGUUUUGGGUUCAGGUAUGAGGCUGUGGGUUCAGGUCUGGGGCUGGGAGUUCAGGUCUGAGGCUGGGGGUUCAGGUAUGAGGCUGGGGGUUCAAGUUUGAGGUUGUGUGUUCAGGUCGGAGGCUGAGGGUUCAGGUUUGAGGUUGUGUGUUCAGGUCGGAGGUUGUGGGUUCAGGUUUGAGGUUGUAUGUUCAGGUCUGGGGCUGGGGGUUCAGGUCGGAGGCUGGGGGUUCAGGUUUGAGGUUGUGUGUUCAGGUCUGGGGCUGGGGGUUCAGGUCGGAGGCUGGGGGUUCAGGUUGGAGGUUGUGUGUUGAGGUCGGAGGCUGUGGAUUUAGGUUUAAGUCUCUGGCUUUAGAUUUCACACUGUCGGUUUAGCUAUGGGGCUAUUAGUGUUAGUGCAAGGUGCUCAUAUAAUCACACAAUGUUGUAAGGAUGCUAGAAGGACCAAUCCUCAAUUAUUACACUACAGACCAAUGCCUAAUGUCCCUCCUUCAGAUCGGGGAACAUAUCUCCAAAGGUCAUACCACCAGCUCGUCAUCGCUUCAAGCCCAACUCCAGUGCCUGAGGGACCAAUGGCAACUACUAAAACAAACAGCGGCCAAUCAGAGCAAAGCAAUUGGAGGAGCUAAGACUCUACAGGAGUUUAAUAAGAAAGCGGAUGAACUGGAGAUUUGGAUGAGAGAAAAGGUCUGUAACCUAAACAGUCCUAUAACAUGAAAUAGUGCCUGAUACAGUGUAUAACGUUACCCUAAACAGUCCUUGUAAGGAAACCAAGUAUAUUUAAACCUCCUUCGGUAGUUUCCUCCCGAACCGCCAGAGCCUUAGUGAUUAUAGCCCUCUAUUCGGUAGAUAGGGUAGACGAAUUCUAUAGCAAUUCCAAUAGCUUCACAAGAUGAUUCCAUUAGUGAAACACACGAAUCCCCAAACAUGAAGUAAAGAAGAAGGGUACAAAAUGAACUGGCCUUUAAUGGGUGCACACAGGCUUUUAUGCAAGUCCCCAUGCAAGGGGACAGCCCUCAGGGAGUGACAAACAUUAACCAAUCACAUACAGUAAAACUUCAACACACACCCACAGUUUCCUCCCCUAGCCCAGGAGAUAAUUCAGUCUGAUAAAAGAAUAACUUAAUUAUCUCCGGGCUGAAAAACCACCUUUUUCCCCAAUAACUGGAACACCCCUUUAUACUUGGGGUAUGCCCACAAUUCACAUGUCCCCUGAUAGCCCUGAUCUGGGUGACCCCAUAUCUGAAUUUCACCCAGAUCGGUUCAGGGGUUCGCAAAAACUAUGGAGGUCUUCUGUGACCGGCUCACCCUGCACUGCAUGCCCAAAACAGUUCCAUGAAUUUGGUGGGUUUUGCCCGUCAUUUUAGGAAUAGCAGAAAAACGAACAAAGUACCGAAUUGAUCCCUCUGGCUCCUAGCAGCGUUCGUGCCCCUCUGUCGAAUACACCAAAGUACCGAAUAGCGCUCUUCCAGCUAUUCGGUAAAUAGAGUUCCAGCGUUCGUCUGUUUUGGACCGGUGUUCGGGAAGUCGAGUGUCCAUUUUCAGUUCCAUGCACUCGACGACCAGGUCCCGCUGCCUUUGUUCGCAUGAACAAAGAUGGCCACGGUUUUCUCUGCCACGUGGCGUUCGACUGUACGAACGCUGGCCGCACAGACAGAGGUAGCAAUUUCACUAGACUUUGAAAUGAGCCAGAGGGGUGGUCCUUGUUCGGUAGUUACAUCUACCGAAUGCAAUGGGCAGAAAUAAUGUAACAAAAAGGGAAUGCAAUGGGUAUACAUAAUACAACAAAAGGGGAUUUCUUCACACUGCUCCCCUAUAAGUCCAUAGGUCGGCAUACCCGCCUAGACCCUGUCGGGUUGGCUUGGGGAUGUCCGAGAAAGGGUCUUUAAGCGUCCAGGUUAGUCUGUCGGGACAGACCAUCCGCAUUACCGUUUUGAUUGCCCGGACGGUAUUGCAUUGUGAAAUUGUAUGGCUGAAGUGCUAGGCUCCACUGUAAUAGCCUGGGGUUGUCCCCAGCCACUCUGUUUAGCCACACAAGGGGAUUAUGAUCAGUCAUGAGCGUAAAUGGUCGGCCGUACAGAUAAGGUUUUAGUUUCUUGAGCGCCCACAGCAGGACUAAACACUCUUUCUCCACGGUGGCAUAGUAAAAGGUAGGCCACCGGGUGUUCCAUGCCGUCGUCCCCCACUUGGCUUAAGACGGCUCCCAGCCCAAACAUGGAGGCAUCUGUGUGGACAAGAAAUUGUUUAGUGUGGUCGGGUGCUGCCAACACAGGAGCCUCAUUUAAUGCCGCUUUAAGUUUCUGGAAAGCUUCCGCGCACUCUGGGGUCCAGUUUACCUGAGCUUUUUAGUGAGGUCAGUGAGAAAAAAGGGCGCUAUACUCGGGGACAAAUUUCCGAUAAUAACCGGCUGUUCCUAAAAAGGCUAAGACCUGGGUUUUGGUACCGGGUUGGGGCCAAUUCGCUGUGGCUUCUAUUUUGGCAGGCUCUGGCCGCUGCCUACCUGAACCUACCCUGUGGCCGAGGUACUAUACCUCGGCCAUGCCGGCAUGACAUUUGUCGGGCUUCAAUGUGAGCCCGGCCAGGUGAAUUCGCUUGAGUACCCUGGACACGUGCCCCAGGUGAUCCCUCCAUGUGCGGCUGUAGAUGGCAAUAUCUUCCAAAUACGCACAUGCAAAGUCCUGGAACCCCUCCAGGAGCCUGUCGGCCAUCCGCUGAAAUGUAGCCGGAGCAUUCUUCAUCCCAAAGGGAUGUUUAAUGAGCCAGAGGGGUGGUCCUUGUUCGGUAGUUACAUCUACCGAAUGCAAUGGGCAGAAAUAAUGUAACAAAAAGGGAAUGCAAUGGGUAUACAUAAUACAACGAAACAUGAAAUAGUGCCUGAUAUCACGUAUAACGUUACCCGAAACAGUCCUAUAACAUGAAAUAGUGCCUGAUACAGUGUAUAACGUUACCCUAAGCAGUUCUAUAAUAUGAAAUAGUGCCUGAUACAGUGUAUAACAUUACCCUAAGCAGUCCUAUAAUAUGAAAUAGUGUCUGAUACAGUGGAUAACGUUACCCUAAGCAGUCCUAUAAUAUGAAAUAGUGCCUGAUACAGUGUAUAACGUUACCCUAAGCAGUCCUAUAAUAUGAAAUAGUGCCUGAUACAGUGUAUAACGUUACCCUAAGCAGUCCUAUAAUAUGAAAUAGUGCCUGAUACAGUGUAUAACGUUACCCUAAGCAGUUCUAUAAUAUGAAAUAGUGCCUGAUACAGUGGAUAACGUUACCCUAAGCAGUCCUAUAAUAUGAAAUAGUGCCUGAUACAGUGGAUAACGUUACCCUAAGCAGUCCUAUAAUAUGAAAUAGUGUCUGAUACAGUGUAUAACAUUACCCUAAGCAGUCCUAUAAUAUGAAAUAGUGUCUGAUACAGUGUAUAACGUUACCCUAAGCAGUCCUAUAACAUGAAAUAGUGCCUGAUACCAUAUACAGUCCCAUUGUAUGUUUUAUUAGCCAGACUCAUUUAUAUAAACAGAAUAAGGUGCGCUGUAAGUUUAAACACCAAUCCUUUCCCACUCUUAUGCAAUCAUAAAGUGCACUAUACCUUUAAAGUGUAAAUAAAGUGUACCCUUAAGUGCACAAUUUUCUUAAUAAAGUGCAACAACCAGUGAAAAUAUAAAACAAUAGUGUACACACACUUAUUUAUAAAGGGCAUAUAAUGGCACGGUUUCUAGUAGAGUGCUAAAUUAAUCAUGUAAGCACACCUAUUACUAAAGAGCAUCAAACAUUAAACCUUAUAGUGCAAAAUGGCUUCAAAGUGCAUAAAAUUCACCGACAAAAUGUGUUCCAUUCAUUGAAUAUGUAAAAAGAGAAAUGGAACUAUAUAGUGUAAUAGGCAGCGGCUCACAUACACAAAUCUUUAUUCAGAAAAAAUAACACUCGCUAUAAAAGAAGUCCCCCACAGGCAGAGUGCUCCAAUCACUGUUCGGUUCUCUUGCCGGCUCCUGAACUUUUCGAGUGAGAGAUAAGAGUGGGAAAACGUAAGAAUUGUAUUUUAAGGUACAGUGCACCUUAUUUUGUUAUAUACUGAUGUAGCGUAUUUUACGAGCUAUUGCACUUUGAUAGGUGCUGCUAUAUAUUGUUUAAAUUUUAUUGGAAAUAUUUAUUUUAGAAGACGAAUAUGCGCCAUUAUUGGAGAUUUUUUAUCAUUUUUGUUCAGGAAUAAGUUGUAAUUUAAAUGUAUGUGAUGUAUAUAAUAUACUGCUAUAGGGUUUGAUAUUUUACAUUAUUUAACCCAGUGACAGCCCCCCUCCAAACUAUUAGUACAUUUUUAUAGUAUGCGUUGAUGUCCCAUAACUAUAGGGUCUAGAAUUAGAUUGUGGACUCUGUUUAUACUGUAAUAUGGAUUAAGGCUUCUCUCAUUUAUAUCAUUUGUUUUUCUAUAUGUGCAGGAAGAGAAGCCCUCACUCCCACUCCUUCUGGAUGAAAACUUUGAUAAAGUGCGAUUAACGAGACAAAUCCUUGAUUUGAAGCAGGUAGAGCUGCGUUCCUUUUUAUUAUAAAAACUCUGGUUCGGUAGUAAUAAGAUAUUUCUGAAUAUCGCUCUUGCAUACAUUCACGUAAAUAACGGAUUUCCUCUAAUGCAUAAUUCGGACACAAAAUGGCCUCCUAUAACCCACUUACCAGUUAUUGUUUAGUUUCCAUGUGGCAGUCCUCGGUAACUUUACAGCUGACCAUUGACAUAACAAGUCCAAAAGGGAUCAAAGAGAGCCCACUUUUGAAGUACGUUGCUCAAUAUAUUUUAACCAUAAUUUGCAGUUUUAUAUAUCAGUCUGGGUUACAGGGCCAAAGUUGUUCACAGGCUAGGUUACAGUCUGAUGAGGAGGCCGUUUGGCCAGCUUAUACUUUGUUCCUGUUUAGCGCACCAUACUACACAUUGAGGCACGGUGUUUGCUUAAAGAAAAGGGCACAAGGUAACUCUACAUUUAUACAUUUUUCUCUUUUAUAUUGACAUGGACAGGAAGAAGUUUAUUACCGAAACCUUCAAGAGAACAUAAACAGCUUGGCUCAGAAAUUGGAAAAACAAGGACGAGCGGAGAACAAGGGGCCUUCCAACCGACGCAAACAACUCAACAAGAUGUAAGGCUUGGCUUUCACUGAGCGAGAGUACAUAGUUAUAUAGACUGUAAAGGACAUUGGAGACAAUUAAAGGGGAGACUGGAGAUGACGAAUUUGAUCAGCCAGUCUGGUAGAACUGGAGUCAGCACAGUUUGUUUUAACCCUGUUGUAUGCCCUGUUACAGGUGGCUCAGGCUCCAGGUUACCCUGCAGGAGCACCAGCAAAGUCUUCAGCUGGCACUAGAGGCAUCGUCAUUAUGGCAACAGGCAGAUACUAUCCUUAGAGCCAUGGAGGAGAAGGUAAUAAACAGCAAGGGGGUAGACACCCUGUGAAUCACAUGUAUGUUACAGCGUAAGGUAUGUCUUCCUGACACAUUAGCCCAAGAGUAUUAUCUUUUUUAAAAGGUCCAUCUUUGGUCUAGUUUUCCAGCUCACUAAUGACCAUCUGGAAUACUUUAUAUACAAUGUGCAUUAAAGAACAGAGAUUUUUAGUACCACUGAAAUGGACAUUAAAGUGUAAGCUCACCUGUCAAUGUCAGACAAUUCACCUCGCUGCUUCCUUCUUAAACGUUGACAUUGGCAAGUGAGCUUACAUGUUGCUGGCCAUUGCAGCAGUACUACAAACCUCUGUCUAAAGGCACAAAUGUACAUUUUAUACCAGAGUGCCUAGAAAAUGUUUGGUUCUGAUCUGCAUUCAAUGCCAACAAAUCUAAGCAAAUAUAUAAAUGGGAUCUUCAUAUUACUGCCACCAUGGAGACUGUCAUUAAAUGCCAAUAAGCCCAUCACUACAAAGAGAGAUUCAGGGCUGAAACCAUACUGGUUGUCACACAAUGUUAGACAGUGUGGGAGGUCAGGAGGUCGUAUAAAUAUUCAAUACAAUGUUAUUAUUGCUCUACCAGUCCACCGGUGAGAGAAAUGAAGGAACCUCCGACAGACGUGGACACCAAGACAUGAGGGAUAUAGCCAGCCAGAUCAUGGUAAGAAACCAACAAGCGGGGCCCUUGGAAAGAGACAUUAGACAAUCACGGGGUAAAGAGAGACUCCAAAUUAGACAGUCACACAGUAUGGAGAGACAUCUAGAAUUAGACAGGUAUCAUCUAGAGAAGUGCAGUAGUCUAUUGCUGCCCCAUUAAAAAAGAAAAAUUUGAAAACUGUACACUGUGCCCUGCACAGAAAAUAAUAGGAGUUACAAUCGGUUCCUUGUUAGCACUUUAUUUCAUAAAUAUUUUUGGUGCUUUUUUUUAUCUGCCAUGGAAUAUAUUUUUGAAUAAUUAAUAAAGAGAGGAAUUAAUUGAUUUACACAUUUUAAUGGAGUGUAUUAUUGUGAGAUUUUGUUUUAUUUAUGAUAUAGAGAUCCCUCGAUUUAAUGACAUUGUUAUACAGAGUGCACUCCCUGUCAGUAACUAGAUAAUGUUAUAAAUAUUUGUCUCUCUGCACUAGGUCUAGUCUCUCUCUAUUUUGUUCUCCCUAUUAGGGCCCUCCCCAUCUCUGUUCCUGUACGUCCAGUUGUCUGGUUACAAUAACAUGUAUGUUAGUCCGUCCACCCAUUGUACAGCGCUAUGGAAUUUGAUGGCACUAUAUAAAUAAUAAUAAUAAUUAUAUAUUUUUAUGAGAACACAUUCCUACACUUAUCUGUCUACUGAUCUCUUUCUCUUCCUCCAUUCCUCGGUAUUAUCCCUCCCGUCUCUUUCUUUUCCUCCAAUCUUUGGUAUUAUCCCUCCUGUCUUUCUUUGCCUCCAUUCCUUGGUAUUAUAUCUCCCAUCUUUCCUUUCCUCCAUUCCUUGGUAUUAUCCCUCCCAUCUCUUUCUUUUCCUCCAAUCUUUGGUAUUAUCCCUCUCGUCUUUCUUUUCCUCCAUUGAUUGGUAUUAUCCCUCCCGUCUCUUUUCCUCCAUUCCUUGGUAUUAUCCCUCCAGUCUUUCUUUUCCUCCAAUCUUUGGUUUUAUCCCUCCCUUCUUUCUUUCCCCCCAAUCUUUGCUAUUAUCCCUCCCGUCUUUCUUUUCCUCCAUUCCUUGGUAUUAUCCCUCUUGUCUCUUUCUUUUCCUCCAAUCUUUGGUAUUAUCCCUCCUGUCUUUCUUUUCCUCCAUUCCUUGGUAUUAUCCCUCCCAUCUCUUUCCUUUCCUUCAUUCCUUGGUAUUAUCCCUCCCAUCUCUUUCUUUUCCUCCAAUCUUUGGUAUUAUCCCUCUCGUCUUUCUUUUCCUCCAUUCCUUGGUAUUAUCCCUCCUGUCUCUUUUCCUCCAUUCCUUGGUAUUAUCCCUCCAGUCUUUCUUUUCCUCCAAUCUUUGGUAUUAUCCCUCCCUUCUUUCUUUCCCCCCAAUCUUUGCUAUUAUCCCUCCCGUCUUUCUUUUCCUCCAUUCCUUGGUAUUAUCCCUCUUGUCUCUUUCUUUUCCUCCAUUCCUUGGUAUUAUCCCUCUCGUCUUUCUUUUCCUCCAUUCCUUGGUAUUAUCCCUCCCGUCUUUCUUUUCCUCCAUUCCUUGGUAUUAUCCCUCCCAUCUCUUUUCCUCCAAUCUUUGGUAUUAUCCCUCCUGUCUUUCUUUUCCUCCAUUCCUUGGUAUUAUCCCUCCCGUCUUUCUUUUCCUCCAUUCCUUGGUAUUAUUCCUCCCGUCUCUUUUCCUCCAUUCCUUGGUAUUAUCCCUCUCGUCUCUUUUCCUCCGUUUUUUGGUAUUAUCCCUUCUGUCUUUCUCUUCCUCCAUUCCUCGGUAUUAUCCCUCCCGUCGCUUUCUUUUCCUCCAAUCUUUGGUAUUAUCCCUCCUGUCUUUCUUUGCCUCCAUUCCUUGGUAUUAUACCUCCCAUCUUUCCUUUCCUCCAUUCCUUGGUAUUAUCCCUCCCAUCUCUUUCUUUUCCUCCAAUCUUUGGUAUUAUCCCUCUCGUCUUUCUUUUCCUCCAUUCCUUGGUAUUAUCCCUCCCGUCUCUUUUCCUCCAUUCCUUGGUAUUAUCCCUCCAGUCUUUCUUUUCCUCCAAUCUUUGGUAUUAUCCCUCCCUUCUUUCUUUCCCCCCAAUCUUUGCUAUUAUCCCUCCCGUCUUUCUUUUCCUCCAUUCCUUGGUAUUAUCCCUCUUGUCUCUUUCUUUUCCUCCAUUCCUUGGUAUUAUCCCUCUCGUCUUUCUUUUCCUCCAUUCCUUGGUAUUAUCCCUCCCGUCUUUCUUUUCCUCCAUUCCUUGGUAUUAUCCCUCCCAUCUCUUUUCCUCCAAUCUUUGGUAUUAUCCAUCCCAUUUUUCUUUUCCUCCAUUCCUUGGUAAUAUCCCUCCUGUCUUUCUUUUCCUCCAUUCCUUGGUAUUAUCCCUCCCGUCUUUCUUUUCCUCCAUUCCUUGGUAUUAUUCCUCCCGUCUCUUUUCCUCCAUUCCUUGGUAUUAUCCCUCUCGUCUCUUUCUUUUCCUCCGUUUUUUGCUGUUAUCCCUUCCGUCUUUCUCUUCCUCCAUUCCUCGGUAUUAUCCCUCCCGUCUCUUUCUUUUCCUCCAAUCUUUGGUAUUAUCCCUCCUGUCUUUCUUUCCCUCCAUUCCUUGGUAUUAUACCUCCCAUCUUUCCUUUCCUCCAUUCCUUGGUAUUAUCCCUCCCAUCUCUUUCUUUUCCUCCAAUCUUUGGUAUUAUCCCUCUCGUCUUUCUUUUCCUCCAUUCCUUGGUAUUAUCCCUCCCGUCUCUUUUCCUCCAUUCCUUGGUAUUAUCCCUCCAGUCUUUCUUUUCCUCCAAUCUUUGGUUUUAUCCCUCCCUUCUUUCUUUCCCCCCAAUCUUUGCUAUUAUCCCUCCCGUCUUUCUUUUCCUCCAUUCCUUGGUAUUAUCCCUCUUGUCUCUUUCUUUUCCUCCAUUCCUUGGUAUUAUCCCUCUCGUCUUUCUUUUCCUCCAUUCAUUGGUAUUAUCCCUCCCGUCUUUCUUUUCCUCCAUUCCUUUGUAUUAUCCCUCCCAUCUCUUUUCCUCCAAUCUUUGGUAUUAUCCCUCCCAUCUCUUUCCUUUCCUCCAUUCCUUGGUAUUAUCCCUCCCAUCUCUUUCUUUUCCUCCAAUCUUUGGUAUUAUCCCUCUCGUCUUUCUUUUCCUCCAAUCUUUGAUAUUAUCCUUCCCGUCUUUCUUUUCCUCCUUUCCUUGGUAUUAUUCCUCCCGUCUCUUUUCCUCCAUUCCUUGGUAUUAUCCCUCCUGUCUUUCUUUUCCUCCAAUCUUUGGUAUUAUCCCUCCCGUCUUUCUGUUCCUCCAAUCUUUAGUAUUAUCCCUCCCAUCUCUUUUGCUCCAUUCCUUGGUAUUAUCCCUCCCUUCUCUUUUCCUCCAUUCCUUGGUAUUAUCCCUCCCGUCUUUCUUUUCCUCCAUUCCUUGGUAUUAUCCCUCCCGUCUUUCUUUUCCUCCAUUCCUUGGUAUUAUCCCUCCCGUCUCUUUUCCUCCAAUCUUUGGUAUUAUCCCUCCCAUCUUUCUUUUCCUCCAUUCUUUGGUAUUAUCCCUCUCGUCUCUUUCUUUUCCUCCAUUCCUUGGUAUUAUCCCUCCCAUCUUUCUUUUCCUCCAUUCCUUGGUAUUAUCCCUCCCAUCUCUUUCUUUUCCUCCAAUCUUUGGUAUUAACUCCACGUCUUUCUUUUCCUCCAUUCCUUGGUAUUAUCCCUCCCAUCUUUCUUUUCCUCCAAUAUUUGAUAUUAUCCCUCCCGUCUUUCUUUUCCUCCAAUCUUUGAUAUUAUCCCUCCCGUCUUUCUUUUCCUCCUUUCCUUGGUAUUAUUCCUCCCGUCUCUUUUCCUCCAUUCCUUGGUAUUAUCCCUCCUGUCUUUCUUUUCCUCCAAUCUUUGGUAUUAUCCCUCCCGUCUUUCUGUUCCUCCAAUCUUUAGUAUUAUCCCUCCCAUCUCUUUUGCUCCAUUCCUUGGUAUUAUCCCUCCCUUCUCUUUUCCUCCAUUCCUUGGUAUUAUCCCUCCCGUCUUUCUUUUCCUCCAUUCCUUGGUAUUAUCCCUCCCGUCUUUCUUUUCCUCCAUUCCUUGGUAUUAUCCCUCCCGUCUCUUUUCCUCCAAUCUUUGGUAUUAUCCCUCCCUUCUUUCUUUUCCUCCAUUCUUUGGUAUUAUCCCUCUCGUCUCUUUCUUUUCCUCCAUUCCUUGGUAUUAUCCCUCCCAUCUUUCUUUUCCUCCAUUCCUUGGUAUUAUCCCUCCCAUCUCUUUCUUUUCCUCCAAUCUUUGGUAUUAACUCCACGUCUUUCUUUUCCUCCAUUCCUUGGUAUUAUCCCUCCCAUCUUUCUUUUCCUCCAUUCCUUGGUAUUAUCCCUCCCGUCUCUUUCCUUUCCUCCAUUCCUUGGUAUUAUCCCUCCCAUCUCUUUCCUUUCCUCCAUUCCUUGGUAUUAUCCCUCCCAUCUCUUUCUUUUCCUCCAAUCUUUGGUAUUAUCCCUCCCGUCUUUCUUUUCCUCCAUUCCUUGGUAUUAUACCUCCCAUCUUUCUUUUCCUCCAUUCCUUGGAAUUAUCCCUCCCAUCACUUUCUUUUCCUCCAUUCUUUGGUAUUAUCCCUCUUGUCGCUUUCUUUUCCUCUAUUCCUUGGUAUUAUCCCUCCCGUAUAUUUUCCUCCAUUGCUUGGUAUUAUUCCUCCCGUCUUUCUUUUCCUCCAAUAUUUGGUAUUAUCCCUCCCGUCUUUCUUUUCCUCCAAUCUUUGAUAUUAUCCCUCCCGUCUUUCUUUUCCUCCAUUCCUUGGUAUUAUCCCUCUCAUCUCUUUCUUUUCCUCCAUUCCUUGGUAUUAUCCCUCCCGUAUAUUUUCCUCCAUUCCUUGGUAUUAUCCCUCCCGUCUUUCUUUUCCUCCAAUAUUUGGUAUUAUCCCUCCCGUCUUUCUUUUCCUCCAAUCUUUGAUAUUAUCCCUCCCGUCUUUCUUUUCCUCCAUUCCUUGGUAUUAUCCCUCUCAUCUCUUUCUUUUCCUCCAUUCCUUGGUAUUAUCCCUCCCGUAUAUUUUCCUCCAUUCCUUGGUAUUAUCCCUCCCGUCUUUCUUUUCCUCCAAUAUUUGGUAUUAUCCCUCCCGUCUUUCUUUUCCUCCAUUCCUUGGUAAUAUCCCUCGUCUUUCUUUUCCUCUAUUCCUUGGUAUUAUCCUGCGUGCUGCCUUCGACAUCCCCUUCCGUCUUUCUCUUCCUCCAUUCCUCAUUAUUAUCCCUCACGUCUCUUUCUUUUCCUCAAUCUUUUGCAUUGUCCUCCUGCUGCUCCGUGUGCCAUCUUUCUUUUCCUCCAAUCUUUGGUAUUAUCCCUCCCAUCUCUUUCCUUUCCUCCAUUCCUUGGUAUUAUCCCUCCCAUCUCUUUCUUUUCCUCCAAUCUUUGGUAUUAUCCCUCUCGUCUUUCUUUUCCUCCAUUCCUUGGUAUUAUCCCUCCCGUCUCUUUUCCUCCAUUCCUUGGUAUUAUCCCUCCAGUCUUUCUUUUCCUCCAAUCUUUGGUAUUAUCCCUCCCUUCUUUUUUCCCCCCAAUCUUUGCUAUUAUCCCUCCCGUCUUUCUUUUCCUCCAUUCCUUGGUAUUAUCCCUCUUGUCUCUUUCUUUUCCUCCAUUCCUUGGUAUUAUCCCUCUCGUCUUUCUUUUCCUCCAUUCCUUGGUAUUAUCCCUCCCGUCUUUCUUUUCCUCCAUUCCUUGGUAUUAUCCCUCCCAUCUCUUUUCCUCCAAUCUUUGGUAUUAUCCCUCCUGUCUUUCUUUUCCUCCAUUCCUUGGUAUUAUCCCUCCCGUCUUUCUUUUCCUCCAUUCCUUGGUAUUAUUCCUCCCGUCUCUUUUCCUCCAUUCCUUGGUAUUAUCCCUCUCGUCUCUUUCUUUUCCUCCGUUUUUUGGUAUUAUCCCUUCCGUCUUUCUCUUCCUCCAUUCCUCGGUAUUAUCCCUCCCGUCUCUUUCUUUUCCUCCAAUCUUUGGUAUUAUCCCUCCUGUCUUUCUUUGCCUCCAUUCCUUGGUAUUAUACCUCCCAUCUUUCCUUUCCUCCAUUCCUUGGUAUUAUCCCUCCCAUCUCUUUCUUUUCCUCCAAUCUUUGGUAUUAUCCCUCUCGUCUUUCUUUUCCUCCAUUCCUUGGUAUUAUCCCUCCCGUCUCUUUUCCUCCAUUCCUUGGUAUUAUCCCUCCCGUCUUUCUUUUCCUCCACUCUUUGGUAUUAUCCCUCCCUUCUUUCUUUCCCCCCAAUCUUUGCUAGUAUCCCUCCCAUCUUUCUUUCCUCCAUUCCUUGGUAUCCCUCUUGUCUCUUUCUUUUUCCUCCAUUUCCUUGGUGAUUAUCCCUCUGGGUCUUUCUUUUCCUCCACGUUCCUUGGGUAUUAUCCCUCCCGUCUUUUUCUUUUCCUCCAUUUCUGGUAUUAUCCCUCCCAUCCUCUUUUCCUCAAUCUUUUGGUGGUAUCCAUCCCGAUUUUUCUUUUUCGCCAUUCCUUGGUAAUAUCCCUCCCUGUCUUUCUUUUCCUCCAUUCCUUGGUAUUAUCCCUCCGGUCUUUCGCGCACCAUCCCGUUCAUGGUAUUGAUUUUCAUCAGUCAUAGCUUUCCUCCAUUCCUUGGUAUUAUCCCUCUCGUCUCUUUCUUUUCCUCCGUUUUUUGCUAUUAUCCCUUCCGUCUUUCUCUUCCUCCAUUCCUCGGUAUUAUCCCUCCCGUCUCUUUCUUUUCCUCCAAUCUUUGGUAUUAUCCCUCCUGUCUUUCUUUGCCUCCAUUCCUUGGUAUUAUACCUCCCAUCUUUCCUUUCCUCCAUUCCUUGGUAUUAUCCCUCCCAUCUCUUUCUUUUCCUCCAAUCUUUGGUAUUAUCCCUCUCGUCUUUCUUUUCCUCCAUUCCUUGGUAUUAUCCCUCCCGUCUCUUUUCCUCCAUUCCUUGGUAUUAUCCCUCCAGUCUUUCUUUUGCUCCAAUCUUUGGUAUUAUCCCUCCCUUCUUUCUUUCCCCCCAAUCUUUGCUAUUAUUCCUCCCGUCUUUCUUUUCCUCCAUUCCUUGGUAUUAUCCCUCUUGUCUCUUUCUUUUCCUCCAUUUCUUGGUAUUAUCCCUCUCGUCUCUUUCUUUUCCUCCAUUCUUUGGUAUUAUCCCUCCCGUCUCUUUCUUUUCUUCCAUUCCUUGGUAAUAUCCCUCCCGUCUUUCUUUUCCUCCAUUCCUUGGUAUUAUCCCUCCUGUCUCUUUCUUUUCCUCCAUUCUUUGUUAUUAUCCCUCUCGUCUCGUUCUUUUCCUCCAUUCUUUGGUAUUAUCCCUUCCGUCUUUCUUUUCCUCCAUUCCUUGGUAUUAUCCCUCCCAUCUUUCUUUUCCUCCAUUCCUUGGUAUUAUCCCUCCCGUCUCUUUUCCUCCAUUCCUUGGUAUUAUCCCUCCUGUCUUUCUUUUCCUCCAUUCCUUGGUAUUAUCCCUCCUGUCUUUCUUUUCCUCCAAUCUUUGGUAUUAUCCCUCCCGUCUUUCUUUUCCUCCAGUCUUUGGUAUUAUCCCUCCCGUCUCUUUUCCUCCAUUCCUUGGUAUUAUCCCUCCCGUCUUUCUUUUCCUCUAUUCCUUGGUAUUAUCCCUCCCUUCUCUUUUCCUCCAUUCCUUGGUAUUAUCGCUCCCGUCUUUCUUUUCCUCCAUUCCUUGGUAUUAUCCCUCCCAUCUCUUUUCCUCCAAUCUUUGGUAUUAUCCCUCCCAUCUUUCUUUUCCUCCAUUCCUUGGUAUUAUCCCUCCCGUCUUUCUUUUCCUCCAUUCCUUGGUAUUAUUCCUCCCGUCUCUUUUCCUCCAUUCCUUGGUAUUAUCCCUCUCGUCUCUUUUCCUCCGUUUUUUGGUAUUAUCCCUUCUGUCUUUCUCUUCCUCCAUUCCUCGGUAUUAUCCCUCCCGUCGCUUUCUUUUCCUCCAAUCUUUGGUAUUAUCCCUCCUGUCUUUCUUUGCCUCCAUUCCUUGGUAUUAUACCUCCCAUCUUUCCUUUCCUCCAUUCCUUGGUAUUAUCCCUCCCAUCUCUUUGGUAUUAUCCCUCUCGUCUCUUUCUUUUUCUCCAUUCUUUGGUAUUAUCCCUCUCGUCUCUUUCUUUUCCUCCAUUCUUUGGUAUUAUCCCUCCCGUCUCUUUCUUUUCCUCCAUUCCUUGGUAAUAUCCCUCCCGUCUUUCUUUUCCUCCAUUCCUUGGUAUUAUCCCUCCUGUCUCUUUCUUUUCCUCCAUUCUUUGGUAUUAUCCCUCUCGUCUCGUUCUUUUCCUCCAUUCUUUGGUAUUAUCCCUUCCGUCUUUCUUUUCCUCCAUUCCUUGGUAUUAUCCCUCCCGUCUCUUUUCCUCCAUUCCUUGGUAUUAUCCCUCCAGUCUUUCUUUUGCUCCAAUCUUUGGUAUUAUCCCUCCCUUCUUUCUUUCCCCCCAAUCUUUGCUAUUAUUCCUCCCGUCUUUCUUUUCCUCCAUUCCUUGGUAUUAUCCCUCUUGUCUCUUUCUUUUCCUCCAUUUCUUGGUAUUAUCCCUCUCGUCUCUUUCUUUUCCUCCAUUCUUUGGUAUUAUCCCUCCCGUCUCUUUCUUUUCUUCCAUUCCUUGGUAAUAUCCCUCCCGUCUUUCUUUUCCUCCAUUCCUUGGUAUUAUCCCUCCUGUCUCUUUCUUUUCCUCCAUUCUUUGUUAUUAUCCCUCUCGUCUCGUUCUUUUCCUCCAUUCUUUGGUAUUAUCCCUUCCGUCUUUCUUUUCCUCCAUUCCUUGGUAUUAUCCCUCCCAUCUUUCUUUUCCUCCAUUCCUUGGUAUUAUCCCUCCCGUCUCUUUUCCUCCAUUCCUUGGUAUUAUCCCUCCUGUCUUUCUUUUCCUCCAUUCCUUGGUAUUAUCCCUCCUGUCUUUCUUUUCCUCCAAUCUUUGGUAUUAUCCCUCCCGUCUUUCUUUUCCUCCAGUCUUUGGUAUUAUCCCUCCCGUCUCUUUUCCUCCAUUCCUUGGUAUUAUCCCUCCCGUCUUUCUUUUCCUCUAUUCCUUGGUAUUAUCCCUCCCUUCUCUUUUCCUCCAUUCCUUGGUAUUAUCGCUCCCGUCUUUCUUUUCCUCCAUUCCUUGGUAUUAUCCCUCCCAUCUCUUUUCCUCCAAUCUUUGGUAUUAUCCCUCCCAUCUUUCUUUUCCUCCAUUCUUUGGUAUUAUCCCUCUCGUCUCUUUCUUUUCCUCCAUUCUUUGGUGUUAUCCCUCUGGUCUCUUUCUUUUCCUCCAUUCCUUGGUACUAUCCCUCCUGUCUCUUUACUUUCCUCCAUUCCUUGGUAUUAUCCCUCCCAUCUCUUUCUUUUCCUCCAAUCUUUGGUAUUAUCCCUCCAUUCUUUCUUUUCCUCCAUUCCUUGGUAUUAUCCCUCCCGUCUCUUUUCCUCCAUUCCUUGGUAUUAACCCUCCCAUCUUUCUUUUCCUCCAUUCUUUGGUAUUAUCCCUCCCAUUUUCUUUCCCUCCAUUCCUUGGUAUUAUCCCUCCCGCCUUUCUUUUCCUCCAUUCCUUGGAAUUAUCCCUCCCAUCUCUUUCUUUUCCUCCAUUCUUUGGUAUUAUCCCUCUCGUCGCUUUCUUUUCCUCUGUUCCUUAGUAUAAUCCCUCCCAUCUUUCUUUUCCUCCAUUCUUUGGUAUUAUCCCUCUCAUCUGUUUCUUUUCCUAAAUUCUUUGGUAUUAUCCCUCCCGUCUUUCUUUUCCUACAUUCCUUGGUAUUAUCCCUCCCGUCUCUUUCUUUUCCUCCAAUCUUUGGUAUUAUCCCUCCCGUCUUUCUUUUCCUCCAUUCCUUAGUAUUAUCCCUCCCAUCUUUCUUUUCCUCCAAUCCUUGGUAUUAUUCCUCCCGUCUCUUUCCUUUCCUCCAUUCCUUGGUAUUAUCCUUCCCGUCUCUUUCUUUUCCUCCAAUCUUUGGUAUUAUCCCUCCCGUCUUUUUUUUCCUCCAUUCCUUGGUAUUAUCCCUCCUCUCUCUUUUCCUCCAUUCCUUGGUAUUAUCCAUCCCGUCUUUCUUUUCCUCCAUUCUUUGGUAUUAUCCCUCCCAUCUCUUUCCUUUCCUCCAUUCCUUGGUAUUAUCCCUCCCAUCUCUUUCUUUUCCACCAAUCUUUGGUAUUACCCCUCUCGUCUUUCUUUUCCUCCAUUCUUUGGUGUUAUUCCUCCCAUUUUCUUUUCCUUCAUUCCUUGGUAUUAUCCCUCCCAUCUUUCUUUUCCUCCAAUCUUUGGUAUUAUCCCUCUCGUCUCUUUCUUUUCCUCCAUUCCUUGGUAUAAUCCCUCCUGUCUUUCUUUUCCUCCAUUCCUUGGUAUUAUCCCUCCCGUCUCUUUUCCUUUAUUCCUUGGUAUUAUCCCUUCCAUCUUUCUUUUCCUCCACUCCUUGGCAUUAUCCCUCCUGUCUCUUUCUUUUCCUCCAUUCUUUGAUAUUUUCCAAAUCGUCUGUUUCUUUUCCUCCAUUCCUUGGUAUUAUCCCUCCCGUCUUUCUUUUCCUCCAUUCCUUUGUAUUAUCCCUCCCGUCUCUUUCUUUUCGUCCAAUCUUUGGUAUUAUCCCUCCUGUCUUUCUUUGCCUCCAUUUUUGUAUUAUACCUCCCAUCUUUCCUUUCCUGCAUUCCUUGGUAUUAUCCCUCCUGUCUCUUUCUUUUUCUCCAAUAUUUGGUAUUAUCCCUCUCAUCUUUCUUUUCCUCCAUUCCUUGGUAUUAUCCCUCCCGUCUCUUUUCCUCCAUUCCUUGGUAUUAUCCCUCCCAUCUCUUUUCCUCCAUUCUUUGGUAUUAUCCCUCCCCUCUUUCUUUUCCUCCAUUGCUUGGUAUUAUCCCUCCUGUCUCUUUCCUUUCCUCCAUUCCUUGGUAUUAUCCCUCCCGUCUCUUUCUUUUCCUCCAUUCCUUGGUAUUAUCCCUUCCAUCUCUUUUCCUCCAUUCCUUGGUAUUAUCCCUCCAGUCUCUUUCCUUUCCUCCAUUCCUUGGUAUGAUCCCUCCCGUCUCUUUCUUUUCCUCCAAAUUUUGGUGUUAUCCCUCCCGUCUUUCUUUUCCUCCAUUCCUUGGUAUUAUCCUUCCCAUCUCUUUUCCUCCAUUCCUUGGUAUUAUCACUCCCGUCUCUUUUCCUCCAUUGCUUGGUAUUAUCCCUCCCGUCUCUUUCCUUUCCUCCAUUCCUUGGUAUUAUCCCUCCCGUCUCUUUCUUUUCCUCCAUUCUUUGGUAUUAUCCCUUCCGUCUUUCUUUUCAUCCAUUCCUUGGUAUUAUCCCUUCCAUCUCUUUUCCUCCAUUCCUUGGUAUUAUCCCUCCAGUCUCUUUCCUUUCCUCCAUUCCUUGGUAUUAUCCCUCCCGUCUCUUUCUUUUCCUCCAAACUUUGGUAUUAUCCCUCCCGUCUUUCUUUUCCUCCAUUCCUUGGUAUUAUCCUUCCCAUCUCUUUUCCUCCAUUCCUUGGUAUUAUCCCUCCCGUCUCUUUUCCUCCAUUCCCUGGUAUUAUCACUCCCAUCUUUCUUUUCCUCCAUUCCUUGGUAUUAUCUCUCCCGUCUUUCUUUUCCUCCAUUCCUUGGUAUUAUCCCUCCCAUCUCUUUUCCUCCAAUCUUUGGUAUUAUUCCUCCCAUCUUUCUUUUCCUCCAUUCUUUGGUAUUAUCCCUCUCGUCUCUUUCUUUUCCUCCAUUCUUUGGUGUUAUCCCUCUGAUCUCUUUCUUUUCCUCCAUUCCUUGGUAUUAUUCCUCCCAUCUUUCUUUUCCUCCAUUCUUUGUUAUUAUCCCUCUCGUCUCGUUCUUUUCCUCCAUUCUUUGGUAUUUCCUCCAUUUUUUGGUAUUAUCCUUCCCAUUUUCCUUCCCUCCAUUCCUUGGUAUUAUCCCUCCCGUCUUUCAUUUCCUCCAUUCCUUGGAAUUAUCCCUCCCAUCUCUUUCUUUUCCUCCAUUCUUUGGUAUUAUCCCUCUCGUCUAUUUCUUUUCCUAAAUUCUUUGGUAUUAUCCCUCCCGUCUUUCUUUUCCUCCAUUCCUUGGUAUUAUCCCUCCUGUCUCUUUCUUUUCCUACAAUCUUUGGUAUUAUCCCUCCCAUCUUUCUUUUCCUCCAUUCCUUGGUAUUAUCCCUCCCAUCUUUCUUUUCCUUCAUUCCAUGGUAUUAUCCCUUCCAUCUCUUUUCCUCCAUUCCUUGGUAUUAUCCCUCCAGUCUCUUUCCUUUCCUCCAUUCCUUGGUAUGAUCCCUCCCAUUUCUUUCUUUUCCUCCAAACUUUGGUAUUAUCCCUCCCGUCUUUCUUUUCCUCCAUUCCUUGGUAUUAUCGUUCCCAUCUCUUUUCCUCCAUUCCUUGGUAUUAUCACUCCCGUCUCUUUUCCUCCAUUGCUUGGUAUUAUCCCUCCCGUCUCUUUCCUUUCCUCCAUUCCUUGGUAUUAUCCCUCCCGUCUCUUUCUUUUCCUCCAUUCUUUGGUAUUAUCCCUUCCGUCUUUCUUUUCAUCCAUUCCUUGGUAUUAUCCCUUCCAUCUCUUUUCCUCCAUUCCUUGGUAUUAUCCCUCCAGUCUCUUUCCUUUCCUCCAUUCCUUGGUAUUAUCCCUCCCGUCUCUUUCUUUUCCUCCAAACUUUGGUAUUAUCCCUCCCGUCUUUCUUUUCCUCCAUUCCUUGGUAUUAUCCUUCCCAUCUCUUUUCCUCCAUUCCUUGGUAUUAUCCCUCCCGUCUCUUUUCCUCCAUUCCCUGGUAUUAUCACUCCCAUCUUUCUUUUCCUCCAUUCCUUGGUAUUAUCUCUCCCGUCUUUCUUUUCCUCCAUUCCUUGGUAUUAUCCCUCCCAUCUCUUUUCCUCCAAUCUUUGGUAUUAUUCCUCCCAUCUUUCUUUUCCUCCAUUCUUUGGUAUUAUCCCUCUCGUCUCUUUCUUUUCCUCCAUUCUUUGGUGUUAUCCCUCUCAUCUCUUUCUUUUCCUCCAUUCCUUGGUAUUAUUCCUCCCAUCUUUCUUUUCCUCCAUUCUUUGGUAUUAUCCCUCUCGUCUCUUUCUUUUCCUCCAUUCUUUGGUGUUAUCCCUCUGAUCUCUUUCUUUUCCUCCAUUCCUUGGUAUUAUCCCUCCCAUCUUUCUUUUCCUCCAUUCCGUGGUAUUAUCCCUCCUGUCUCUUUCCUCUCCUCCAGUCCUUGGUAUUAUCCCUCCCAUCUCUUUCUUUUCCUUUCAAUCUUUGGUAUUAUCCCUCCAUUCUUUCUUUUCCUCCAUUCCUUGGUAUUAUCCCUCCCGUAUCUUUUCCUCCAUUCCUUGGUAUUAUCCCUCCCGUCUUUCUUUUCCUCCAUUUUUUGGUAUUAUCCUUCCCAUUUUCCUUCCCUCCAUUCCUUGGUAUUAUCCCUCCCGUCUUUCAUUUCCUCCAUUCCUUGGAAUUAUCCCUCCCAUCUCUUUCUUUUCCUCCAUUCUUUGGUAUUAUCCCUCUCGUCUAUUUCUUUUCCUAAAUUCUUUGGUAUUAUCCCUCCCGUCUUUCUUUUCCUCCAUUCCUUGGUAUUAUCCCUCCCAUCUCUUUCUUUUCCUCCAAUCUUUGGUAUUAUCCCUCUCGUCUUUCUUUUCCUCCAUCCCUUGGUAUUAUCCCUCCCAUCUCUUUUCCUCCAUUCCUUGGUAUUAUCCCUCCCAUCUCUUUUUCUCCAUUCCUUGGUAUUAUCCCUCCCAUCUUUCUUUUCCUCCAUUGCUUGGUAUUAUUCCUCCCGUCUCUUUCCUUUCCUCCAUUACUUGGCAUUAUCCCUCUUGUCUCUUUCUUUUCCUCCAUUCCUUGGUAUUAUCCCUCCCGUCUCUUUCUUUUCCUAAAUUUUUUUGGUAUUAUCCCUCUCGUCUUUUUCUUCUCCUCCAUUUCUUGGUAUUAUCCCUCUCGUUUCUUCUCCUCCAUUCCUUGGUAUUAUCCCUCCCGUCUCUUUUCCUCCAUUCCUUGGUAUUAUACCUCCCAUCUUUCUUUUCCUCCAUUCCUUGGUAUUAUCCCUCCCGUCUCUUUCUUUUCCUCCAUUCCUUGGUAUUAUCCCUCCGCUCUCUUUUCCUCCAUUCCUUGGUAUUAUCCCUCCCGUCUUUCUUUUCCGCCAUUCCUUGGUAUUAUCCCUCCCGUCUUUCUUUUCCUCCAUUCAUUGGUAUUAUCCCUCUCGUCUCUUUCUUUUCCUCCAUUCCUUGGUAUUAUCCCUCUCGUCUCUUUCUUUUCCUCCAUUCCUUGGUAUUAUCCCUCCUGUCUCUUUCUUUUCCUAAAUUUUUUUUGGUAUUAUCCCUCUCGUCUCUUUCUUCUCCUCCAUUUCUUGGUAUUAUCCCUCUCGUCUCUUUCUUCUCCUCCAUUCCUUGGUAUUAUCCCUCCCGUCUCUUUCUUUUCCUCCAUUCUUUGGUAUUAUCCCUCUCGUCUCUUUAUUCACCUCCAUUUUUUGGUAUUAUGCCUCUUGUCUCUUUCUUCUCCUCCAUUUUUUGGUAUUAUCCCUUUUGUCUUUCUUUUCCUCCAUUCAUUAGUAUUAUCCCUCCAAUCUCUCUUUCCUUCCAUGUCUUGGUAUUGUGUCAGCAUUUUCCCCUCCUGCUCAUUUUCCUCCUCUUUUCUCGAUAGUUGUUGGAUAUUGCGGUGUCACAAAUCUCUAGUCUUCAUCCUGUCCUGUCAUUGAGAGCUGCUUCUAAGCAACGUCAAGUAAAGGAGAGUUGGGCACAGCUCCAGAAAGCACUAAGGUAUUUAAAUUCUGCAUACAUUUAGCUGUCAGAAUGUACAAUUCAGUGUCUGAUCCCAUUCAUAUUCUCACAAAUUUCCGAGUGUGUGAGUGUCCAUAAAUUAAUACACAGGGUAUGUUUGUAACUUUUUGUACCUUUGCUCUCUCUGACACGGACGCUAGCAAAAGGCUAACUUGUGUUGGCCUCAUGAAAUUAUAAAUAGCUCUUAGUCUUUCCCAGAAACCAUUUAAUAUAUUAUAUAUGAAAAAAAAGGGAUAGUCACCAUUGACAUUAGUAGUGUUUGUGAUGUGAGGGAGUCUUUGAAAACUCCACCAGCCUGCCCAAACUCUGAAGUGACCUGGUCUGAGACAUGCAACUUGGGACACAAAGUGAUCUUGAAGAAUGCCUCCCCCUCCCCACCCCGGGCUGUCUGACUGAAAGCUGGGACCGAUCAAUCCAAAAUCGUUAUAAAAGUGCUGAUAUCGCUGGAAAUUGGCAAUUUUAUACCGCGAGAUAGACUCUGUUAAUCCCUACAGGAAGCUAAAGGGGAUUUAGUGGCUUGGGGUUUACAUUUAACCUUUUCACCGGCAGAUUUAGACCAAAAUAGGUGAUCUAAAAAGAUUUGAAAUAAUCAUCAAUUUUGUAUUUUUUGACCCACAAUUCACAAUUCCCUUGUCAAUUUUUAGAAUUUGCAAGUUUAAUGGAUAGCCAUGCCUGUGUGGGAUUUAGAGUUUAUUAUCUGAAUAAUUGUUAGAGAGGGUGAUAGCAAGUCUGAACGAGAGGGUUAGCCGGAUGUAGCACAAUGUAACCUCCUGGAAAUGUGGCUCUGCGUGUGAGAUGGGCUCCAGGGAAUAGCUGGAUGUAUAGCCCACUCAAUAAAUUUAGCACAAUAAAUUUAGCACAAUAAUCUGGGUCUGUUUGGAGUCUCUGAAGAGAUCCUUGUUUUGAGUUUUAUAAAUAGACGAGUACUUCCUGUUGGAGUCUUGUUUUCAAUUCCCAGACAUUAUAUAAUUAGUUUUGAAAUUUCUCCCCAAGGACGGACAAUUCAGUGAGACCCAUUCCAAGUUCCUCAUUCACCAGAGAACUGGACAACCUUGCGACCCCCGGAACAGAGGAGCAAGGCAGCGUGGGAAGCCUUGGAAAUGAGCCAAACAGCUCACAGGUCAGAAAAGCGGGUUGUCAUGAUUUUGUGACAAGCCAGCAAAACGUAUGAUACUGUGCAAUAGUGAUCGAAUGAAAAAGUAAGAUGGAGGCCACUAUCAUUUUUCACUGGUAAUGGAAUAUUCUAAUGCGUUACUUUUACAGAAUUACGAUGGACACAAAGGAAGUUUAAAUGUGAAGGAAAUGAACAGAUUGUGCCCUUCCCUCAGAUCAGGAACAGAAAGUGAAGCCAUCAUGAAGCCAGCCAUGUACUUUAAUGAGAGGAAGAGGUUUGUAUGUAACAUGAUAUGAAUAUUUACCCCCUCCUAAUACACAGACAUUAGACAUGCACCUCUCACCUCCUAAUACACAGACAUCAGGACACCUACCUCUCACCUUCUCCUAAUACACAGACAUCAGGACACGUACCUCUAACUUCCUCCUAAUACACAGACAUCAGGACAUGUACCUCUCCCCUCCUAAUACACAGACAUCAGGACACCUACCUCUUACCUCCUCCUAAUACACAGACAUCAGGAUACCUACCUCUCACCUCCUCCUAAUACACAGACAUCAGGACACCUACCUCUCCCCUCCUCCUAAUACACAGAUAAAAGUUUUCAUAGUUUUGCUGGUAAUAUCUGUAUAGUAGUAAAGCCAUGAGGUGGAUUAAAGCGGUUCUGAUGCUAGUUACAUGAUUAGUAUAACGUAAUCCCUCCAGUAACAUUAAUUUUCAUUGUUAAAGUGGCACUGUCAUGCUGAACUUACCUUUCUUUAAUCGAUUUCUCUUCUCUCCCUCUCUCAGGAUCUGUUCUUCAUUUCUUCCUGUCUGCUCUAUAAGACCAAGUAGGCACUACUUGUAUUAUGGAGGCUUCCAUUGCCAUGACCAGCGGAGGAGCAAAGUGUGCUUCAUUUCCGGUGGUCAGAGCAAUUUUCCCAUAAUUCUAAGCUUUCCUCCCUGUUCCCGCGAUGCUUCCUUUUCACGUCCGUUCACUUACAUAGAACGCCGGCAAAACUACCGAAUUGCAUCUUAACAGAAUGAGCACAGUUUCUCCAUUCGCGUUAGGACGCAAUUCGGGACUUUGUUUCUAUCAAAAUUUCAUUCGAAUGAAUGAAACUCCGAUCCUAUUGGUGCAGCGGCUGUAUCUUGCAGACGCUUAGUACAUAGCUCCCUAAUAACGUGGGAAUUAGGGAGUUAUCUACCAGAAGGCUGAAAGACCUAAAUUGCUAUUGUAAAUUUUUUUUUAAAUAACCCCACCCUCAAUAAAAUGGCCCACAUAGUGUCGUCAUCCCCCUUGAGCCCCCACUCAUGCCCCAGUUUUGAGCAGCAGGUGGGGGUCUUAUUGCCCUCCCCCCCACCCCCCGGCCCGCACCCCUGAGCGGCGGGUGGGAGCCCUAAAUGAAAAUGUUAACACCCCAGGUCCCCAAGCCCCUAGACACCUCCCACCCAAAAAUAAAGAAAUAAAACCCUCCUCACCCUAAAAGCAGUUGGGGAGAACAAUAAAACUAAAUCCCUGUAAAUAAAAAUAACUUAUCAUUUGAUGUUUUUUUUCUAAAAUCCUUUUUUCAGCCCCAAUAAAGGCCAAAUAAAAACCAUAAUACCUGUUGGACUUUGAAAAUAAAAUAAAAAACCUGAGCACAAACAAAAAAAAAAUACGAUGAAAAGAAAAAAACAGACGCUAAAAAAAGGAAUCAAUUUUCUCCCAUGGAGGGCUCCGCGCAGACUGAGCUCUGCAGGGCGGAGGAAUGCUUAUAAAGCCUUGCCCCGUCCUGCAAUAGGGCUCAGAGCACUCUGAUUGGUGGGUUUAAGCCAUCCAAUCAGAGUGCUCUGACAGGUAAAUGAAGAGACUGACAGGUAAGUCUCUACAUUUACCUGUCACAGCACUCUGAUUGGUUGGUUUGAAAUCCACCAAUCAGAGUGCUCUGUGUAAUUUUACACAGCGUGGGAAAGUUCUUUGUAAUUUUCCCAUGCUGUGUAAUUUGACUGAUAAUGACACUCGUGGGUGGGGGCCGGGGGGGACAAUAGCUCCCCCCUGUAGCGGAGUAGUAGUAUUAUCCACGGUAUCUCCGCUGGUAGACAGAAUCAAGCAGGCACACAGCAGGUAAAAUCCAGGUAGCGUAGUUACAAUCCCUUCCUCCCAAGAACUAGACGACACAUAGCUUGGAGGUCAACUGAGGUUUUAUUUUCAGGUCACGGUAUUUAUGGGAUUCCCCAUGCAAGGGGUUUCCCUACUGACAUUUCAGGGGUGGUACAGUAGGGGACAACAUGGGGAACUGACCAACAUAUACAUUUUUCCCAUCAUGCACUGCUGGACGAGAGGGAUACUCCCACUGGAAUAUACCGUUAAUGGGAUUAUCCCUCCGUGCAGCAGAAUUUACAUUUUACAUUAAAAUGUAUAACUUUACUAAUAUUCACUUGAUUUACACGAAUGGACGUUCGGUAGAUAGCUGGAGGCUGAGCGCAUAGUUCGUGAGAAUACCGCUCAGCUCCCAGUCUAACUAACCGAACGCCGCACGAAAUACACAUUAUUUCUAACAUAGGUUUAAAAUACCGAUUAGGAUAAGGGGAACAAACUACCGAAUGGCAAAACACCGCUGGGCUAACAAAAGAAUCAUGAUGGCCACCUAGAAACACAUUUAAUUACCGAUUGCAACAAUGUUGCAAUCGGUUAAUGGGCGCCACACGAACCCCUGUGUGUGGUCAUGCAUUCGGUACGUUAUUUGUUUCACGAACAGUAUUUAAAUUCACUGUUUGUGAAACUACAGUAUGAACGCUGGGGUUUUCCUACCCCCAGCAUACGAAUGCCCUCAUUCGCCUGAAAUAUACCUAGAAUCCUGCACUGAUCUCUAUGGCUUAGCAAGAAUACAAACAUACUUAUACAUUAAUAGUCUCUAGUGGCUAGUUUUGCCACACCCCCUAUUUUCAUUUAGGGCCCCCAUCUGCCGCUCAGGAGUGGGGGAGGACAAUCGAUCCCCCCCUUAUUGUUAUUUAGGGCCCCCACCCACUGCUCAGGGGUGUGGGCCGCGGAUGAGGUCAAUAGGUCCUUCCCCCCCUUAUUUUUAUUUAGGGCCCCCACCCACCGCUCAGGUGGGGACCAGGGUAGGACAGUAGGUUCCCCCCCCCUUUUUCAUUUAGUGCCCCAACCCGCUACUCAGGUGUAGGCACACUAUGUCGUCGUCCCCUCAGGGUAGUUAAGAGAUGCUCCACCAUGGGGUCAUUUAUUGAGUAUUAGUAAAUUGGCUGAAAGACCAAUUUAGGUCUAUCAGCCUUUUGGUAGAUAGCUAGCUAAUACUGUGGGAAUUUGGGAGUUAUCUACUAAGCGGCUGCAAGAUGCACCCACGGCACGAAUAGGAUCAGAGUUUCAUUCAUAUGAAGUUCCAAUACAAACAAAGUCCCGAAAUGCGUCCUAACACGAAUGGAGAAACUGUUCUCAUUCUGUUAGGACGAAAUUCGGUAGUUUCGCCAGCGUUCUGUCUAAGUGAGAGGAUGUUCGGGAAUACUGACAGGAAGCAUAGUGAGAUAAUGGAUCAAAGGUGAGAAUUGUGGGAAAAUUGCUUUGACACCGGAAACAAAGCACACUUUGCUCCUCUGCUGGUCAGAGAUGGUCAGGCGUAGGAAACCUCCAUAAGACAAAGUAGUCCCUACUUUGUCUUAUGUUUUAGAGAAAACUACAGCAGACAGGAAGAAAUGAAGAACAGAUUCUGAGAGAGGGAGAGAAGAGGAAUCGAAUGGGGAAGGCAUGUUCGGCAUGACAGUGCCACUUUAACUUGUAGACUGCUUUAGCUCAUUGUAACAUUUCUGCAGGAAACAGAAUUCAGAGGACAGCCAACGAGAGAGCGGUUCCCACAAUGAAGAUAGACAGGGUGGACCUGAGACCACAGAGGUAAACCAAUAUCCUUGAAACAUCUCUCUCCUGAAUCUUACCUGUCAUACCAUUCCUUAAAGGCAUUUUAAUAUGAUCAUUGUUUCUACUGUCCCAGUAUCUGAUCCACGACCACCUGUCCCUGCCCUAAUUACUGAUCAACGGCCACCCGUCUCUGUUCUAAUUAACGAACCACAGCCACCCGUCCUAAUUAAUGAACCAUGGCCAUCCACUGCUUUAAUUGCACAAAUGUGACCACCUUUUGACAUGCUUAUCACUGUGCUGCUUACAGAGCCGUGCAUGCUGGUAUUGGUAUCAUGACCUUACGGUGUUCCAUGUGGUUCUGUAUCAUGUCCAGGUUGGUCAACUCUUGAGUGUGCUGAUAUCCACAGAGAAAUGGUUGCAGAGACUGGAGAUGCUUCUGUCUGAGCCAGCGGCCAUGAGAAGCCCCGAGGUGAUUCGCAAGAACCUGCGUGAUGUGUCCAUCUUGGACAAAGAAGUGAAAUCCAGAAGCCUUGUUCUUCACUCGCUUGGAGAUAAAUUGAGGAAAUCGGGAAUCUCAGAACGGAUACUGAGUGAACAGACUCUGGGGAAAGUACAGGAGGUGAAGGAGAGGUGAGUACAGGGAGGUAUCUCAGUGUGUACAUUAGCAAGAUGUAGCCAGGUAGGUGUGUACACAUAUUGGGAUCUGAGUGUGAAUGGACACCUGCUGGAAAUGUGUCUAUUUUAAAGCACUAUAACUCAGGUUAUUGGAAUACUUAACCCUUUACAUGUUGCAGGUGAUACCUUCCUCCUUCCAAUGACCAGGUGGCUAUCAUUUAACUCCGUGUGUCCUCCAUCCACCCAGAGUUUCUGCUAACAGGCAGUGAAAGGUGGAUGCUGAUAUCAGGGUUGUUUUCACAGGAUCCAGAUGGUGCAGGACACCCUCCGGCAACGUACCUCUGAUUUGAGGGACACCCUAGUACUGUCUGAAUUCAUGAAGGUCGUGCAGAUGGAGGAGGAGAGGAGGAACAAAGAGCUGGUGAGAUAAUGGGUGAAAUUUAACAUGAGACUGAAAAUAUUUAUAUUAGAAGGCAGGGUGGGAUUGUGCUUGUGGUGGUCGGAUUCUGGUUACCAGUCAGUAGAGAAUUCACACAUUUCUCUCUUGCAAUCAUGGUCUGUAGGUUGGAGCCUUUUAGAGAAUAAAUGUCUCUCCUCAUGCAUUUGGUGCCUGGAUGCUAGAGUCUUAUAGCAUGUAUCUCAAUAUGCAUCUUGAGAUGGGAGUCUCGUACCAUGUAUCUCAAUCUUCUUUCCUCCGGUCUGCCUUCUGGUGGUGGGAGUCUCGUAAUCAUGUACCUCAAUCUCCCAUCCUCCAGUCUGUGUCCGGUGGGAGUCUUAUACCACAUACCUCAAUCUCCGGUCUCCGUCUGGCGGUGGGAGUCUUGUACCAAGUACCUCAAUCUCCUUUCCUCCAGUCUGUGUCUUGAGAUGGGAGUACUGUAGAGAAUGCAUGUUUCUCAAUCUCUUCUUUUCAGUUUGUUAUCUGAUAGUGGGAGUCUUGUAGCAUGUACCUCAAUCUCUUUUCAUGCAGUCAGGGUCUGGAGAUACAAUCAGAGAGGGACUCUGUGACCCAGGAAUGGAGGGUGAUCCAAGACAUAUGUUUACACCCAUGGAGGAGCUACAGGAAGCUGUGGAAAUGUUAAACGAUGCAGCAAAGGAGCGAGAGAAGGCAGUGGCCCUCACCAAAGAGACAGAGAGCCUGCAAAGUAGGGUAAGUGGGGAGGAAAAUUGAGGGUAUGGUGACUGAAAAACUGAGCAAUGCUUCACAUUAUAAGCACAGCAGAUUACAGCAAGACUAUUUCUCUCAAUGUAUUCGAUAUCCAUGUGUAAAUAAAAACGGUCAGUCCAAGUAACUCAGCUACGGAUUUUAGAACUGUCCGAAGUGGCUACCUGGGUUCAAACAAGGGAUGCGCUGAUAGGAGGGCAGUGUGAGCAAUGUGCAACCGUAAUGUAACUAAUGACAGGCUAGGAUCAUUCGUUCAGUGUAAAUCUGACCAAUGACAAUGAAACAUCACACGUUAGGUGGAGAUGUGACAUUGAGAAAGAAGGGCUGUCCUUUAGGUCAGUAAAGGACCAUUUUUAACGUUGGCAGUCUGAUCAACCAGAAAGCUGUCACUCUGUAUUUGAUAGUAUUGCCCAGUAGAAGGCUGUGUCAUGGCCUUUCUUCCAUCGUUCUCCAGCUAUCGGUCCUGUCUCAGAUGAUGUGCACCGCUCAGGAUUGGUUGGAUGAGAUCACAAGGCAGACAGAAGAUGCAGAACGGGAUUUUGUGGCUGUGAAGAGGCAGACAGACCUCAGAGACCUACAGGAACUUUUCAUUCAGCACCAAGAUCUGGAGGUAAGAGCGUUCCUGUCCAUUCAGCCAUUUCCAUCACAUCUUUUUAUCAUUUUUAAUCCAGUCAUUCAGGAAAGGCUACUUUAACACAAGCUUUCAAUUCUGCAAGAUGUUCGCACCAAAUAGACACCUUGUACUCUUCCCAGAGACCACUGAUUUGCAGUCAUUGUAUAGUGAUGUACAAACUCCCCAGAAUGGAACUGUUCACACUGUUACCCCAGGGAUUGACCAGUAGCAUACUAUCAGCUCCUGGGGGAUCAGAGCAACUCUAUACUGCAAGCUGGUUUGAGCAGGGUCCUCAUCAACCAAUUGUUCAGUAUAAUUUUGUAAUUGUCUCAUUUAUUGGUAAAUUUCCUCUUUUAUUAUAUUGUAAAGCAGUGCAGUAUAAGUUGGCGCUGACCAAGAGUAAUAAUGCAGAGGCACAUGGCCCUGGCAGAUUGUUUCCUUUUUACUGAUACUAAAGCACUAAUGGAUACAGUCAGUUCUAGUCGGCCUAGUGUGUGGAGUGACUAUCUGUAAAAUACUAACUAUACUUACCUUACAGUAUAAUGUGUCUGGACCGAUCCAGCUGGAGGUCACAAGGCUGGAAGACCAGCUGGACAGACUACGAGAGUUGUCUCCAUAUGAGAACCAUGUGGUGGGUACGGAUGUUGAAGAAACCCUGAAGGCCUGGGUCCGGUUACAGGAGAGCGUGCGUGAGAACAAAUCAAAAUUACAGACGAUGGACCAACUGCGAAAAUUCUUUCUGAGUUACCUGGAGAUGAUGUGAGUGAUCUAUAUUAUUAGAGGUGUAACAGAUUUUAUCGUGAAGUCACUUGGACACAGUCUUACCUAAUGGUCUAGUUUCACUGAUACAGAAGAGUCAGUAAUACCAGUAUCUCCUGCAAUGGCUUUCACAUCAAAGCUAGAUGAUAGGGAUGGCAGUCUGCACCACAUAUAGUUGCCAGUUUAAGUGGGAACCGAUUAUACUAGCUGCAAGAUGUUCAGAUUAAACCAGAAGCCUAUUUAUUAAACAGCAUAGCCGAUAAUAGCAAACUAUUGGAGAAGUAUUGAUGGAGUCAAGGUAUAACCACGGUCAGCAGGACAACUCCCAGCUACAUAGAAGCUAUGCCAUGCAGAGUCAUUUACUGGUCUUCAUCACAAUGUCAUAUGUGUGGAGUCUCCAUCCUGUGGCUAAAUCUUUAGAGCUUAAGGUCCUAUUGUGGAAUUGUGCCACCUGCCUUCUGUAGAAACAGAUAGUGACGAUAAGAUCUCUGACACAGGACCGAGACAAUAAGAUUUCCAGCACAGGACCGAGAGACUAAGAUCUCCAGCACAGGACGGAGAGACUAUGAUCUCCAGCACAGGACAGUGACACUAAGAUCUCCAGCACAGGACGGAGACACUAAGAGCUCCAGCACAGGACGGAGACACUAAGAUCUUCAGCACAGGACGGAGACACUAAGAUCUCCAGCACAGGAUGUAUCCUGGUUUUGUGCUGCCCUAGGCAGGACAAAACUCAGAUGCCCCCCGCCCCCGCGCCAGCCCCACCCAACCCUUCCCCCCGCCCUGCCUUCUAAAUACACACACACACACACAUUCACUGACAGAUAUGCAUUGCAUACACUAGCUAACAGAAACACACACACUCACUAACAAACACACACGCGCUAACAGACACGCACUCACACACUAGCAGACACACACACACACACUAACAGACACACACACUCACUAACAGACACACACACACACACUAACAGACGCACACACACACACACGCUCACUAACAGACAUACACACACACACACACUCACAUAUUUUUUUAUUUAUUUAACCCCCCCCCCCUCCCCAGCCUCCUUACCUUUGGGAAUGCUAGGGUGUGUGUGUUCUCUUUCUCCCUGGGGGUCCAGUGGCUGCUGGGCUGGGCGGGCGGUUUGCGAGGGAGCACUUUCCCCUGAGCUGUCUGCUCAGCUCCCUCGCGCGCUGCCGAGUGAAGCUGGGAGCCGGAAUAUGACGUCAUGUCCUGGGCAUUUGGGGGCGGCUUUUUUUGCCGCCCCCUGGAAAAUGCCGCCCAAGGCAAAUGCCUUGUUUGCCUCGCAGCUAAAACGUCCCUGACAGGAUGGGUACAAUAGCCUCACUGUAAUGGAAGCCAUUGUUCUCACAGUACAGAUAUGUCAUGUCUUAUUUCAGGAUUUGCAGGAUUCUGGUCCAUUUUGACAGUUGAUAUGUUUUUGUGAUUUUGUGUGAUGGAUGUGGAACGUGAUCUGAGAACAUAUUAAUUUAGUUGUAGACACGAUUGUGUAUUUCUCAUUAACAAUAAACUAUUCCUCUUUUUCCAGAUCCUGGACUGAAGAUACGAGAGCUCAGAUUUUUUCAGACAGUCCCAUUGUUGUCCCAUCCCAAAGUGAGGAGCUGGAAAGGAGGAUUGAGGCAAAACUGAAAGAUUUUGAGGAGCUGGCUGCUAUUGGGUGGAAAUUUAUAGGAGAGAAUCAUUUUCUUUCCCAGACGGUAUGAGAGUUGAAAUAUCUCCCAGGAACAUAGAGCAAAGUUGGCCUAGGAUUAGUUAUAUGAGGAGCAUUUAGAUCUCUAAGCACUGCACCAGUUAUUAGACAUAUUAGAAAACAAGCAUGAUGACGGUCUUGUUUUUCAAAGAUGCAAGAACAGAGCUAAAAGUGAAGCAAUCAGAAGGUGCAUUCAAUUGGUUUCCAAUGCAUUUGCUCCACUUUUAGAACUUUGCCCCAGGAUUAAGCUUUGACCAGUCGAGGUGACAUUUAGAUGUGUAUAGUGCAUUGCUGUCACCUUCUGGAUUUGUUAAUAAAUGCCACGUGGCAUAAUUUUUUUUUGUCCCGCAGAUAAAAGAGAGAAUGGAAGAGUUACAGGGAAUGUUAAGUUGGGUACUGAUGCGAUGGCGGUGUCAAAAACAUCAGAAGGUCAUGGAAAACAAGAUGGAAAAAUGGAGGCCAGGAAAGACUGAUGACAGCCAUGGAUUGAAGGUUAGUUACAAUGCCAGUCAUGAAUUGAAGGUUAGUUACAAUGCCAGUCAUGAAUUGAAGGUUAGUUACAAUGCCAGUCAUGAAUUGAAGAUUAGUUACAAUGCCAGCCAUGGAUUGAAGGUUAGUUCCAAUGCCAGUCAUGGAUUGAAGAUUAGUUACAAUGCCAGCCAUGGGUUGAAGGUUAGUUACAAUGCCAGUCAUGGAUUGAAGGUUAGUUACAAUGCCAGUCAUGAAUUGAAGAUUAGUUACAAUGCCAGCCAUGGAUUGAAGGUUAGUUACAAUGCCAGUCAUGGAUUGAAGGUUGGCUACAAUGCCGGCCAUGGAUUGAAGGUUAGUUACAAUGCCAGCCAUGGCUUGAAGGUUAGUUACAAUGCCAGCCAUGGAUUGAAGAUUAGUUACAAUGCCUGUAACAGAUCACCUGGCACCCCGACUGGGUACCUCUGUUAAUGGAUGCUCCCAGUGCUUCUUGAGGAUUCCAAGCACUCUAGCCAACACCACAACCACCGCUGGCCAAACCUCUCUUCCUUCAGAGUGAAGAAGGAACGAGCUCUUAAAAGAGCUUAGCAGUGAAUAUAGCAAGAGAGUAUGCAGAGCAUAGCAAUCCCUUGUAGCAGAUUCCCCCAACAAGAGACGGCAAUCGAAAUUGAGGGUGAAGUAGAACUGAACUUUUAAUCCAACACUCUGCUUUUAUGCCCAUUUUACAAACAUAGUACCGCCCACCAGUGGCGGAUCCAGGGGGGGGGCAACGGGGCAAUUGCCCCCCCCCGAGAAAUCCGCCGGUCUCCCUCCCCUGCCAGGACAUGCAGGUGCCAGCCCUGCAAUGUGCCUGUGGACCGGGGAGGAAGAUCAGAGAUCUCCCUCCCCGGUCCGCAGGCACCGUGCUGACAGCCGGCAGGGGAGGGAGAGGGAGUGAGAGGGAGGAGAGAGGACCCGGGAGCUCUGCCUGCAGCUCCUCCGGGUCCUCUUCUCGUGAGAUUUGGAGCGUUGCCGCAAUUACCGCGGCAACGCUCCAAAUCUCGCGAGAGUGAACUCUAGCCCGAGCGCGGGCUAGAGCUCACUCUCCCCACUGGGACCACCAGGGAAUCACCACUGGGACCACCAGGGAUCGAAAUAUGUUCCCCCUCCUCCCCAGUAAAGGUAAGAAGGGUGGGGGGACAUAGGAUAUUUAUUUUAAUUAAAUUAAAAAAAAAUAUAUUAUUAAAAAAAAGCCACACACACAUACAUUGCCCCCAAUACUGCCCCCCCCAUUCACACAAACUGCCCCUAUACACACACACUGCCCCCCCAUUCACACAAACUGCCCCCAAUACACACAAACUGCCCCCCCAUUCACACAAACUGCCCCCAAUACACACAAACUGCCCCUAUACACACAAACUGCCCCAAUACACACAACCGCCCCCAAUACACGAAACCGCCCCCAUUCACACACAAACAGCCCCAUACACACACACUGCCCCCCAUACACACACUGCCCCCCAUACACACACACUGCCCUCAUACACACACACUGCCCUCAUACACACACAUUGCCCACACUCACACAUACACUGCAAUACUCACACACACACUGGAACUGUUACACACACAUACGGUCCCACACAUACACUGCAUCCCUGACAUACACUGCUGCCCUCAUUCACAUACUACAACCUUCACACACACACACACUGCUCACACACUGUCCUCCUCUCUCACACACACACACACACACAUACUGCACCCUUUACACAUUGCACCACUCACACACACCACUGCUCAUAUGCCCUACUACAGCCCCAUUUCCCAGCAGACCUCAGGUAAGUUGUCAAACUGUUCUUAAACGGUUUGACUACUUACUGUGUGAGGGGGUCCCGGCACUAUUGACACCAUAACCACUACACUGAGCUGUAGUGGUUAUUGUGUCUGGAUUAUUUCUUUAAAUAAUCUACAAGUGCCCCUCCCGAGAUCAGGCUCUGGAUCCGCCACUGCCGCCCACAGGGUUUUGUAAAACAACCAAUCAAUACAUUACAACACAGUUAAACACUCCCAUUCAUACCAGCAGAAAUCCUCCCCUCUGCCUGUGAUACAAUUACCGCAACACAAUAGACUAACUUAAUUAUCACAGGCAGAAAAUAUAUAGUUUUUACAAAAUAUUAAUAACUUCCAAAAUAUACAUGCCAUUCACAUAAAACAUACAUUUCAGAAUCAGCAUACUUGAAAUAUAAACAUACUCAAAAAUCAGGGCAAUCCGUUCAGGGGUUAAAAAUUUAGGUGGAGGUCCCAUUCGAACGAGCGUUCGAAUCUUCGAACGGAACUUAGUCUCCAGCCGCAGUGUCGAAGUGGAGGAGAAGGUACAGGUCAGCGGUGUUCGUGCAAUUGGGUAGCUGAAAACAGUUCCAUAGAUUUGACGGCACACACCUCUGACCGCGUUCGAAUGAAUCAAAAUGGCUGCCGCCACGUGUUCGGUUUUCGAAUGGCGGCCACUUCGACUACUUCGGCACUUCGGCUGCAUCCGAAGUGCCAAUUUAAAGCUGCUCCAAUACAAUUUAAAGGGGCAGCAAGAGUCUUUUAAAUCCAAUCUGCUAAAAUAGAGUUUUUAACAGGCCUGCAGCUCCUCCGGGUCCUCUUCUCGUGAGAUUUGGAGCGUUGCCGCAAUUACCGCGGCAACGCUCCAAAUUUCGCGAGAUUGUUCUCCAAAGUCACAAUGUGCCCACAUACGGUUCUUAAAGGGCCAUACACAGUCCAAUAGAACCCCAUUAUGCCCAAAUAAGUUUCUUAACCUCUUAAGGGCCAAACUUCUGGAAUAAAAGGGAAUCAUGACAUGUCAGACAUGUCAUGUGUCCCUAAGGACAAUACAUCCCAGAGGCCGUACUCACAGGGCAGGAGGUGGUCAAGCAGCCCCCUCCAAAAACUCAUGGCAAACUCCCUUAACCCCUUAAGGACAAAACUUCUGGAAUAAAAGGGAAUCAUGACAUGUCACACAUGUCACGUGUCCUUAAGGGGUUAAAGGAGUACGUUCGCUACAGUGUGAUCUUCAGUCAUAAUUACCAUGUUUAAAUUAGUAACAAUACAAGUUUUAAUUAGACUGGUAACACUAAUGUCUAGGAUUUAUUCCUUUGUUUUUCUUGUAUAUUUUCAGAGGUUAACCACCUUUUCUAAGUCCUAGAAUCUUUAUGAUUGUAUCUUCUUUACAAUAUUUGUCUAGCUUGUCCUGUUAUUUCCUGGUUCCUGCUUUACGUUAAUCCCGGCCACUCUAAGGUCCAGUAAUAAGUCUCUUCCUACCCCUACACCUUUACAUUUGUAAGGUCGCUGUAGACACCAGAACGACUACAUUAAGCUGUUGUUGUUCAAAUGACUAUAGUGUCACUUUAAAAGAGUGCCAUGAGACAAAAGCCUUGUUACUUCCUGGUUUGGUUAGCUCAGUGGAGAUAAACUCAAGAGUCAACAAUUGCCCAGAGCACCUGCCUUGCAAAGACUCCUCAUUGAGCUGCAUUGGGAAGUCUGUGAUUGGACAGCCACAGACAGUCUGGGCGGGGUUAGAAGGGGAGGGCUUGCAAAGGCUGCAGACAAGAGAUCUUCAGCUUUUACAAGCUGUUAUUAGAUUUAACUUCAAUGAAAUGAAAAUAAAUUCUGCAUGUUUUCUACUCAAAUGUUUUUUAUUUGGGCAGUGGAGUUUCCCUUUAACUGACAGGUUGGUGUCUGUUGCUGUCUUUGUGUAGGUGCAGCUCCCCCCAAAUGAUGUUCAGUAUGAGACCACCAGCUGGACCCCACUAGAAUUCUUUGAAGGUCUGCCGGAUGUGAGCGCCAGCCAGCUAUCUCACUCUGCCAGGAAACACCCACUGCGCCGGUAUGAGAGGAAGACGCACAGCCCAAUGUCCUUGCAGAGCUCCCUGUCCAUGCUCUCUGUCGGCAGCGACGUUCACAUCCCACAAACAGAUAAAUCGGGAUUAAAAUGUUCAGAGGGACCCGUGUGGCUGGAACCCAAAGAAAUGCCAAGAGAAACUAAAAUGGCGUCAGCUGAACCCUCGUACAUGGUAAGAACCAGCAUAACGCACAUUUAUACAGCCUAGUGCUAGGUCAAGGCCUCUGUCUCUCUCUCUGUCAGUAUCUCUCUGUCUGUCAGUAUCUCUCUGUCUCUCUCUGUCAGUAUCUCUCUGUCUGUCAGUAUCUCUCUGUCUCUCUCUGUCUGUCAGUAUCUCUCUGUCUGUCAGUAUCUGUCUGUCAGUAUCUCUCUGUCUGUCAGUAUCUCUCUGUCUCUCUCUGUCAGUAUCUCUCUGUCUGUCAGUAUCUCUCUGUCUCUCUCUGUCAGUAUCUCUCUGUCUGUCAGUAUCUCUCUGUCUCUCUCUGUCUGUCAGUAUCUCUCUGUCUGUCAGUAUCUGUCUGUCAGUAUCUCUCUGUCUGUCAGUAUCUCUCUGUCUCUCUCUGUCAGUAUCUCUCUGUCUGUCAGUAUCUCUCUGUCUCUCUCUGUCAGUAUCUCUCUGUCUGUCAGUAUCUCUCUGUCUCUCUCUGUCUGUCAGUAUCUCUCUGUCUGUCAUUAUCUCUCUGUCUCUCUCUGUCUGUCAGUAUCUCUCUGUUUUUCUUUGUCUGUCAGUAUCUCUCUGUCUCUCUCUGUCCGUAUCUCUCUGUCUGUCAGUAUCUCUCUGUCUGUCAGUAUCUCUCUGUCUGUCAGUAUCUCUCUGUCUGUCAGUAUCUGUCUGUCAGUAUCUCUCUGUCUGUCAGUAUCUGUCUGUCAGUAUCUCUCUGUCUGUAAGUAUCUCUCUGUCUCUCUCUGUCAGUAUCUCUCUGUCUGUAAGUAUCUCUCUGUCAGUAUCUCUCUGUCUGUAAGUAUAUCUCUGUCUCUCUCUGUCUGUAAGUAUCUCUCUGUCAGUAUCUCUCUGUCUCUCUGUCUGUCAGUAUCUCUCUGUCUCUCUCUCUGUCAGUAUCUCUCUGUCUCUCUGUCUGUCAGUAUCUCUCUGUCUCUCUUUGUCUGUCAGUCUCUCUCUGUCUGUCAGUAUCUCUCUGUCUCUCUCUGUCUGUCAACAUCACUGUCCUUCUCCCUCAAUAUCUAUUUUUCUUUAUCAUACUCCAUUUAUAUAUCUUUCUGCCUGUCUGUCUGUCUGAUUACCCCCCUGUAUAUAUCCUGUAUAUAAUGAUAAAAUAAGAUUUUGUGCUGCUCAUCACAUUCAGGGAUUUAUUGAACUGCCUGCACCUUAUGGGCUUUGUAACACACAAUAUGCAGUAUAUUACUGGCAGCCUCUGUAUACAGCUCAUGUCUCUGUAUAACAUCCUGGUCUCUGUACAAAGCUCCUGUCUCUGUAUAAAGCUCCUAUCUCUAUAAAGCACCUAUAUCUGUAUAAAGCUCCAGUCCCUGUAUAACAUCCUGGUCUCUGUAUAUCUCUGUAUAACAUCCCGGUCUCUGUAUAACAUCCCAAUCUCUGUAUAAUAUCCUGGUCUCUGUACAAAGCUCCUGUCUCUGUAUAACAUCCCAGUCUCUGUAUAUCUCUGUAUAACAUCCCGGUCUCUGUAUAACAUCCCAGUCUCUGUAUAAUAUCCUGGUCUCUGUAUAACAUCCCUGUCUCUGUAUAAAGCACCUGUCUCUGUAAAACAUCCCGGUCUCUGUAUAAAGCGCCUGUCUCUGUAUAACAUACCAGUCUCUGUAUAAAGCUCCUAUCUCUGUCUAACAUCCCAGUCUCUGUAUAAAGCUCCUAUCUCUGUACAAAGCUCCUGUCUCUGUCUAACAUCCUGGUCUCUGUAUAACAUCCCAGUCUCUGUAUAUAGCUCCUGUCUCUGUAUAAUAUCCCAGUCUCUGUAUAAAGCUCCUAUCUCUGUAUAACAUCCCGGUCUCUGUAUAAAGCUCCUAUCUCUGUAUAACAUCCCGGUCUCUGUAUAAAGCUCCUAUCUCUGUAUAACAUCCCGGUCUCUGUAUAAAGCUCCUAUCUCUGUAUAACAUCCCAGUCUCUGUAUAACAUUCCAGUCUCUGUAUAAUGCCGUCCCUCUAUUUUCCUCUUGGCCAGCCACAUCCCCCCAAGUCUACGUUUUGGAGGCGCUGUCAGGAGCUCUUACAAAGUACUUUUGGUAGUUUAAAAAGAAAUAAAAGAGUGUCGCCCCUGGUGGAAGAGGUAACAAUGCAUGCUGGGAUUGCGUGCCAUGGUGUGCGGUGGGGAGAGGUGAUGGCAUGUAGGUAAUGCUAGCUGUACAGAACUUUAACUCCUGCCAUCAAACUGUCUGAGGAUGAUGGGAGUGUAUGGCUAGAACAGUUGUGCCUAUGAAAGGAUUAAGCAGAGACACUGCCACCUGCUGGCAACACGUCAGAAUUAACUGCCUUUAAACUGAUAGCCUACUAACGUAUACGUACGUCCUGUUAUAUGUUUGGUCUUUUCAUUUUAUUUCGUCUUCUUUUUCCCUCAUGUCUAUUCUAAGUUUUGUAUGUUUAUAUAUAAAAAUAAAAGGGAAAGUUUGGCUGAAUGCAGAGAUUCGUUUUGCCCAAGUAAGGUUUUUUAAUCCCAUUCUGAUUUGCAAUAUAAUGUUUCUAAAUACUUUCAUUAGUCCCUGGCCUUAUCUUAUAGUUAGGAUAGCCUUAUGCCUAUCCGACGCAUGCUUAAACUCCUUUACUGUGUUAACCUCUACCACUUCAGCUGGAAGGCUAUUCCAUGCAUCCACUACCCUCUCAGUAAAGUAAUACUUCCUGAUAUUAUUUUAAACCUUUGUCCCUCUAAUUUAAGACUAUGUCCUCUUGUUGUGGUAGUUUUUCUUCUUUUAAAUAUAGUCUCCUCCUUUACUGUGUUGAUUCCCUUUAUAUAUUUAAAUGUUUCUAUCAUAUCCCCCCUGUCUCAUCUUUCCUCCAAGCUAUACAUGUUAAGAUCCUUUAACCUUUCCUGGUAAGUUUUAUCCCGCAAUCCAUGAACCAGUUUAGUAGCCCUUCUAUGACCUCUCUAAAGUAUCAAUAUCCUUCUGAAAAUACGGUCUCCAGUACUGCGUACAAUACUCCAAGUGAGGUCUCACCAGUGUUCUGUACAAUGGCAUGAGCACUUCCCUCUUUCUACUGCUAAUUAGAGAUGUCGCGAACUGCUCGCCGAACUGUUCGCGAACUGUCCGCCGGCGAACAAUAGCGUGUUCGCGUUGGGCGAACAUAUACGAAUUCCGGUCCGCCCCCUAUUCGUCAUCAUUGAGUAAACUUUGACCCGGAACCUCACAGUCAGCAGACACAUUCCAGCCAAUCAGCAGCAGACCCUCCCUCCCAGGAAGUGUCUGCUGACUGUGAGGUUCCAGGUCAAAGUUUACUCAAUGAUGACGAAUAGGGGGCGGACCGGAAAUCGUAUAUGUUCGCCCAACGCGAACAUGCUAGUGUUCGCCGGCGGACAGUUCGCGAACAGUUUGCGACAUCUCUACUGCUAAUACCUCUCCCUAUACAACCAAGCAUUCUGCUAGCAUUUCCUGCUGCUCUAUUACAUUGUCUGCCUACCUUUAAGUCAUCAGAAAUAAUCACCCCUAAAUCCCUUUCCUCAUAUGUUGAGGUUGGGACUCUAUCAAAUAUUCUGUACUCUGCCCUUGGGUUUUUACGUCCAAGAUGCAUUAUCUUGCACUUAUCCACAUUAAAUGUCAGUUGCCACAAUUCUGACCAUUUUUCUAGUUUACCUAAAUCAUUUGUCAUUUGGCUUAUCCCUCCUGGAACAUCAACCCUGUUACAUAUCUUAGUAUCAUCAGCAAAAAGACAUACCUUACCAUCAAGAUCUUCUACAAUAUCACUAAUAAAAAUAUUAAAGAUAAUGGGUCCAAGUACAGAUCCCUGAGGUACCCCACUGGUGACAAGUCCAAGCUUGGAAUAUAUUCCAUUAACUACAACCCUCUGUUGCCUGUCACUCAGCCACUGCCUUACCCAUUCAACAAUAUUGGAAUCCAAACCUAAAGAUUGCAGUUUAUCUUGGAAAAUUUAAUAAAAACCGAUGUUAGGAUAUUGAGAGCACCUUUAAAAAUCUUGUCUCCACUGUAUUACUGAUGACAUCCUUAACUUUGUUCAUUUUUGCGCUGGUGUCUGAAGUAGGAUUCAUGUUGGACUGUUUUGCACGUCUUUUUACCCUGUUGUUACCAUGUGGAGACGUAUGCCUCUGCAUGAGAUAUGUCUCUAGAAUUUGCAAAUCAAUUUACUUCCCCCAGCCGCUCUAUAUUUUAAGAUUAAAUGUCUGAAGAGGCAGCAGUGCAGUGAGCGCAUGUGAUGUGAUACUGUGUGCGCGUUGUGUCUUGAUGUGCAGCCUGGAGCAGCAUGACCUCUUGUGUGAAGUGAUCAAAACUUAUAUUACUGUAAGCCAUGAACUAAGUGCAUGCAAUCAGGUAACAUGUAACCCGUAUAUGCUGCAGAUAUGGCGUGAGUUUAUUAUAUUAGCCAGAAUGUUAUCGGGAGCAAAAUAACCAAAUAUUUUACAAAGGGCACACAGUGUUAUCGAGACAUGGAUUUCCCAGAAUUCGCUCACAUUCGCUCCAGUAUCUGCUGGGGGGGCAUGUACAUACAAUUGGCAUAAUUUGGGAGGAAAAAAACUUGUCACAGGGGCAGUUAACUUUUAACUUGUAAAAUUGUUCCCCUAGGCUUAUAAUGUGACUGUCAUGAAAGCAUGAAACAGGAAAGAGACAUGAAUUGGCAAACAAGGUUAAGAUAUGUGAAUUAAAAUAUAGAAAUAUCAAUGACAAUAAAACUCCUUUAACCCCUUAAGGACUGAACUUCUGGAAUAAAAGGGAAUCAUGACAUGUCACACAUGUCAUGUGUCCUUAAAGGACCACUAUAGUGCCAGGAAAACAUACUCGUUUUCCUGGCACUAUAGUGCCCUGAGGGUGCCCCCACCCUCAGGGACCCCCUCCCGCCCGGCUCUGGAAGGGGAAAAGGGGUAAAAACUUACCUUUUUCCAGCGCUGGGCGGAGAGCUCUCCUCCUCCUCUCAGCCUCCGUUACGCCCCGCCGGCUGAAUGCGCACGCGCGGCAAGAGCUGCGCGCGCAUUCAGCCGGCCUCAUAGGAAAGCAUUUACAAUGCUUUCCUAUGGACGCUGGCGUGCUCUCACUGUGAUUUUCACAGUGAGAAGCACGCAAGCGCCUCUAGUGGCUGUCAAUGAGACAACCACUAGAGGAUUAGGGGGAAGGCUUAACCCAUUCAUAAUUAUAGCAGUUUCUCUGAAAUUGCUAUAAUUAUGAAAAAAUGGGUUAACCCUAGAAGGACCUGGCACCCAGACCACUUCAUUAAGCUGAAGUGGUCUGGGUGCCUAGAGUGGUCCUUUAAGGGGUUAAGUGAAUUCAGCAAACAAUAUGGACACAUUCUCUGGUGUUAUCGCAGAAUAAAAUAAAAUGUCAGUGGAGCGCCUCAAGUAAAACGAAAUAUUUUAGAGAACGAAGGGUAACAAACAGGUAACCAAUUAACCUAUUACAAUCAACAAAUAUACUGAGCAAUGAAUUCACCCUGUUCUCUCUGCAUAAACAGUCCCAUAAGACUCUAUGGAAAUAACGGUGCAAUUUUACAAUACUUGUAGCACAAAAUCAGUCUCUUUGAAAAAAGAUUUUUUUAAAUGCUUUGUACAGUCUUUUGCAGUUGUUUAGUUUACCCAUAAUCCUGAUUUGUAUCCAAUAGUUCCAAGAAAAAAAUCUAAUUUGGAAAUAUGAUUAAAAACUUUCCUUUUAUUUAGACACAAUAUCAAUUAUUCAUAAAAGACAUAUGUAUCACUUUCUUGGUACGUAUAUAUAAAAAUAGUCGUUUGAAUGCAGACCUUAAUAGAUAUGCUCGGUGUCCCGAGUGCUACUAUUAUUAUUAUUGCCAUUUAUAUAGCGCCAACCGAUUCUGUAGCACGUUACAAUAUUAUGAGAGGGGGGAUUUAACUAUAAAUAGGACAAUUACUGCGUUAUGUCUCUUCCGAUAUCGACUUUACCGAUGUUUCGUAUGGGCUGGAUACCAAUAGUGAGUUUCGUAUUGAAAGGCUGUUCAGCUCAAUUAAUCACGAAUUGUUACUGGUAAAAUCACUGUUCAAAAUACAUUUUUGUGCAUUCAAAACAUAUAUGUAUAUUAAUACUUUAUCUCAUUCUUCUGAUAAUCUAAGAUUUAUUCAUGACAUAAUUUUAAAUAAAAUAUUUUUUUUCGUUUAUGCGGGUUAUCAUGGUAACUCCCGCUUAUUUCAUACGGUACAGAAUUAUACAAAAUUAUAAAAUGCACAUAACAUAGAUAGUUCAUUAUUACAAUAAGCAUCAAUAUAAUAUCAAUAUCAUUAUUUAUAUAACUAUAUUUAAAAUCCAGCAUAGCUAUUGUUUUCUUAAAGGGGCCCUGUCUUUGAAAAUGAUGUUCUUUCAGGAGCAGUGUACACCAUAAAGAACUCUUGUUAUUAUUAAUUUAUAAUUUAUAUCACUAUUUCAAAAGCUCAUCAUAAUUAGUGUCCUCUCAAAGGAGGCCUGUUCCAAAAGAGGGUCUUCUUUGAAGGGCUCUAAAUCUGCAAAUAUGGGCUGAAAGAUAUUACAUAAGUAUAAGUUAAAAAUUGUUUUAAAAAAUACACAUGGAAAGAAAUAUUGACUAAAAUAUAAUCAUUGACAUAAAAAUAUAAAAAACAAUCUAGAUAAUAAUCUAAACGUUAACCCUUACUAUUUGUCUUAAUGCUAACUUAACCCUAUAUUGCGUUGUGUCUCAUGAAGAAUAUGUUGUUUCAGAAAAUUUACCUAAAAAAAUGGCACAACUUAAAUUCUGCAUUUAAUCCUUUAGGGUGUAGAAAGUCUAACAUAUAGAUCAAUUUCAUCUCUGCUAUCCCUAAUUGUUUCAAAUCAUUCUAGAACCUAUGUCAGAUGACAUCAAUUCACAAGACAGAAGCAUUACAAUUUCUGAAACUGUAGACCGAUUAGAAGAAGAAAUUAAGAAAAUAAAAAAGAAGACUUUUUACGUUAUAUGAAGGAUUAUAAGAAUAAUAGGGUAUCCAUAAGAAAUAAAAUCCCUACUGUGACAAACUCCCCUUUCCAAGUGAGUUUGUCACGAGCUCCUGGAGGAGCCUGCUUGCCAGCCUCCUGCUCACACACUAUGGAUCCUGUAAAAUGUAAUGUAAAAGUCUCCAUUCGUGUAUUUGGACUGUAUGGUUCGGGAACCGAACAGCCGCAUGAACCGGAGACCACCUAGCAGCUUGUUAAGCGUUAUUGCUACUUUGUGCAGUGUUCUAAGUGUUCGUCUGGGUGGCCGCAUUUCCUAUGGACGAGGUGGUGGCCAUCUUGUUCACAUGAACACAGGCAGCGGUGUUUGGUCGUCGAGUUCAUGGAACUAUUUUUGGACACUGAAACUCCCGAACACCGCUGGACUUCCACGAUCGCCUGCGUUCGGUUCUACAACACUAAGAAACAUGCUGUUCGGUGUUUUAGGGUGGUUUUAUGUAAUUUUACUUUUGGGGUGUUUGGUAAAUGUGUGUUUUUUGUGCUUGGAGAUAAUUGAGUUUAAUACAGUACUUGACUCAAUUAUCUCCCAGGCACAGGGGAAGGAUUAUCUUGUUUUGUAUGAGAGUGUCCUGCACCUGAGAGCCAAUGUAAUUGUGUGUAUGUUUUUACUGUAGUCUACUCUCAGGUCCAAGGGGGAGUGCCCCUUGCACUGGGACCUGCAAAUAAGGCCAGUUGUGGCUGCCAAUAAAUGUAUUCCAGCUUGUACUCCCAGAACUAUGUGUCGUCUGGUUACUGGGAACUAUGUGUCGUAUGGUCACUGUUCCAGUAUGAAGGAUUUAACAGGGAAAGUCCUUGUAAGGACUAGAGCUCCCAAGACUGAGUGUCGUCCAGUGCCUGAGGGUGUCUAGAGCGAAUCUCUAUUUGGCUUCAGGAGGGAGCAGUUCCAGGACCCCAGUCAAGCCACGGCGACUGUGGGCAGAAGUGCUGUGGUUUGUCCCCUGUUCCAGCUAGGAAGCGGUCCUUUGGCGGAGGUACCCAGUCGGGGGUACAGGGAGGUCCAUCACACCUACCAUUCUAAUAAACAUCAUCAAGAAGUACAAAACUCAUACUAUCUAUCAGAGACAAACAACACACGGAAUUCAAGAUACACUCAGCAAUCAACUCAUACUAAGGAAAGAAAUCCUAACCUUACACCGGUGAGAAACACCAGAAGAGGAAUAGACAGACAUCAGACAACUGUACACUGGCCAAAACACACUCAUCCUGCAAGGAAGCAAACUAAGACAAAUAGGCCAACUGAGUUACCGUCUGCUCACAACAAAAAUUCAGAGAGUUACGGUGCAUAUGACCAGGGCAAGAAAGUGGUACAGACAAUAACUCAUCGACCAAGGCCAAACAUAUGAACAAAGUAAGAUACGGAAAACCCUGGAUAACCCAGUGCAAGAGGAUACUAUGAACAUAAAUACACCUACUACUGGAAACAAUAUGAUGGUAGUGGAAGAUCCAUAAUCCAUCAAUAGAAGUGUUAUUUAGGGAAGAACUCCAGGGAAAUUAUGACGUGGUUCCUUCCAGUGACACCAAGGAAAACCAAAUGGAAAGAACCCAAUAUAUUGGAAAUAGAGUAGGAAGAAGCACAAGAAAUAACAAAAAAGAAAAGCAAGGAAUGAACCUACUAGGUAUUUUCAAUUUAGCCGCAAUUCUUUUAUCCCCACGACACCUCAGCAUUAAAGGACCACAGCUUAAUGAAGUGGUCUGGGUGCCAGGUCCAGCUAGGAUUAACCCAUUCUUUUAUAAACAUAGCAGUUUCAGAGAAACGGCUAUGUUUAUUAAUGGGUUAAGCCUUCCCCCAAAGCCUCUAGCGGCUGUCUCAUUGACAGCCGCUAGAGGCGCUUGUGUGCUUCUCACUGUGAUUUUCACAGUGAGAGCACGCCAGCGUCCAUAGGAAAGCAUUGUGAAUGCUUUCCUAUGCGACCGGCUGAAUGCGCGCGCAGCUCUUGCCGCGCGUGCGCAUUCAGCCGACGGGGAGGAACGGAGGAGGAGAGCUCCCUGCCCAGCGCUGGAAAAAGGUAUGUUUUUACCCCUUUCCACCUUCCAGAGCCGGGUGGGAGGGGGACCCUGAGGGUGGGGGCACCCUCAGGGCACUAUAGUGCCAGGAAAACGAGUAUGUUUUCCUGGCACUAUAGUGGUCCUUUAAACAAAGACUUAAAGUUUGCUCCCACCGUACAUGUGAAUGUGAACCCACACAACCCGCUUGUUAUAUUUACGAUAUUGCACUAUUGUUUCUUAUAUGUUCUUUUACUUUGAGGUCAAUUGGACACAGACCAUUGCAUAUACACUUGUUUACGUAUACAAUUUAUUUGUAUCACACUGUCUAGGGCGUGGUUUCCUAAUCCUAUCUGUCCACAUUAUAGACAUCAAAAGGUUUAUCAGGAAAUUGAAUAUCAAGAAACAUUUUCAUCAGCUCCCAGACUUUCAGAAGAAAGAAGAACCACAAAGUGCCUUCAAACAUAGUCAACUUAGACCCAUAUCCACCUUGUUCCCAACUAAUCAUGUCGCAGCUGGAAUGGAGAUUUUUGAGGAACUAGUGACUGAUGACAUCAGGAAAAUUAAACUGAACCAAUAACCAAGAAACAAUUUAACAAAACAAGAAAUGGAGGCAUUAGACAAUCUGACCAGCAAUAAUGAAAUCAUUAUAAAACUAGCAGACAAAGGGAGAGGACUGCUAAUAAUGUCCAAGAAGUAUUAUUUAAAAGAAGCUACCAGAUUAUUGAAUAAUCCAGAAAUGUAUGAAGUACUUCAUUGUGAUCCCCUUAUGGGAAUGAAAGAUAAACUUGGGACAAUGCUAUCCAAUGUUAAAGAUGCAGGAAUUCUAAAGGAGUCAGAGUUUAGAUUUCUAAAUAUCGUCUUCCCAAAGAUCCCAGUCUUCUACUUCUUGCCAAAUAUACAUAAAAAUGUGGAAACACCAGCAGGAAGACCAAUCAUUCUAGGAAUCAAUUUGAUCACUUCAAAUCUGUCACAAUACAUUGAUUCAUUCUAACAGCCAUAUGUGUCUAAGGUUAAAUCACAUCUAUAGGACACUACACAAAUGAUUGGGGACUUAGCUGCUGUAGAAUAAAAGGAGAACUAUAUUCUGAUUAUACACUAUCAUAGACCACGAGCAAGGCUGCAACUCAGUGUUAACAGCGCCAAAGAAAACUGGAGAAUUGAAGAAUGCCCAAAUUCAGUUUAAUAUUGAAGGCAUAUCCUUUAUAUUAAAGAACAACUACUUCUGGUUUGAAAGGCAAUUCUAUCUACAGAAGAAAGGGUACAGCAUCAAACAUUAUCUUCAGGGGAGCAUCAAACAUUAAGACAUAGUUGACAAAUAAUUAUCUAAAACCCCAAAAAGAGGCAAAUGAGACCAAGAAGACAGGCUUUGUUUUCUAUCAAAAUUGUAUUGACUGCAGAACAAGCAAUUAAGAAGGUUAUCUCUAAUAAUUCUAAGAAUUCAUUCAUAAUCAAAGAUGUAUUAACUUGCCAAAGCACUAAUGUCAUUUACGUAUGGGAGUGCCCAUGUGGAUAAUGUAGGUAACAGAGUGCACCUAUAAUCUUAAUUUUAAUAAUGACAGGAGGCGAGUAUUUUGCAUUAACUUUCUUUACUUAUGCCUCCAGCAGCACUAGUCAAUCAUUAAACUUAAACCAAUUAGAAACAAGUAACACAUUCCAUAUAAAGCCCUGACAGGCAUAGCUCUUCCUCUUUCUUUGAUGUGAAUUGACAGUCUAGUCUAGUACACAGUCAGGCAAUAUAACAAUAACGUUGAGGAAACUUAAUAACAGUAGGUAGAGUUAAAGAACGGACACUUCCAGUAUAUCCAAUCUCAGGACCGUAGAUAAAGGCCACACUGAAAAUAACAGAAACAAGUGAAAGGUAAUGGUAAUAAACGGAUGUCCACAUAACAUAAAGGAUCAAUAUGUAAUUCAAUGUUAGGAUAUUCUAAGUCAACAUAUCAAAUUAGUAUAUUGUAUACGAGAUGUACUAUAUAGCAAUAGGCGUAUCUAGAAUCACACCAUUGGUAUGAAUAGCACUAACUAAAUAGAACUAAUAACAAGACGAAACCAGUCUAAAGUAAAAUAGUCUGAGGGAAACUGCGUUAGCAUAAUCUACAAUUUUACAACAUGACAGGAGGCUUCAUAAUUUGCAUUUUUAAUGCUGUGGUAGAAACACAAAUAUGCGUCUAAAGUCUGGUUGAAGUAAAAUACCCUGAAAGUCUCUUCUCGCGUCCAAUCCGAAAGAUAUCGGCGAGGGAAACACACGACAUGAACGCCCGAGAUGCAGCCGCGCCCCGAAUGUCCGCCAAACAUGUCUCCGCUCCCACUAGGGACAAUAGCCGAUGUGCCCACCCAGCUAAUGUGGUGGUCGUAACUGGUAUGAAAGGUUUGUUAUACAAAAAGAGAGGCUGGCCUGACUGUGAAGGCCGAAGAGGUGUAGACACCUUCACAUGGUAAACAUAAAAAGUAGUAUGAGCUUCCCCGAGAGUUGUUGAAGAGAAAAUCCAAAAUGUCUGGCCAAACCCGUAGGGAACAGAGAACUACCUCUACAUCCCAUAACUGAGUGUAUUUCAAUACUGGUUCUGGAUCGUAUGAUGCCUCAUGACAUACCAAAGAUCCUGACCAACUGGUAUGCAAUGAAGCAGAAUGUGAUUCACCAAGAACACCGAUGAUACCUUAUGGGUCUGUCAAUAGAAAGGAAGACGAUGGAAGGAGCAGUGGAUGGCCCAGAAAUGGAGUCAAUAGGUCCAGUAACCACCCCUGAUUCUGCCGUAGUUGCAAAGUGAGUGUCACCUAGGUCUCUGUGAUGUAAAGACGAUCAAGGACUCUUGCCAACAUCGAGAAAGGUGGCACGUGUAUGCCUCUUGCGUUGGCCCAGGUUGGAGAAAUGCGUUCCAUGCUUCGCAUUGGGGUCUGGAAGCCAGAACGAUCGCAUCAUGGUACACUGAGGUAUCCAGUUGCCAACCGCUGGCAAGAAAUACAGUCCACAGUGAUUGGUUGGUGAUCUCCUGAAGGUACUCUGUUCAGAGAGUAAUAUUGCAUGGAAGUAAGAAACGGUAAAUGUCCUUCGUUGUUACUGUUAGAGCCUGAGAUCAGGCUCCGCCCAGGCGGUUUAUGUAUCAAACCUCUGAGAUAUUUCCCAUGUGAAGGAGAAUAUAACAAUUAGACAUGUCCAUGGCUAGCUGCGGGUUGCAAAUUAUCCCACCAUCAGCCAUCUUUUCCCCAGACCAUUGUCUUCCAGUGGGAGUAUGUGUGCCUUAGAGGCUGACGGUCGAUUCCACUAUGAAAUCUGGUAUGGAUCUGAAGAUUGCUUUGCCGUUCCAUGUCGAUAUGUGGAAGCCAUCAUGAAGUUCCAUUAACCCCUCUGGUGAGACCAUCACCAGUGGUCGUAGGGGUACCUUGUCCCCAGGUAAUAGGCUUUCGGGUGUUGCAUAGCCCGGUAAUGCAGAGUCCCUGAGAAUAUCACCUGUAUGAAAAAGGGAAGGAGUCACAUCAAUCUGGCCAGGAAACAAAGGGGAAUGGAGUCCUUGCAGAGUAUGCAACGUAUCUCCCUGCUAAUUCCGGUCAUUUCACACAAUUGGACUACUCAGGAUGGAGGCAGAGCCGGUUUUGUUCUGUUCCCCGUUCCCCCUAAAACCCCAUGAUUCCAGAAAUAGAACAAUAAGUUUUGUUUGAUAGCGUAGUCUGAAUGCCGACUCGCAGAAUAUCAGCAUGUCGUCUAGAUAUCAGCAUGUCGUCGCAGAAUAUCAGCAUGUCGACUGGCUAUAGGAGUUCCUUGAAGUACCAUGGGUUGAACCCAUAAUGGUAGACAUGUGAAUUGGCACGGUCUGUCCUGUCAAUGAAGCCAAAGGAAUGGAUGACUCCUUGGUGUGAUUAGACAGGUAUGUGUCCCUCAAAUCCAAAUGAGUGAACUGAUCUUUGGUGCGGAGAAGAUCUUGCAGAAUAUUAAUACCAUCCAUCUUGAAGUGACGAUUGUAACAGAGCUCCCUGUACCCCUGCCUGGGUACCUCCACUAAGGACCGCUUCCUAGCUGGAACAGCGGACAAACCUCAACACUCUUGCCCACAGUCGCUGUGGCUUGACUGGGGUCCUGGAACAGCUCCCUCCUGGAGACGAAUUGGGAAUUCGCUCUACACACCCCCAGGCACUGGACGACACUAAGUCCUGGGAGCUCUAGGACUUUCCCCGUGGUAUCCUCCAAACUGGAAAAGUGAUUAAAGAGUAGCCCUUUCCCCUCUGUCAGGAUUACAAGUUGAUCCAGCACGCAGAACUGUGUCACACCUAGGACUAAGGAUAACGUAUAACCGGACCUUGGAAUGGCCGGACUUAACGGAUCCAAGAAUAUUCAAAAUAUUUUCCGAGGUCAGGAACACAGAAUCAGACACAACGAUAAGGGAAAGCCAAAAGUCAAGGAUACCAGAAUUCAGGGAAGUCAAAACGAAGCAAAGGCAAAUACCAGAAAAUCAAGAUCAGGAACGCACUCUCAGAUUACCAUCAGGAUGAAACCACGACAGGGCAAUGAGCAAAAGGAGAAUUGGGUUUAUAUACCCCUCCUGUCGAUCUGAUUUCAGACAUAUAAAUCCAGUACACAGAUACACCUCAGUGAUUAAAGACAGUUAUACAGUCAUCGAUGUAGUAUAAUGAUAUUGCAUUCUAGUAACAUCUGAGGACCACAUACAACUUGUCAGUUGGAGGUAGUUACUACGUUCCAGGGCCUUCAGUAAACCAUAUGUAGAGAACAUACAGUAAAUCAAACAUAACAAAGGUAUUUACAAAACCAGGCAAAUAGGCAUGAACCCAACUGGGUAGUAUCAGGCCUCUACCAUUUACUCCAUUUUGCAUUAGACAUGGCAUGUCGCCCUUAUGUGUGGUUGUGAGCCACUCUUGUCGCCCUUUUCUCUCUUUCGCCUCCCUUUAUUUCCCAAUGUGUCCCCCUUCAUUAUACCAGGUCUCCCACGUUCUCCACGUCUCUCUGAAUUUUGCGGUUGUCUGUGCAGUGUCUUUGGACAUCUUCUCGUAUACAUAGAACUGAUGUAUUUUAUCUUUUAGUUGCUGUAAGGACUGGCAGUUAUGUUUUUUCCAGUUUAGCGCUAUCAGAUUGCGGACUGCCAUGAGAACAAUCAGUAACAGUUGUUUUUGGUCAUUAACCACAUUUUUAUGUGCGGAUGAAUACGUGACACCCUCCCAGUAACCAGACAACACAUAGUUCGGGGACUAUAAGCUGUAAUAUGUUUAAUCUGGCCAGAUGGCCUGCUUUUAUAAAGUUUCAAAUACAGUUGAGCACACUCAUGAUACUCCCACAGAAACAGGAUAAUCUCUUCCCUAUGUCAAUUAUCUCCAGGCACAAAAAAACACACAAUUCACAAACACCCCAAAAGUACCAUAAAAUUACAUAAAACCGCCCUAAAAGUUACAUCCCCUGAUAGUCCCGAUCUGGGUGACCAACAUAUCCAAAAAUCACCCAGAUCAGUUCAGAGGUUCGGAAAUUUCCUGGAAGUCUUAAUUUGACCGACCGCAAACAAGGGUCCUGCCUAAAACAGUUCCACAAGAUCAGGGCUAGUCCGGUAGUCUAAAAACAAACUACCGAACAUAGUCAAUAUUCUUACCCUGGAGCUUGUUCCUCUUGUUCGUGGGAUUGUUUCCACCGAACAGUGUCUUCCUAAGUGUUAUAAAAUGGAACACAGGCAAUCAUGGAAGUCCAGCCGUGUUCGGGAGUUUCAGUGUCCAAAAAUAGUUCCAUGAACUCGCCGACCAAACACCGCUACCUGUGUUCAUGCAAACAAGAUGGCCGGAUACUAGAAAUAGGAUGGAAGGUAUUGGCACUAAGGCCAGUUAAGAAAGACAAGCUGCAGGCGGCCUGCAGGGACCUUUUACCACCUACAUUGUGAGCAAGUGUUCAGAUGAAAGGCUGACCAAAGAUUUUCAUGUGUACAUGCUCAAACCCUAUUUCAAAAGAACUGAAGAUGUGGGCACAGUAUGUGCCCCCUCUUCCAGGGAUAGUGAAGGACUUCCCCUCCCAGAUUUAUUAGACACCUCCCCGUGUACUAUUGACCAAGUAAGCUUGGGUCAAAACUUAACCCCCUUAGAGAAGAGUGAGGCAUCUCAACCGCUUCAGGGAUACCAGGAAAUGUUUUCUGCCAUCCCAGGAUAUACCUCCGCUGCGGUACACCGUGUAGAAACCCAGGGAGAAACCCCUCUACGGCAGCAACCAUAUCGUAUCCCUGGGGCAGUAAGUGAAAAUAUGCUCACUGAAAUAAGGGAUAUGCUCAAGUUAGGGGUUAUAGAACCCUCUCAGAGUCCUUGAGCUUCGCUGGUAGUAUUAGUACCGAAGCGCGACGGCACCAUGCGCUUCUGUGUAGACUAUCGGAGGCUCAACGAUCGUACCAUAACUGACGCCUACCCCAUGCCCAGAAUAGAUGAGCUAUUAGACCGUAUGGCUGAGGGGAAUUACCUGACUACCUUGGACUUGUGCAAGGGGUAUUGGCAGAUCCCCUUGGAGUCUGCGGCCAUCCCCAAGUCGGCGUUCGUCACUCCAUUUGGGCUAAAGCAGUUCAAGGCUACCUUUCAGAGGAUGGUCGAUAGGCUCCUGGAGGGGUUCCAGGACUUCGCAUGUGCAUAUCUAUCUGCAUAUACAGCCGCACCUGGGGGGACCACCUGGGCCACUUGUCCUGGGUACUCAAGCGAAUUCGGCUAGCGGGCCUCACAUUGAAGCCUGACAAAUGCCACAUAGGCAUGGCCGUAUCUCGGCCACAGGGUAGGUUCCGGUAGGCAGCGUCCAGAGCCUGCUAAAGUAGAGGCCAUAGCUAAUUGGCUCCAACCACGUACUAAAACCCAGGUAUUAGCCUUUUUAGGGACGGCCGGCUACUACCAAAAGUUUGUCCCAGAGUAUAGCACCCUGGCCAAGCCUCUCACAGACCUUACCAAAAAGGCCCUACCUAAGCAAGUGACCUGGACCCCAGAGUGCACGGACGCUUUUCAGAGACUUAAAGCUGCAUUAAGUGAGGCACUUGUGUUGGCAGCGCCCAACCAUACUAAACAAUUUCUUGUACACACAGAUGCCUCCAUGUUUGGGCUGGGAGCUGUGUUGAGCCAAGUGGGGGACGACGGCAUGGAACACCCGGUGGCAUACCUCAGCUGUAAACUUUUGCCCAGAGAGGUCAGCUAUGCCACCGUAGAAAAAGAGUGCCUAGCCCUAGUUUGGGCACUAAAGAAACUGCAACCUUAUCUGUAUGGUCGACCGUUUACCCUUAUGACCGACCACAACCCACUUGUGUGGCUAAACCUGGUAGCUGGUGACAACCCCAGGCUAUUCAGCCAAUACCGCCCGGGCAAACAAAACGGUAAUGCGGACGGUCUGUCCAGACAGACCGAGCUGGACUCCUAAGUUACUUUUACCGGACAUCCCCAAGCCAACCCGACAGGGUCUAGACGGGUAUGCCGGCCCAUGGAACUAUAGGGGAGCAGUGUGAAGAAAUCCCUCUUUGUGUUCGGUAUUUCUCCCCUUUUUCAUUCGGUAGAUGUAACUACCGAACAGGGACCACCCUCCCGGCUCGUUAACUUCAAAGCAUGCUUCAAUUAAACCCCCUACCUGUGCGGCCGUUGUUCGUAUUGCCGAACGCCACGUGGCUGAGAAAACAGCGGCCAUCUUUUUCUGUGCGAACAAAGGCAGCGGGACUUGGUCAUCGAGUGUCUGGAACUAAAAUCGGACACUCGACUUCCCAAACACCGGUCCAAACAUACGAACGCUAGGUCUUUAUUUCCCAAACAGCUAGAAGAUCGCUGUUCGGUACUUUUGUUCAUUCGUAUGAGGGGAACAAUCGUUGCUAAGAGCCAGGGGGAACUGUUCGUGGAAUUAUUCGGUUUUUGCAACUUUACCAAAUAGACCGGCAAAACUACCCAAACUCGUAGAACUGUUUUGGGCAGCAACAUCGCGGUUAGCCGGUCACAAAAGACUUCCAUACUUUUUGCGAAAUUUUAAUAUGUUGGUCACCCAGAUUGGGGCUAUCAGGGGACAUAUUAUUUGUGGGGAUACCAUAUGCAUAAAGGGGUGUUAUAAAUAUUGGGUAAAACUGUAUUUUUUUUCUGCCUGGAGAUAAUUAAGUUAUUACUUUAUCAGACUUGAUUAUCUCCAGGACUAGGGGAGGAAAUUGUAUGUGCUGGGAGUGUUUUAUGUUUUCCUUGUAAAUGAUUGGAUGUACCAUGUCCCUCCCUGUCCGUCCCUUGCACGGGGACUUGCAUAAAAGCCAGUGUAGUUAAAGGUCAGUUCUGUUGCACCCUUCUGCUAGACUCCGGCUGAUGUUUGGGUAUUUGUAUGCUUUACUAAGGAAAUCGUCUGGUAAAGCUAUUGCAUUCGUAUGGGAAUCGUUUAUUUUAUCUGCCGAACGGAGAGUUAUAAUCACUGAUGCUCUGGCUGUUCGGAAGGAAACUACCGAAGGAGUAUUGGAUGUACUAGGUUUCCUUACAAUAUCCUCUGACCGUCUGGACCAUCGAGAUUGCUUCCCAUCUGUGAAAAGGAGACAUUUGCUCAUUGCAUUAUAAUAGCGUUGAGAAACGGAGAUAUCUACAAAUAUACAUGUUUCUUCAGUACCACUAGGAACUGCUCUCUGAACAGGAGACCAUUAGCCAAUGGACCCAAUUCCUUACCCCCCCACUCUACGAGUUUGGUGUCCAGUUUAAGAAGGGCCGCUUGUGGUGUUCGGCCCAUAAGCCAUGUUUGUAGUGCCCAGGAUACGUAAAGCUUGUCGUGCUCGUUCUCGCAUUAUUUGCCUCCAUUGGAGUGCUCUGUGAGAGUGCCAGGUCCGCAUAAUAUAGUAUCUUAGCCAAUGGGUCGAGCAGUUAUCUAGGGCUUUUAAUCCUUUUUUCAAUUCCCUUCCAGGGGUCCCAACCGGAGCGGGACCUAGAGGUCACCCCUGUGGAGUCAAAUUUUGUAGUGUUGUGCCACGUUGUCGGGGAGAAGUGGGCGAGGGUGUUCGGCACGGAGUCGAACCCGCUGUCUUUUUUCCUUACACUUUUGUAACCUGAAGUGUCUGAAUUGUGUCCGAUGGUUUGGCUGCCCCCAUUUCAACGAUCUCUGUUGUUUUUCUGAUCGUGAGGUGGUCAAACAUAGCAACACCGUGGGUAUCGGGAAAUAUCGUCUUCCCCUUUGCCUGUGGAUUUGUGGGAGUCCUCCCCUUUGUCCACGGAAUGUCGGGAGUCUUCCUUAUAAACAAGGGGGUUAGGCCAUCUCUAAAAAACUUUUGGACAUAUCAGGGAUCCGUUUCAGGACCUGCCUUUAGUUUUCCGAGGGCCUGUGUUGGUACCCAUCCAGUGUGUUUCGGAUACGGUUAGUCCAUAAGUUAAUUGGCAGGUGGAAGACCCUGACCCAGCAUCUUGGGAAUUGCUGUUUCUACUGAGGCUGCAACAGCAGCAUUUAUCAUAGAUUGAAAGUCUUGAGUGUGAGGCUGAGGUGAGUUGCUUGUGAUGUGUGUAAACACAUUCUAUACAAUCUGUGUGCCCAUUAUAAACUCAUUCUAUACAAUCUGUGUGCCCAUUAUGUACAAUCUGUGUGCCCAUUAUAAACCCAUUCUAUACAAUCUGUACAUGUUAAACAAGUUAUUGGGAACUGAAAAUAAAUCUGCAGAGCAGGGCAAAAUAGCUGAACUGGUAGAGAUAGCUGGAACUGGACAAUUUUUCCAAUUUGACAAUUUUUUUUUUAAAUUUUGCAAUUACCUGUUCAAUUUUCCUCAGUUGUGAGUUUAGUAAAUACCUUGCCACCUCUGUUGGUCCUGUUCCUUUAUCUAUCUAUAUUUAUUUCCUUAUAUGGUCCCUGACUGCUCUAGUUUCCACUUUCCUACAGAAAAUUCACACUCUUGUUCUCUGCUGAUUUUCAUUAGUGACCUUGAGUGCAAGGACCCGGACUGUGCCUCACUCAACGUUUUCUCUCUCGCCUUGUGCAGGUGAGCACGUACUUACAUCUGAAAAACAGUGAUCAACAACCAAUCAUGUGCCAAAGUUUGACUGUGCCACGACCUUCUAAAAAAUUUCAUUGCCAAGACCAGUGUUCGCUGCAAUGUCCAUCCAGUGCAGACAACUCCUCGGUCAGCUUCCCCAAAAGCCAAUUGCCGCUGCUUUUUGGCAGCCUCCAGAGGACUGGGGAAAACCAAAGAUGUACUGAUCACAGGGAGCCAGGAUUUUAUUCAGAUGACAUUUGUUUCAGUCCAAAGGAAGCAAGCCAACACCAAACCCACACGUGGCCAUCAAAACAUAGCAGUAAAGUCACAAUAUCUGGGCCAAAUUCUCACCAAUUUAAGUCCAUUGAUAUUGAAAAAAAUAUGCUAAUGAAAAAUACUGAUGCUGAACAUGGGACCUAUGGCUCAGCUUCAAACACAGCUGAACCCACAGACAGCAACCAUAAUUCCAAUACAUCUCCAAAUUUAACUUCCACCUGUAGACAUCUUACCUUGGGUUCUGUAGUGAGUCUAAAGAAACUUAAUGAAGAACAUGUUCAAAAGCCGAACCCAUUGCAUGCCAGGGAGUCUGACAAAAGUGAUAGCAUAGUCCCUCAUUAUGGGAUGGAUCGAGUUACUGCGGAAAGAACUGGACAAACUGACACCAUAUUUAGCAUAUCAUCUGAGGAGAACAGCAGUCUGGAAGCUCAUUCUCCGGCCAGUAGAACAUGGAUAGAGGCUCUAAGUCACAGCACUGGCUAUUGCAGGAAAAACCUACAUGCAUAUGCUCAAUCCAUAGAAAGCUCAACAAACCACGUGAUGGAAGGUUCAACUGAGACUUUAAUUGACUUUGAACUGGGCAGAUUAUCACCAUUGGGUGUCCCUAAUAGAUAUUUGGAACCAGAAUGUGAACAAUUUGAUAUUGUAUCGAAACCAUGGCAACAUCAAGAGAACAGCACUGUUGAAUUGAUUAUUUCAGAUAGACAGAAUGCCAUCUGCCAUCCUUUAGUCUUCAAGGAGAAAACAGAAGUUAUUUGCUCAAAGAUGUCUUCAAUUACUGAGCGACAUGGUGAGAACUUAGUUCAAUGCGACCUUACAGCAAUACUUUCUGAUAUGGAUGAUGAAGCCGCUAAUCAAAUUUCCAAGUUCAGCCUCUCAAGCAUUCCCCAGCCAUGCAGGUUUGUGAAUGACCCUUCUGGAAAACAUAGUUUCUCUAAAUCUCCUUCUCCGGUAUUGCCGGAAGUUCUCCACCCUGACCAUGAGCUUCUGGAAGAAGAUGACGAGGAGCUGAAGUGCAUAUGGAACAAUGCUGAGCGUAUUCGUGUGGGUUGCCCCAAAUUUCGAAACAAAUCAAUACUGGACAGAAAAGCAGAGGGGGGAGGCUCAGCAAAGCAGGUGUUGAUGAUGGCGGAACCAAAUAUGUUAGGUGCCACAUUUACAUUGCCCAUGGCGGCUCCAGUUCCUUUUGAAUCUGUGAAGGAAAGAGAAGUCUCAGAAUCUACAGAAAAGGGGAGCCCACACCGAGAAAAAAUUGUGCUUUUGGAUCAUAGAGGUCCUUAUCAGCAGAAGAUCCAAGAGAACUGUCCAACACAGGAUUCGGGUGGAAAAGUUCUUCAAAUGCCGGCAGAUAGUAGAAAAGAGAAAGAAACAAAGAAUGACAUAGAAACUAGUGCCAUGAAGGUAAGAAUUCAUGGAUGGAUGGAUUGAUUGAUGGAUGUAUGGGUGCAUUGACAGACAGAUGGAUGUAUGUAUGGAUGGAUGUAUGGACAGAGUGAUGGAUGAGUGGACAGGUGGAUGGGUGGACAGACCGAUGGAUGUAUGGACAGACCAAUGGAUGUAUGGACAGACAGAUGGAUGGACAGCUUGAUGGAUGUAUGGACAGGUGGAUAGACCGACAGAUGUAUGGACAGACAGAUGGAUGGACAGCUGGAUGGAUGUAUGGACAGAGUGGUGGGUGGAUGGACUGACAGAUGGACAGACAGAUGGAUGUACAGGCAGAUGGAUGAAUGGAUGGAUGGAUGAACAGCUGGAUGGAUGGAUGGACAGGUGGAUGGCUGGACAGCUUGAUGGACCGACAGAUUGAUGGACAGACAAAUAGAUGUAAGGACAGACAGAUGGAUGGACAGCUGGAUGGAUGUAUGGACAGAGUGAUGGGUGGAUGGACUGACGGAUGGACAGACAGAUGGAUGUACAGGCAGAUGGAUGGAUGAAUGGAUGGAUAGACAGCUGGAUGGAUGGAUGGACAGGUGGAUGGCUGGAUGCAGCGACAGAUGCAUGGAUAUAUUUCUCCAUUAAAGUCCAGAGCAAGUACAGGCAACCUGACACCAAAGCUGCACAGACUUCAGCUCCGGUCAUGAGGCCCAAAAGUAAUGGGAGUUGUGUUCCAGCUGGAGUAGAUCUGUGUACAGAUUCUUGUACAGAUAUUGCAUAAUCCGGCGCAAGAGCUUAAUGUGCCAAAUUCACCCAAAGAAAAACAUAAUAUAAACCAUGUGUGUAGGGACUUCCUUGGGGACUUGACAAUGGAUGGGACUCGCCCCAGGGUGUGGAAUAUUAGUCUGGAAAAUGUAUACUGUGUGGCUGUAUAUACAUUACUGUUGUCCUUCUCACAGCGUUUAUCUAAAAUGUCCCCAGUUACAGAGGAAUAGUGAUAGUGACAGAAAAGGUAAGGGUAGGGUAGAAAAGUAUGUUGCUAGGAUAGUAUUUAAUGAGUGUUUUUUUUUGUUUGUUUGUUUUUUACUAUAAUAGUUGCCGGAGAGGAAUAAUGGUUUGGAGGGGGUGGGGGGAAGGCAGCAACUAUAACAUUUAAUUGAUAAGUGUUCCUGAAGAAGUGAGUUUUCAGUUAUUUUUUGAAGGAGUGGAGACUGGGUGAAACAUCUCUCUCAAUCCAUCUCUGUCCAUCCGUAUCUCUCUCUAUCCAUCUCUCUCUAUCCAACCAACCAUAUAUCUCUCUCUCUCUAUCAUCCAUUUCUCUCCAUCCAUCUCUCUCUACCCAUCCGUCCAUCUCUCUCUAUCCAUUUAUCUCUCUCUAUCCGUCCAUCUCUCUCUAUCCAUUCAUCUCUCUCUAUCCAUCCAUCUCUCUCUAUCCAUUCAUCUCUCUCUAUCCAUUCAUCUCUGUCUAUCCAUUUAUCUCUCUCUAUUCAUCCAUCUCUCUUUGUCCAUCUAUCUCUCUCUAUCCGUCCAUCUCUCCCUAUCCAUCCAUCUCUCUCUAUCCAUCUCUCUCUAUCCAUUCAUCUCUCUAUCCAUUUAUCUCUCUAUCCAUUCAUCUCUCUCUAUCCAUCCAUCUCUCUCUAUCCAUUCAUCUCUGUCUAUCCAUUUAUCUCUCGCUAUUCAUCCAUCUAUCUCUCUCUAUUCGUCCAUCUCUCUCUAUUCAUUCAUCUCUCUCUCUAUCCAUCCAUCUUUCUCUAUCCAUCCAUCUCUCUCUAUCCGUUCAUCUCUCUCUAUCCGUUCAUCUCUCUCUAUCCGUUCAUCUCUCUCUAUCUGUUCAUCUCUCUCUACCCAUCUCUCUAUCCAUCCACCCAUCCAUCUAUCUCUCUCUAUCGUUCAUCUCUUUUUAUCCAUCUCUCUCUAUCCAUCCAUUUCUCUCUAUCCAUCUCUCUCUAGCUAUCCGUCCAUCUAACCCUCUGUGUCCGUCCAUCUAUCUUUCUCUAUCCGUCUGUCUAUCUCUCUUUCUAUCCAUCUCUCAAUUCAUCUAAUCCAUCCAUUCUUACAUUAUUAUGUAUAUAGCGCCAACAAAUUCCAUAGCGCUAUACACUGGGUGGACAAACAGACACGUAUUUGUAACCAGGCAAGUUGGACGCACAGUAACCGAGGGUUUGAGGGCCCUACUCAAUGAGCUGACAUGCUAGAGGUAGUGGGGUAUAGUGACACAAAAUGUAAGGUUUGGGGUAUGUAUACUGUUAGGGUUAGUGUAAGCAUAGUGCUAAGGUUGGGGUUAGGGUUAGUACAGUUUAGGGGUAGGUAUACUGUUAGCGUUAGUGUUAGUGUAGGGUUAGGGUAGGGUUAGUACAGUUUAGGGGGAGGUAUACUGUUAGUGUUAGUACAGUUUAGGGGUAGGUAUACUGUUAGUGUAAGUGUUAGCGUAGGGUUAGGGUAGGGUAGAAAAGUAUGUUGCUAGGGUAGUAUUCAUUGAGGGCUUAGUGUUUUGUUUUUUUACUAUAAUAGUUGCAGUAGAGGAAUAAGAGUUUGGAGGGUGGGAGGGGGGCAGGAACUAUAACAUUUAAUUGAUAAGUGUUCCUGAAGAAGUGAGUUUUCAAUUAUUUUUUGAAGGAGUGGAGACUGGGUGAAACAUCUCUCUCAAUCCAUCUCUGUCCAUCCAUAUCUCUCUCUAUCCAUCUCUUGCUAUCCAACCAUCUCUCUAUAUCCAUCUCUCUCAAUCCAUCUCUGUCUAUCCAUCCAUCUCUCUCUAUCCAUCUAUUUCUGUCCAUUCAUAUCUCUCUCUAUCCAUUCAUCUCUCUCUAUCCAUCUCUCUUUAUCCAACCAUCUCUCUCUAUCCAUCCAUCUCUCUCUAUCCAACCAUCUCUCUCUAUCCAAUCAUCUCUCUCUAUCCAACCAUCUCUCUCUAUCCAUCCAUCUCUCUCUAUCCAUCUCUCUAUAUCCAUCCAUCUCUGUCUAUCCAUCCAUGUCUCAAUCCAUCUUUCUCUAUCCAUCCAUCCACCCACCCACCCACCCAUCUCUGUCUAUCCAGCCAUCCAUCUCUCUAUAUUCAUCUCUGUCUAUCCAUCUCUCUGUCCAUCUUUCUCUCUCUAUCCAUCCAUCUCUUUCUAUCCAUCCAUCUCUGUCCAUCCAUCUCUCUCUAUCCAUCCAUCCAUCUCUGUCCAUCCAUCUCUCUCUAUCCAACCAUCCUUCUCUCAAUCCAUCUAUCCUUGUAUCUAUCUCUCUAUCUAUCAAUUCUUCCACCCGUCCGUCCACCUGUCCAUUUAUCUCUCUGUCUGUCCAUUCAGCUGUCUGUAGUGCAUGAUAUAAUUAACCCUUUGUGUUCUUCCUCAGAGCAUUUCCAGAUGUAGAGAUAACCUUUGUCAGGGCUAUGCAGGGAGUAUAAAUUAACCCUUUCAUUCCACCAUUCCAGAAUACAUGCUUUAACCCCUUGUUCUCUCGAUUUUCACAGUUAUUGCAGGUUAACAGAAAAUUGGAUUUCCAGUUAAUGGAGGGUCCCCUGGAAAGAAAGCACAGCCUGCAGUCAGGGGGAAGGAAGGUAAGUGGCAGUCUGUCACUGGGCCAUGCUGGUGAGGGGUGGAUGGUGAGUGAAGGUUGGAAGGAUACUAACAAAGUGAGUGGAGGUUACUGUGUUAAGGAUGAGUUUCAGUCUGCAAUGAGUGAGUUAAUAUCCAGAUAUGUGCGGGAGCAAAACUUUACAGUAUCUGUCUGUCUGUCCAGGCAUCAAACCGUACAUGGAGUGUAUACUAUGCCGUGCUUGUGAGACGGACCCUGUGUUUUUACCACGACCGCAGACAUUCCAAGGUGAGUCCUGCACCUGUUGUAUUUAAAACACCUGCACUAUAUACAGAAUAUAGGCCAGUAAGCUUUACUUCAGUAGUGGGGAAAGUGAUGGAAACCAUGUUAAAGGAUAGGAUUGUUGAACAUCUAAAAUCCCAGGGAUUUCAAGAGCAGAGACAAUAUGGGUUUACUUUUUUGAUUGGGUAACUAAAAUUAUAGAUCAGGGUGGUGCAGUAGACAUUGCUUACCUAGAUUUCAGUAAGGCUUUUGACACUGUUGCACAUAGAAGGCUUAUCAAUAAACUGCAAUCUUUAAGUUUGGAUUCCAAUAUUGUUGAAUGGGUAAGGCAGUGGCUGAGUGACAGGCAACAGGGGGUUGUAGUUAAUGGAGUAUAUUCGAAGCUUGGACUUGUCACCAGUGGGGUACCUCAGGGAUUUGUACUUGGACCCAUUCUCUUUAAUAUUUUUAUUAGGGAUAUUGCAGAAGGUCUUGAUGGUAAGGUAUGUCUUUUUGCUGAUGAUACUAAGAUAUGUAACAGGGUUGAUGUUCCAGGAGGGAUAAGCCAAAUGGCAAAAGAUUUAGGUAAACUAGAAAAAUGGUCAGAGUUGUGGCAACUGACAUUUAAUGUGGAUAAGUGCAAGAUAAUGCAGAGUACAGAAUAUCUGACAGAGUCCUAACCUCAACAUAUGAGGAAAGGGAUUUAGGGGUGAUUAUUUCUGAUGACUUAAAGGUAGGCAGACAAUGUAAUAGAGCAGCAGGAAAUGCUAGCAGAAUGCUUGGUUGUAUAGGGAGAGGUAUUAGCAGUAGAAAGAGGGAAGUGCUCAUGCAGAGGCGUAACUAGAAACCACAGAGCCCCGGUGCGAAAAUUGCCCUGGGGCCCCCCCCCAUACAUCCAUGGAGACAAACAGAAACACAUACAGACACACACACAUACACAUAGAGACCCAUACAUACAUACAGACACAUGUAAAGACUCAUACACACACACUCAGACAUAUACACACGUACACUCACAGACCCACAAGCACACACAAACAGACACACACACUCAGACACACAUACACUUACAGACACACACCUACAUACACUGAGACACACAUACACUUACAGACACACUCACAGACACACACACACAAACACUCAGACACACACACUCACAAACACAUACACACACACACACUCAGACACACAUACGCUUACAAACACUUACAGACACACACACACUCACAGACACACUCACAUACACUCAGACACACACACUCACAGACAAACACAUACAUACACACAUACACACACACACACUCAGACACACACAAAUUAUUAAUAUUAAAUGUCCACCCAGUGGGCCAGUGGGGCUUCAGUGCGGCGAGCAGCAGAGUUCCUGUCAGACGCGGCGUGGGAGCUGUGUUCUCUCUGCUCUGCUCCCUCAUGGGCUGUCUACUGAUGCGGAGAGCUGAAAUAUGACGUCAUAUUCCGGCUCCCUCACUGCAUCUGUCAUUAACUCUGCCGCCUGCCAGGGGAGUCCUAUGAGAGGGGGAACACAGAGGGGGCAGCAUCUAGGCGGCCCACGGUCGCAGGGGUCGUGGCUGCGGCCGGGCCACUUGCAGUGAGGGGCCCAGUCGCAGCUGCGACCCGUGCGACCGUGGUAGGUACGCCACUGUGCUCAUGCCAUUGUACAGAACACUGGUGAGACCUCACUCGGAGUAUUCUACACAGUACUGGAGACCGUAUCUCCAGAAGGAUAUUGAUACCUUAGAGAGGGUUCAGAGAAGGGCUACUAAACUGGUUCAUGGAUUGCGGGAUAAAACUUACCAGGAAAGGUUAAAGGAUCUUAACAUGAAUAGCUUGGAGGAAAGACGAGACAGGGGGAAUAUGAUAGAAACAUUUAAAUACAUAAAGGGAAUCAACACAGUAAAGGAGGAGACUAUAUUUAAAAGAAGAUAAACUACCACAUCAAGAGGACAUAGUCUUAAAUUAGAGGGACAGAGGUUUAAAAAUAAUAUCCGGGAGUAUUACUUUACUGAGAGGGUAGUGGAUGCAUGGAAUAGCCUUCCAGCUGAAGUGGUAGAGGUUAACACAGUAAAGGAGUUUAAGCAUGCAUGGGAUAGGCAUAAGGCUAUCCUAACUAUAAGGUAAGGCUAGGGACUAAUGAAAGUAUUUAGAAAAUUGGGCAGACUAGAUGGGCCGAAUGGUUCUUAUCUGCCGUCAUAUUUUAUGUUUCUAUUAUAGCAUAGAGCCUGCUCUGCAUUAUAUACAGUAUAAAGCAUGCUCUGCAUUAUAUACAGUAUAAAGCCUGUUCUGCUCUAAAUACAGUAUAAAGCCUGUUCUGCACUAUAUACAGUAUAAAGCCUGCUCUGCACUAUAUACAGUAUAGAGCCUGCACUGCACUAUAUACAGUAUAGAGCCUGCUCUGCAUUAUAUACAGUAUAAAGCCUGUUCUGCACUAUAUACAGUAUAAAGCCUGCUCUGCACUAUAUACAGUAUAGAGCCUGCUCUGCAUUAUAUACAGUAUAAAGCCUGCUCUGCAUUAUAUACAGUAUAAAGCCUGCUCUGCACUAUAUACAUUAUAGAGCCUGCUCUGCAUUAUAUACAGUAUAGAGCCUGCUCUGCACUAUAUACAGUAUAGAGCCUGCUCUGCAUUAUAUACAGUAUAAAGCCUGCUCUGCACUAUAUACAUUAUAGAGCCUGCUCUGCAUUAUAUACAGUAUAGAGCCUGCUCUGCACUAUAUACAGUAUAGAGCCUGCUCUGCAUUAUAUACAGUAUAAAGCCUGCUCUGCAUUAUAUACAGUAUAAAGCCUGCUCUGCACUUUAUACAGUAUAGAGCCUGCUCUGCAUUAUAUACAGUAUAGAGCCUGCUCUGGACUAUAUACAGUAUAGAGCCUGCUCUGCAUUAUAUACAGUAUAAAGCCUGCUCUGCAUUAUAUACAGUAUAAAGCCUGCUCUGCACUUUAUACAGUAUAGAGCCUGCUCUGCAUUAUAUACAGUAUAGAGCCUGCUCUGCACUAUAUACAGUAUAAAGCCUGCUCUGUAAUAUAGACAGUAUAGAGCCUGCUCUGCAUUAUAUACAGUAUAAAGCCUGCUCUGCACUAUAUACAGUAUAAAGCCUGUUCUGCAUUAUAUACAGUAUAGAGCCUGCUCUGUAAUAUAGACAGUAUAGAGCCUGCUCUGCAUUAUAUACAGUAUAAAGCCUGCUCUGCACUAUAUACAGUAUAGAGCCUGCUCUGCACUAUAUACAGUAUAAAGCCUGCUCUGCGUUAUAUAAAGUAUAGAGCCUGCUCUGCACUAUAUACAGUAUAGAGCCUGUUCUGCAUUAUAUACAGUAUAAAGCCUGCUCUGCACUAUAUACAGUAUAAAGCCUGUUCUGCAUUAUAUACAGUAUAGAGCCUGCUCUGUAAUAUAGACAGUAUAGAGCCUGCUCUGCACUAUAUACAGUAUAAAGCCUGCUCUGCAUUAUAUACAGUAUAAAGCCUGCUCUGCACUAUAUACAGUAUAAAGCCUGUUCUGCAUUAUAUACAGUAUAAAGCCUGCUCUGCAUUAUAUACAGUAUAGAGCCUGCUCUGUAUUAUAUACACUAUAAAGCCUGCUCUGCAUUAUAUACAGUAUAAAGCCUGCUCUGCACUAUAUACAGUAUAGAGCCUGCUCUGCAUUAUAUACAGUAUAGAGCCUGCUCUGCACUAUAUACAGUAUAAAGCCUGCUCUGCACUAUAUACAGUAUAGAGCCUGCUCUGCAUUAUAUACAGUAUAAAGCCUGCUCUGCAUUAUAUACAGUAUAAAGCCUGCUCUGCACUUUAUACAGUAUAGAGCCUGCUCUGCAUUAUAUACAGUAUAUAGCCUGCUCUGCACUAUAUACAGUAUAAAGCCUGCUCUGCACUUUAUACAGUAUAGAGCCUGCUCUGCACUAUAUACAGUAUAAAGCCUGCUCUGCAUUAUAUACAGUAUAGAGCCUGCUCUGCAUUAUAUACAGUAUAAAGCCUGCUCUGCAUUAUAUACAGUAUAGAGCCUGCUCUGCACUAUAUACAGUAUAAGCCUGUUCUGCAUUAUAUACAGUAUAGAGCCUGCUCUGCAUUAUAUACAGUAUAAAGCCUGCUCUGCACUAUAUAUAGUAUAGAGCCUGCUCUGCAUUAUAUACAGUAUAAAGCCUGCUCUGCACUAUAUACAGUAUAAAGCCUGCUCUGCACUAUAUACAGUAUAAAGCCUGUUCUGCAUUAUAUACAGUAUAAAGCCUGCUCUGCAUUAUAUACAGUAUAGAGCCUGCUCUGUAUUAUAUACAUUAUAAAGCCUGCUCUGCAUUAUAUACAGUAUAAAGCCUGCUCUGCACUAUAUACAGUAUAGAGCCUGCUCUGCAUUAUAUACAGUAUAGAGCCUGCUCUGCACUAUAUACAGUAUAAAGCCUGCUCUGCACUAUAUACAGUAUAGAGCCUGCUCUGCAUUAUAUACAGUAUAAAGCCUGCUCUGCAUUAUAUACAGUAUAAAGCCUGCUCUGCACUUUAUACAGUAUAGAGCCUGCUCUGCAUUAUAUACAGUAUAUAGCCUGCUCUGCACUAUAUACAGUAUAAAGCCUGCUCUGCAUUAUAUACAGUAUAAAGCCUGCUCUGCACUUUAUACAGUAUAGAGCCUGCUCUGCAUUAUAUACAGUAUAUAGCCUGCUCUGCACUAUAUACAGUAUAAAGCCUGCUCUGCACUAUAUACAGUAUAGAGCCUGUUCUGCAUUAUAUACAGUAUAAAGCCUGCUCUGCACUUUAUACAGUAUAGAGCCUGCUCUGCACUAUAUACAGUAUAGAGCCUGCUCUGCACUAUAUACAGUAUAAAGCCUGCUCUGCAUUAUAUACAGUAUAGAGCCUGCUCUGCAUUAUAUACAGUAUAAAGCCUGCUCUGCAUUAUAUACAGUAUAGAGCCUGCUCUGCACUAUAUACAGUAUAAGCCUGUUCUGCAUUAUAUACAGUAUAGAGCCUGCUCUGCAUUAUAUACAGUAUAAAGCCUGCUCUGCACUAUAUAUAGUAUAGAGCCUGCUCUGCAUUAUAUACAGUAUAAAGCCUGCUCUGCACUAUAUACAGUAUAAAGCCUGCUCUGCAUUAUAUACAGUAUAAAGCCUGCUCUGCACUAUAUACAGUAUAAAGCCGGUUCUGCAUUAUAUACAGUAUAGAGCCUGUUCUGCAUUAUAUACAGUAUAGAGCCUGCUCUGUAAUAUAGACAGUAUAGAGCCUGCUCUGCACUAUAUACAGUAUAAAGCCUGCUCUGCAUUAUAUACAGUAUAAAGCCUGUUCUGCAUUAUAUACAGUAUAAAGCCUGUUCUGCAUUAUAUACAGUAUAGAGCCUGCUCUGUAAUAUAGACAGUAUAGAGCCUGCUCUGCACUAUAUACAGUAUAAAGCCUGCUCUGCAUUAUAUACAGUAUAAAGCCUGCUCUGCAUUAUAUACAGUAUAAAGCCUGCUCUGCACUAUAUACAGUAUAAGCCUGUUCUGCAUUAUAUACAGUAUAGAGCCUGCUCUGCAUUAUAUACAGUAUAAAGCCUGCUCUGCACUAUAUAUAGUAUAGAGCCUGCUCUGCAUUAUAUACAGUAUAAAGCCUGCUCUGGAUUAUAUACAGUAUAAAGCCUGCUCUGCAUUAUAUACAGUAUAGCGCCUGCUCUGAAUUAUAUACAGAGUUAGCGUUAGUGUAAGCAUAGGGUUAGGGUAGGGAUAGUACAGGAUAGGGGUAGUUAUGCUGUUAGUGUUAGUGUAAGCCUAAGGUUAGUACAGGUUUGGGGUAGGUAUACUGUUAGCGUUAGUGUUAGCGUAAGGUUAGGGUUAGGGUAGGGUUAGUACAGUUUAGGGGUAGGUAUACUGUUAGUGUAAGUGUUAGUGUAGGGUUAGGGUUAGAGUAGGGUUAGUACAAUUUAGAGGUAGGAAUACUGUUAGCGUUAGUGUAAGCAUAGGGCUAGGGUUAAGGUAGGGUUAGUACAGGUUAGUGGUAGGUAUACUGUUAGUGUUAGUGUAAGCAUAGGGCUAGGGUUAAGGUAGGGUUAGUACAGGUUAGUGGUAGGUAUACUGUUAGUGUUAGUGUUAGCGUAGUGCUAAGGUUGGGGUUAGGGUUAGUACAGUUUAGGGGUAGCUAUACUGUUAGUAUUAGUGUAAGCAUAGGGUUAGGGUAGGGUUAGUACAGGUUAGUGGUAGGUAUACUGUUAGUGUUAGUGUAGGGUUGGGGUUAGGGAGUGUUAGUACAGGUUUGGUUGUAGGUAUACUGUUAUUGUUAGUGUAAGAAUAGGGUUAGGGGUAGGGUAGGGUAAGUACAGGUUAGUGGUAGGUAUACUGUUAGUGUAGGGUUGGGGUUAGGGAAGGUUAGUACAGGUUUGGGGUAGGAAUACUGUUAAUGUUGGUGUAAACAUAGGGUUAGUACAGGUUUGGGGUAGGUAUACUAUUAGCGUUAGUGUAAGCAUAGGGUUAGGGUUGGGGGUAGGGUUAGUACAGUUUAGGGGUAGGAAUACUGUAAGCGUUAGUGUAAGCAUAGGGUUAGGGUUAGUACAGGUUAGUGGUAGGAAUACUGUUACCGUUAGUGUAAGCAUAGGGUUAGGGUUAGAGUUAGUACAGGCUAUGGGUAGGUAUACUGUUAGUGUUAGUGUAAGCAUAGGGUUAGGGUUAGUACAGGUUUGGGGUAGGAACACUGUUAGUGUAAGCAUAGGGUUAGUACAGUUUAGGGGUAGGUAUACUGUUAGCAUUAGUGUAAGAAUAGGGUUAGGGUAGGGUUAGUACAGGUUAGGGGUAGGUAUACUGUUAGCGUUAGUGUAAGCAUAGGGUUAGGGUAGGGUUAGUACAGGUUAGGGGUAGGUAACUCUAGCGUUAGUGUAAGCAUAGAGUUAUGGUAGGGAUAGUACAGUUUAGGGGUAGGUAUACUGUUAGCAUUAGUGUACGAAUAGGGCUAGGGCUAGGGUGGGGUUAGGGGUAGGUAUACUGUUAGCGUUAGUGUAAGCAUAGGGGUGGGUUAAGGAUGGGUUAGUAAAGGUUAGGGGUAGGUAUACUGUUAACGUUAGUGUUAGCGUAGGGUUAGGGUAAGGUUAGUACAGUUUAGGGGUAGGUAUACUGUUACCAUUAGUGUAAGCAUAGGGUUAGGGUUAGGGUAGGGUUAGUACAGGUUAGGGGUAGGAAUACUGUUAGCGUUAGUGUAAGCAUAGUGCUAAAGUUGGGGGUAUGGCUAGUACAGGUUAGGGGUAGGAAUACUGUUAGUGUAAGCAUAGGGUUAGGGUUAGAGUAGGGUUAGUACAGGUUUGGGGUAGGUAUACUGUUAGCAUUAGUGUUAGCGUAGGGUUAGUACAGGUUAGGGGUAGGAAUACUGUUAGCGUUAGUGUAAGCAUAGUGCUAAGGUUGGGGGUAGGGCUAGUACAGGUUAGGGGUAGCUAUACUUUUAGUGUAAGCGUAGGGUUUGGGGUAGGAAUACUGUUAGUGUUAGCGUAGUUAGGGUUAGGGUAGGGUCAGUACAGGUUAGGGGUAGGAAUACUGUUAGCGUUAGUGUAAGCAUAGGGUUAGGGUUAGGGUAGGGUUAAUACAGGUUAGGGGUAGGAAUACUGUUAGCGUUAGUGCUAAGGUUGGGGGUAGGGAUAGUACAGGUUAGGGGUAGCUAUACUGUUAGUGUUAGCGCAGGGUUUGUAUUAGGGUAGUUAGGGUUAGGGUAGGGUUAGUACAGGUUAGGGGUAGGAAUACUGUUAGCGUUAGUGUUAGGGUAUGGUUAGUACAGGUUAGGGGUAGGAAUAUUGUUAGCGUAGGGUUAAGGGUAGGGUUAGUACAGGUUAGGUGUAGGAAUAUUGUUAGCGUUAGCGUAGGGUUAGGGUAGUGUUAGUACAGUUUAGGGGUAGGAAUACUGUUAGUGUUAGCGUAGGGUUAGGGUUAGGGUAGGGUUAGUACAGGUUAGGGGUAGGAAUAUUGUUAGCGUAGGGUUAAGGGUAGGGUAGGGUUAGUACAGGUUAGGGGUAGGAAUACUGUUAGUGUUAGCGUAGGGUUAGGGUAGUGUUAGUACAGUUUAGGGGUAGGAAUACUGUUAGUGUUAGCGUAGGGUUAGGGUAGGGUUAGUACAGGUUAGGGGUAGGAAUACUGUUAGCGUUAGUGUAAGCGUAGUGUUAGGGUUAGUACAGGUUAGAGGUAGGAAUACUGUUAGUGUUAGCGUAGGGUUAGGGUAAAUACAGUUUAGGGGUAGGAAUACUGUUUGCGUUAGUGUUAGCGUAGGGUUAGGGUUACGGUUAGUACAGGUUAGUGGUAGGAAUACUGUUAGCGUAGGGUUAGGGCAGGGUUAGUACAGGUUAGUGGUAGGAAUACUCUUAGCAUAGGGUUAGUACAAGUUAGUGGUAGGAAUACUGUGAGUGUUAGCGUAGGGUUAGGGUAAGGUUAGUACAGGUUAGUGGUAGGAAUACUGUUAGCGUAGGGUUAGGGUAGGGGUAGUACAGGUUAGUGGUAGGAAUACUGUUAGCGUAGGGUUAGUACAGGUUAGUGGUAGGAAUACUGUUAGUCUUAGCAUAGGGUUAGGGUUACGGUUAGUACAGGUUAGUGGUAGGAAUACUGUUAGCGUAGGGUUAGGGUAGGGUUAGUACAGGUUAGUGGUAGGAAUACUGUUAGCGUAGGGUUAGGGUAGGGUUAGUAAAGGUUAGUGGUAGGAAUACUGUUAGCGUAGGGUUAGGGUAGGGUUAGUACAAGUUAGUGGUAGGAAUACUGUUAGUGUUAGCGUAGGGUUAGUACAGGUUAGUGGUAGGAAUACUGUUAGCGUAGGGUUAAGGUAGGGUUAGUACAGGUUAGUGGUAGGAAUACUGUUAGCGUAGGGUUAGUACAAGUUAGUGGUAAGAAUACUGUUAGUGUUAGCGUAGGGUUAGGGUAGGGUUAGUACAGGUUAGUGGUAGGAAUACUGUUAGUGUAGGGUUAGGGUAGGGUUAGUACAGGUUAGUGGUAGGAAUACUGUUAGCAUUAGUGUUAGUGUAGGGUUAGGGUAGGGUUAGUACAGGUUAGUGGUAGGAAUACUGUUAGCGUUAGUGUAGGGUUAGGGUAGUGUUUCUCAAUCCCAGAUGUAUGAGGCAUUUAACAAUCAGGCAUACUAUAUGUAAAACCUGGGAAGGUUUUUAUCGUAUCUAGCGGCUCUCAAUAAUUUGUUAUACACUGUCAUCUUAUUUUUUUAUUUCUUUACUUAACCAUCAGGACUGACACAUGAAUCUAUUUUCAGUUAUUUUUAUUUAGUUGCACUGUAUGUGUAAACAUUAUUAUAAGCAUCAAUGUGUAAAAUCAUUUUCAUUCACGCUUAAUGAUCUGUUAUUAAGCAGUUCUUAGAAUGAGAGGCUCCUGAUUGGUGGAAUUUCUUCCUGUAACUAAGAAACUAACAUUCCAGACAUGUUGACAAGACAGCACAAUAUAAAGAUUAAGCUAUAACAACACUAAAAGAAAGACAAAACAACGAGAAACAAAAAGAUACCAACAAACGUGGUGAAGAAAGAGGAAGAGAAAAUAAUUAGGGUAGAGAUAUGUUGCGGAGCUGCAAUUUUAUAAUCCCAGGAUCUCUGCUGGUAGAAUGCAAUAACCAAGUACAAAGCUGGAAGCAGGCAAUAUUCCCAAAUCCUCCCAAGAACCAGACGAAACACAGUCUGAGAGUCAACUGCCACUUUAUUCAAAAAGACUGAUAUUUAAAGCAGGUCACUCAACUGUCACUUUAUUAAAAAUAACUGAUAUUUAAAGCAGGUCACUCAACAGGGGUUUCCAAAGAUGGGCAGCAGGGGUUUUGGUUGAGGGGACUGGAGGGAGACUACCGUUUCCAGGUCCUCCUCCCAACAGCCCCUGCUGUAACAUACAGUAAUGAAAACUACGAGGACAUAAACCGUUACCUUUCUACUUCAAAAUAUACAACUUAGUCAGUUUUAAUAGCAAUGCUAACGAAUGGGGAGGAUUCGAACAGACAUACACAGUACAGCAUAAAUUAAACAUAGCCGGAGACGCCACACUAUACCGGCGCGCAGUACACAACAGAAAAUAGGCACAACCAUUCUAUCUUAGGCAGUCCCAAGUGGCUAGGUUUGCCACAAUGCUCCCCCAAAACCAAGCCGGCAUACACAGUCUGAUCCCAACGGAUCGGCUUGGGGAUGUCCGGGGGAGUGCUCACAGAUCAUUUCUCAAGUUCUGUCUGUCUGGACAACCCAUCGGCGUUACCAUUCUGUUUUCCAGGGCGAUAAUGGAUCGUGAAAUCAAACGGCUGCAGCGCCAAACUCCAGCGCAACAGCCGGGCAUUGUCUCCUGACACCCUGUGUAGCCACACCAACGGGUUGUGAUCUGUGAGCAAGGAGAAUGGUUGUCCAUACAAAUAAGGUUGUAACUUUUUGAGGGCCCACACCACGGCCAGGCAUUCCUUCUCGAUGGCGGCGUAGCCUACUUCCCUUGGUAGUAAUUUUCUGCUUAAGUAAGCUACGGGAUGUUCUCCGCCAUCAGCUCCCACUUGGCUCAGUACUGCCCCCAAUCCAAACAUGGAAGCGUCUGUGUGAACAAGAAAUCGUUUAGUUGGAUCAGGGGCAGUUAACACAGGAGCCUUAGUUAAUGCAGUUUUUAGUUCAUGGAAUGCCUGUUCACACUCUGGGGCCCAGUUGACCUGUCGUGGCAAGUUUUUCUUGGUCAAGUCCGUCAGGGGUUUGGCCAGGGCGCUGUAAUUGGGCACAAAUUUUCUGUAGUAACCAGCGGUACCAAGGAACGCCAAUACUUGUGUCUUUGUCCUGGGGGUAGGCCACUUAGCUACUGCCUCUAUCUUGGCCGGUUCGGGCCUCUGCUGUCCGCAUCCUACCCUGUGACCCAGGUACUGCACCUCUGCCAUCCCUAUGUGACACUUGCUAGGUUUUAGUGUCAGCCCUGCCUCUCCAAUACGGUCAAUGACCACACUAAUAUGUUUCAAAUGAUCUGCCCAGGUCUGGCUAUAAAUGGCUAUAUCAUCUAAGUACGCACAGGCGUACUCUUGGAACCCGUCCAGUAGCCGAUCUACCAUCCUCUGAAAGGUAGCCGGAGCGUUUUUCAUCCCGAAAGGCAUGACCCGAAAUUGAUACAGGCCAAACGGGGUGACAAACGCCGACUUGGGGAUGGCCUCCUCGGCUAGUGGAAUCUGCCAGUAUCCCUUACACAGAUCAAUGGUAGUGAGAUACUGGCCUCUUGCCAUCCUAUCUAGCAGCUCGUCUAUACGGGGCAUCGGGUAGGCGUCAGACACUGUUUUGUCAUUGAGCCUCCGGUAGUCUACACAAAACCGCGUGGUGCCAUCCUUCUUGGGUACUAGCACUACCGGUGAUGCCCAGGGGCUAUCUGAAUGUUCGAUAACCCCUAACUGCAACAUUUCCUCAAUUUCUUUCCUCAUGUGCUCCCUUACUGCUUCAGGGAUACGAUACGGAGUCUGUCUCAUAGGGAGCUGUCCUGGGGUCUCUACUCGGUGGGUAGCUAACAGAGUGUACCCUGGUAAAUUGGAGAAGGUAGCACCUUUUGCCGCAAUCAACUCCUGUACCUGGGCACGCUCCUGGAGACUUAGCCGCUCCCCCAGCUGCACACCUGUAGCGUUUUCUGCAGAAUCUUCCUUUUCUAACAUGUCUGGCAAGGGCAGAUUCUCAUAAUCCUCAGUGGCUGGGGCACAGAUGGCUGCUACCUCCUCUAUUCUCUGGUGAUAGGGUUUGAGCAUGUUCACAUGGAGCAUGCGUCGUUUCCCUACCCCAGAGCACGGGCCGAUCACAUAAGUGGUGUCACAUUUCUGUUCUACCACUUGGUAUGGGCCCUGCCAGGUGGCCUGUAGCUUGUCUGUGCGGACAGGUUUCAAAAUUAGAACUUUCUGUCCCACCUGGAAGCUACGGUCUCUGGCUCCCCUAUCGUACCACCGGCGCUGUUGACGUUGAGCCGCCGGGAGGUUCUCCCGUACGGUUUGGGUUAGAGCCUCCAAGCGGUCCCGGAACUCCAGCACGUAUGGCACAAUGGGGACUCCAUCUGCACUGCUCCCCCCCUCCCAAUGUUCUCUAAUUAAGUCUAGGGGUCCCCUCACCCUUCUCCCAAACAAUAACUCAAGCGGAGAGAAGCCGGUAGAUUCCUGUGGCACUUCUCGGUACGCAAAAAGCAGAUGGGGUAAAAACCUCUCCCAGUCUUUAUGGGACUCCCCAAAUGUCCUGAGCAUCUGCUUCAAGGUACCGUUAAAGCGCUCACACAACCCAUUGGACUGCGGGUGAUAGGCAGAAUUUACAAUUGGCUUAAUGCCACAUAACUUCCAUAGCUGGUGGGUCACUUCGGCUGUAAAUUGGGUCCCCCUAUCCGAAAUUAUCUCUUGGGGAAAUCCCAUCCUGGAAAAUAUCUUCAUCAUAGCUUCGGCUACCGUUUCUGCUUGUAUAUUGGAAAGGGCUAUAGCCUCCGGGUACCGGGUGGCAUAAUCUACAAUGGUCAGAAUAUACCGCUUGCCGGAAGGGCUAGGCUUGGACAGUGGUCCUACUAUAUCCACUGCUACUCUGCUAAAGGGUUCUUCAAUAAUGGGAAGGGGGCACAAUUUCGCUUUGUGGCGGUCACCCCUUUUUCCCACUCUCUGACAAAUGUCACAUGUCUGACAAUACUGUCUCACAUCUCUAGAUAUACCUGGCCAGAAAAAUGCAUGUGUCAAUCUGUACCUCGUUCUUGUCAUCCCUAAAUGCCCAGACAGCGGAAUAUCGUGGGCAAUUCUAAGCAGUUCCUGCCGGUAUUUCUGGGGCACUAUAAGCUGCUUAUUAGUCACAUGUACAGACCCCCCUACCACCCGCUCAGCAACACGAUAUAACAGAUUUUUCUCCCAUACAUACUGUUCUCCCUCUAAACCUGUCUGACCAGCUGUCGCCUUAUCCUUAUAAAUUUGCAACGUGGGAUCGUUUUUAGCCUCUGCCUCAAAGUCAGUCGGGGUAUCCCAGGAAACACGGGUUACACGGGGUACAUUGUCUCUUACCUGAGCCUCAGAGUGUGUGGAAGAUGAAGCCGUGGUGCGAGCCUGCUGACGGGUGGUCACUGGAUAUGCCUCAUGGUGAGGACUUUGGGGCACAAAAGCGGAAGUCAUUUGCCCCAGGUCAUUCCCCAAAACAACAUCAGCUGGUAACUUGUGCAUCAGCCCCACCUCCACCAUACCUUCCCCCGCACCCCAAUUCAGAUGUAUCUUGGCAGUUGGUAGCCGGUACAUGGCACCCCCUGCUACCCGGACUGCUACCGAUCCCCCGGUAUGUGCUGAUCCUGACACCAAAUGCGGGGCAACCAAAGUUAAGGUAGCGCCGGAAUCACGUAGCCCCUGUACCUCUUUCCCUUCCAGAGUCACGGUCUGGCAAUGUGGAUGUCGGUUGUCAGUAGCAUGGAUGGACAUUACAUCGUGCAAAACGCCCAGGGGUUCAUCAGCCGACUCAAGCGGCACUCCUGGCAAAGUUGGCUCUGCAUGAUAAUAAUGAGCAGCUGCCCGCGGGGCCAUAUUCUGCCGGAGCUGAUUCCAGUUCUUGCGGCUCCGGUUUUGGGUGCACUCCCGGGCCAUGUGCCCCCAUUGCUUACAGGCAUGGCACUGGAUGUUGGACCUGCCAUUAUAACGGGAGUGGGGAGGUUGUCCCACAAGUGCUGGUCUGGAUGGUGCUGUCGCUGGGGCAGGAGCAAUAACUGGAAACGGUUGCGGGUUGGGUUUUGCAUACCCUCGGUUAUUAUUUUUAUGAUGCCUCCUAGCAUCAUAAUGUUGGUCGGCCAAUCGUGCCGCUUCGGUUAGGGUGUGAGGAUUUCGGUCAUUCACCCAUUCUUGAGCCUCUGGUGCCAGGCCAUUACAAAACUGCUCCAGUAGCAACAUCUGGCGUAACUCUUCCAUGGUGGUAGCUCUGCUGGCUUGUAUCCAGCCUUGUGAGGCUUGGUCAAGCUUGUGUGCCCACUCCGCAUGUGAGUCUUUGUCCCUUUUUUCAAUUCUCGGAACUUGCGCCGGUAUGCCUCUGGGGUAAUGGCAUACCUUUCUAAUAGCGCCUGCUUUACCUUGUCAUAAUUCUUGCUGUCCUCUCUGGGUACAGCCCGGUAGGCGUCUGCUGCACGCCCAGACAGUUUGCCUACCAACAAAGGUACCCACAUAGCUUGCUCUACAUCAUGCAAGUCACACAAUCUUUCAAAAUCUUGCAAGAAUCCAUCUAUUUCGUCUUUAUCCUCGCAAAAAGUUUUAAAUACAUGAUGUGGUAUUUUUGGCCUUCCCUGGCCCACAGUUGAAACAGCAGCGGUUUCUGCUUGAGGUGAGAAGGCUUGAUUCCUUUGCGCCAUCACGUACUCCUGUGCAUCCGCCGAAAUUAUGGUCAUAAUUUCUGGAGAUACUGGAGCGGGCCAAAAUGCCAAUCUUGUCCUCAUUUCUCGUUCAAAUGGGGUCUCCUCCAUGUUUGCUGGGGGUGUAGCACUACGAGCUCGGUCUCCUUCCAUUAGCUCGGCAAUAAGUCUUGCUUUAGGCUUAUUGCUGGCUAUCUUACCCCUGGCUUCCAACAGCUCCUUUAACGUUUGCCGUUUCAAUAUGGUGUAGUCCGUCCCCAUUCACUUCUGCAUCUGUAUCAAUUGCCUUCUGCUUUCCAGUAUGUCAAUUCCAAUUGUAUAAACAGCGUUUUUCCUGCUGUACGGUUGGAUCCCGCCGCUUGCCACCAAUUGUUGCGGAGCUGCAAUUUUAUAAUCCCAGGAUCUCUGCUGGUAGAAUGCAAUAACCAAGUACAAAGCUGGAAGCAGGCAAUAUUCCCAAAUCCUCCCAAGAACCAGACGAAACACAGUCUGAGAGUCAACUGCCACUUUAUUCAAAAAGACUGAUAUUUAAAGCAGGUCACUCAACUGUCACUUUAUUCAAAAAGACUGAUAUUUAAAGCAGGUCACUCAACUGUCACUUUAUUAAAAAUAACUGAUAUUUAAAGCAGGUCACUCAACAGGGGUUUCCAAAGAUGGGCAGCAGGGGUUUUGGUUGAGGGGACUGGAGGGAGACUACCGUUUCCAGGUCCUCCUCCCAACAGCCCCUGCUGUAACAUACAGUAAUGAAAACUACGAGGACAUAAACCGUUACCUUUCUACUUCAAAAUAUACAACUUAGUCAGUUUUAAUAGCAAUGCUAACGAAUGGGGAGGAUUCGAACAGACAUACACAGUACAGCAUAAAUUAAACAUAGCCGGAGACGCCACACUAUACCGGCGCGCAGUACACAACAGAAAAUAGGCACAACCAUUCUAUCUUAGGCAGUCCCAAGUGGCUAGGUUUGCCACAAGAUAGGUCUGGGAUAGUUUCUGGGGGUCGAAUAAAACCCCCCAGAAACUAUCACAAUGUAUCCGUUUCACUCAUGCUGCCUUUUAUCCAAUCGAAUGUCCCUGUUGGGAAGCAUUGUGUGAACACAGCGCAUGCACCAUGCACCAAGCCUGCAGGGCAGCAUCUAUACCAAAUCUAUCGCUCCACUUAAAGCAUAAUCUGUAUACUGUGCUACAAAUAGGGCUCAUUUGAACCUGAGUGUAUCUUUAACCAAGUAAACCAUUGUGUCCAUGGAUUCCUCUCACAGAGCUCCGUGUCUGCGUCUUCCUUACACCUGACGGGGGCCGUGUGCACGCCAAAUACCAACUACACUAAGAGGAACAACUGCUUCUGCCUGAGGUAAGUCCUGGUAUACCACAACCCCCAUUCUUAACAGGUACUCCAUAAAACAUGGGCCGACACCAUAAGGGGCAUGGGCCAAGUAUGAUGCCCCUGGUGGGCCACCUUAAAGACUCAUUAAAUUCAUAUUAACCAAUAGUAACUAAAGGCACAGCAUACUGAGUAGGUCUAAAAGUGCAGGGGAGUAUUAUGCUAGGUCAAUAACUGUAAGGUAUAAAUGGUCAACCAGUUAUCAGCAGCAUGCUAGCUCUCCACUGGCAAUAUCCUUGCCCUCUCCAUUCUAUUCUAUCGAACAAUUAGGCACACAGGUUAAAAACGUACAUACAGUUGCAAGAAAAAGUAUGUGGACCCUUUGGAAUGAUAUGGAUUUCUGCACAAAUUGGUCAUAAAAUGUGAUCUGAUCAUCAUCUAAGUCACAGCAAGAGACAAUCACAGUCUGCUUAAACUAAUAACACACAAAGAAUGAAAUGUUGCCAUGUUUUUAUUGAACACACCAUGUUAACAUUCACAGUGCAGGUGGGAAAAGUAUGUGAACCCCUAGACUAAUGUCAGCCAACUGGAGUUCAAUCAAUGAGAUGAGAUUGGAGGUGUUGGUUACAGCUUCCCUGCCCUAUAAAAAACACACACCAGUUCUGGGUUUGCUUUUCACAAGAAGCAUUGCCUGAUGUUAAUGAUGCCUCGCACAAAAGAGCUCUCAGAAAACCUACGGUUAAGAAUUGUUGACUUGCAGAAAGCUGGAAAGGGUUAUAAAAGUAUCUCCAAAAGCCUUGCUGUUCAUCAGUUCACGGGAAGACAAAUUGUCUAUAAAUGGAGAAAUUUCAGCACUGCUCCUACUCUCCCUAGGAGUGGCUGUCCUGUAAAGAUGACUGCAAGAGCACAGCGCAGGCUGCUCAAUAAGGUGUAGAAGAAUCCUAGAGUGUCAGCUAAAGACUUACAAAAGUCACUGGUAAAUGCUAACAUGCCUGUUCACGAAUCUACAAUACGUAAAACACUAAACAAGAAUGGAUUUCAUGGGAGGAUACCACGGAGGAAGCCACUUCUGUCCAAACAAAACAUUGCUGCACGUUUACAGUUUGCACAAGAGCACCUGGAUGUUCCACAGCAGUACUGGCAAAAUAUUCUGUGGACAGAUGAAACCAAAGUUGAGUUGUUUGGAAGAAACACACAACACUCAACACUAUGUGUGGCGAAAAAAAGGCACACCAACAUCAAAACCUCAUCCCAACUGUGAAGUAUGUUGGUGGGGCCAUCAUGGUUUGGGGCUGCUUUGCUGUGUCAGGGCCUGGACGGAUUGCUAUCAUCGAAGGAAAAAUGAAUUCCCAAGUUUAUCAAGACAUUUUGGAGGAUAACUUAAGACCAUCUGUCUACCAGCUGAAGCUCAACAGAAGAUGGGUGUUGCAACAGGACAAUGACCCAAAGCAUAGAAGUAAAUCAACAACAGAAUGGCUUAAACAGAAGAAAAUACGCCUUCUGAAGUGGCCCAGUCAGAGUCCUGACCUCAACCCGAUUAAGAUGCUGUGGCAUGACCUCAAGAAAGCGAUUCACACCAGACAUCCCAAGAAUAUUGCUGAACUGAAACAGUUCUGUAAAGAGGAAUGGUCAAGAAUUACUCCUGACCGUUGUGCACGUCUGAUCUGCAACUACAGGAAACGUUUGGUUGAAGUUAUUGCUGCCAAAGGAGGUUCAACCAGUUAUUAAAUCCAAGGGCUCACAUACUUUUUCCACCUGCACUGUGAAUGUUUACAUGGUGUGUUCAAUAAAAACAUGGCAACAUUUCAUUCUUUGUGUGUUAUUAGUUUAAGCAGACUUUGAUUGUCUAUUGUUGUGACUUAGAUGAUGAUCAGAUCACAUUUUAUGACCAAUUUGUGCAGAAAUCCAUAUCAUUCCAAAGGGUUCACAUACUUUUUCUUGCAACUGUAUACCAAUGAUGGGACAGUUGAUGCAGCUAAAUGCCAAUCUGUGGCCACCUUAGAGGCCGGAAGUAAAUGUUCUUGGAGCACAGCUGUUUAUCAUGAAUUAUUCUGAUUAUAUCACUGUCAUUGUCUCUGUUCUCCUUCUCGGUCUCGUAGAUUAUCAGAUGGUUCUGAGUAUUUGCUCUGCGCCCCCUCAUCACUUCUCGCUCACGAAUGGGUGGCAAAGCUGCAGCAUAACUCAGGUAAGUAGCCUUUCCGAUAUUGGGGGUUAUAUGAGGCUGUGUAACCAUUGAGAUUAGCCCAUUUAGCCCCAUUAAAGGACCACUAUAGUGCCAGGAAAACAUACUCGUUUUGGAAGGGGGAAAGGGGUUUAAACUUACCUUUUUCCAGCGCUGGGCGGAGAGCUCUCCUCCUUCUCUCCUCCUCCGUUCCGCCCCGUCGGCUGAAUGUGCACGCGCGGCAAGAGCUGCGCGCGCAUUCAGUCGGUCGCAUAGGAAAGCAUUUACAAUGCUUUCCUAUGGACGCUGGCGUGCUCUCACUGUGAAAAUCACAGUGAGAAGCACGCAAGCGCCUCUAGCGGCUGUCAAUGAGACAGCCACUAGAGGCUUUGGGGGAAGGCUUAACCCAUUCAUGUUUAUUAAAAAAUGGGUUAACCCUAGCUGGACCUGGCACCCAGACCACUUCAUUAAGCUGAAGUGGUCUGGGUGCCUAGAGUGGUCCUUUAACGGACAUGUUUGAUGCCCAUGGUUUGAGGUGAAGCUGCACUGUGUUUUAGCAUACUAUGGAUUCCAGGUAUAUUGUAUCUUUGGUUUCUUUGUCUGAAGGGCUUGAAGACCCGGAUCUGCUUAGUGACCCAAUGCUUGGAUCCACCUUCUCCCCUCGCUGUCACCCCAGGUGAGUUCAAUGUAUAAAGAUAUAUACAAUUAUUCUAUAUAGGGGCACAGAUUGUACAUAGUGUUAGAGGUUUUAUUCUAUAUAGGGGCACAGAUUGUACAUAGUGUUAGAGGUUUUAUUCUAUAUAGGGGCACAGAUUGUACAUAGUGUUAGAGGUUUUAUUCUAUAUAGGGGCACAGAUUGUACAUAGUGUUAGAGGUUUUAUUCUAUAUAGGGGCACAGAUUGUACAUAGUGUUAGAGGUUUUAUUCUAUAUAGGGGCACAGAUUGUACAUAGUGUUAGAGGUUUUAUUCUAUAUAGGGGCACAGAUUGUACAUAGUGUUAGAGGUUUUAUUCUAUAUAGGGGCACAGAUUGUACAUAGUGUUAGAGGUUUUAUUCUAUAUAGGGGCACAGAUUGUACAUAGUGUUAGAGGUUUUAUUCUAUAUAGGGGCACAGAUUGUACAUAGUGUUAGAGGUUUUAUUCUAUAUAGGGGCACAGAUUGUACAUAGUGUUAGAGGUUUUAUUCUAUAUAGGGGCACAGAUUGUACAUAGUGUUAGAGGUUUUAUUCUAUAUAGGGGCACAGAUUGUACAUAGUGUUAGAGGUUUUAUUCUAUAUAGGGGCACAGAUUGUACAUAGUGUUAGAGGUUUUAUUCUAUAUAGGGGCACAGAUUGUACAUAGUGAUAGAGGUUUAUUCUAUAUAGGGGCACAGAUUGUACAUAGUGUUAGAGGUUUUAUUCUAUAUAGGGGCACAGAUUGUACAUAGUGAUAGAGGUUUUAUUCUAUAUAGGGGCACAGAUUGUACAUAGUGUUAGAGGCUUUAUUCUAUAUAGGGGCACAGAUUGUACAUAGUGUUAGAGGCUUUAUUCUAUAUAGGGGCACAGAUUGUACAUAGUGUUAGAGGUUUUAUUCUAUAUAGGGGCACAGAUUGUACAUAGUGUUAGAGGUUUUAUUCUAUAUAGGGGCACAGAUUGUACAUAGUGUUAGAGGUUUUAUUCUAUAUAGUGGCAUAGAUUGUACAUAGUGUUAGAGGUUUAUUCUAUAUAGGGGCAUUGAUUGUACAUAGUGUUAGAGGUUUUAUUCUAUAUAGGGGCACAGAUUGUACAUAGUGUAGAGGUUUUAUUCUAUAUAGGGGCACAGAUUGUACAUAGUGUUAGAGGUUUUAUUCUAUAUAGGGGCACAGAUUGUACAUAGUGAUAGAGGUUUUAUUCUAUAUAGGAACACAGAUUGUACAUAGUGAUAGAGGUUUUAUUCUAUAUAGGGGCACAGACAGAGGUUUUAUUCCGUAGAGGGGUACAGAUUGUACAUUAUUAUUAUUAUUAUUAUUAUUGCCAUUUAUAUAGCGCCAACAGAUUCUGUAGCGCUUUACAAUAUUAUGAGAGGGGGGAUGUAACUAUAAAUAGGAUAAUUACAAGAAAACUUACAGGAACGAUAGGUUGAAGAGGGCCCUGCUCAAAUGGGCUUACAGUCUAUAGGAGGUGGGGUAUAAGACACGUUAGGACAGGAUAUAUCAAUCAAAUUAGUUGGGAGUGAAGCAGAGAUGGAGGAGAGAGUAAAGUGCUGCCCUUUAGGAGAGACCCAGAGACAGGUAUGUGAGGUAGAGGUUACUCUGGGAGGCCAUAAGCUUUCCUGAAGAUAUGGGUUUUAAGGCUCUUCUUAAAUGAUUGAAGACCAGGGGAAAGUCUGAUGGCGGUAGGCAGGCUAUUUCAUAGGAAAGGAGCCACCCGUGAGAGGUCCUGCAAGCGCGAGUAGGCUGUACGGGUGCGAGCAGCGGUCAGGAGAUGGUCACGGGCAGAGCGGAGGGAACGAGGAGGGGCAUACCUAUGGAUCAUUGAGGAGAUAUAAGAGGGGCUAGAAUUGUUCAGUGCUUUAAAUGUAUGGGUUAGCACUUUGAAUUGACUCCUAUAGGAUACAGGGAGCCAAUUUAAGGGCUGGCAGAGGGGUGAUGUGUCAGAGGACCGACUAGAGAGGAAAAUCAGUCUAGCUGCAGCAUUCAUUACAGACUGUAGCGUGGCAAUACGGCUUUUGGGGAGACCAAUCAGGAGAGGGUUACAGUAAUCCAUGCGGGAAAUUACUAGAGCAUGGACAAGCUCUUUGGUCGCAUCUUGUGUAAGAAAGGGGCGGAUGCGGGCUAUGUUUUUGAGUUGGAACCUACAGGAUUUGGUAACAAACUGGAUGUGAGGCUCAAAGGUGAGGCCAGAGUCAAGUAUGACGCCAAGACAGCGUGCUUGCAAGGAUGGACUUAUGUGGAUAUCACUGACUUGAAGGGAGAGCGAGAGAGGAGGAUCAGUAUUAGGAGGAGGAAAGACAAGGAGUUCAGUUUUAGAGAGAUUGAGUUUCAGAAAGCGUGAGGACAUCCAGUCAGAGAUGGAAGAAUGGCAAGCAGUGACACGUUGCAGGACGGCAGGGGAGAGGUCCGGGGAGGAGAGGUAUAUCUGUGUGUCAUCAGCGUACAGGUGGUAGUUGAAUCCAAAAGAGGCAAUAAGCUUGCCAAGAGAGGCAGUAUAAAGAGAAAAUAGAAGGGGACCAAGGACAGAGCCUUGGGGAACUCCAACCGAGACAGGACGAGGGGAGGAGGUAUGCUUGGGAAAGGAGACACUGAAUGAGCGUUGCGAGAGAUAGGAGGAAAACCAAGAGAGGACAGAGUCACAGAGACCGAGCGAUUGAAGAGUUUGAAGGAGGACAGCAUGAUCAACGAUGUCAAAGGCAGCAGAGAGGUCAAGGAGAAUUAAUAUGGAGUAGUGACCUUUGGAUUUAGCUGCGAUUAGGUUAUUAGUGACUUUGAUGAGAGCAGUCUCAGUAGAGUGGAGAGGGCGGAAGCCAGACUGAAGAGGGUCAAGGAGAGAGUUGGAAUUGAGGAAGCGAGACACACGGGUAAAGACAAAUCUUUCCAAAAGCUUUGAUGAGAAAGGGAGCAGGGAUAUUGGACAAUAGUUAGAGGGGAAGGAUGGGUCAAUAGUAGUGAUGUCCCGAACUGUUCGCCGAACGGUUCGCCGCGGUUUGCCGCAGACUCCAGUCAGCAGACACAUUACAGCCAAUCAGCAGCAGACCCUCCCUCCCAGACCCUCCCACCUCCCGGACAGCUCACUAAGAAUGCAGCUUCAAAAUGGAUGCUGUCCAGGAGGUGUGAGGGUCUGGGAGGGAGGGUCUGCUGCUGAUUGGCUGGAAUGUGUCUGCUGACUGGAGUCUGCGGCGAACCGUUCGGCGAACAGUUCGGGACAUCACUAGUCAAGAGAUGUUUUUUUUCAGGAUAGGUACUACAGUGGCAUGUUUAAGGUCAACAGGAAAAGUACCAGAAGAGAGAGAGAGCAGUUAAAGAUAUGUGUUAGGGUAGGCACAAGACAAGGGGAGAGAGAUCUGAUGAGGUGGGAUGGGACAGGAUUGAGCGGGCAAGUGGUGGGGCGAGAGGAAUGGAGAAGCGCAACCACCUCUUGUUCAGUAGCCGGGGAGAAAGUCUGAAGGGUAGGGAAGGCAUGAUUUAUGUGUGGUUGAGAAAGAGAACGGCAAGGAGGAGAGAGUUGUUUCCUUAGCUGUUCAAUCUUGUUGGUAAAGUAGCAUGCAAAGCUACUUUGUAAGGUUAGAGGGGUGGCCGCAGCAGGGCGCAGAAGUGAGUUAAAGGUAUCAAAGAGACGUCUGGGAUUGCGGGAGCAUGAACUAAUGAGAGAGGAAAAGUAUGACUGUUUGGCGAGGGCAAGGGCUGCGCUGUAUGAACGCAACAUGAAUCUAUAAUGGAGAAAGUCUGCCUGGGACUUCCUCAAGGAGCAUUCAGCACAACGGGAGCAACUCUGCAGAUAGUGUGUUGAUUUAUUAUGCCAAGGUUGGGGUCGUGUCCUCCUCGAGGUGCAUGUUUGGCGUGGGGCUGCAGCGUUCAAGGCAGAGGUGAUGGUAAUGUUAUAUGUGGAGAUGGCCAGUGAGGGACAGGAGAGGGAUGGGAUGGAUAGCAGUUGUGAAUCAAUGUCAGCUGACAGCUACUAGAGGUCAAUAGUGUUAAGGUUUCUCCUGAGUUGAGGGGGGUUAGGCUGAGGUUGCUGGGUGAGGGGGUAAUUGAGAGCAAAUGAUAAGAGGUGGUGAUCAGAGAGAGGAAAUGGAGUGUUGCAGAUAUUAGAUACUCUACAUGAAUAAGAGAAAAUAAGGUCAAGGGUACUGCCAGCUACAUGGGUGGGAGAGUUAACCCACUGCAAUAGUCAGAGGGAGGAAGUAAUUGAAAGUAGUUUAGAGGCUACUGGAGUCAAAGGUGGGUUGAUGGGAAUAUUGAAGUCUCCAAGAAUUAGGGAUGGGAUGUUGGAAGAGAGGAAGUAAGGUAGCCAGGCAGCAAAGUGGUCAAGGAAGAGGAGAGGGGAGCUAGGGGGACGGUAGAUAACGGCAAUGUUAGCAGAGAAGGGUUUGAAAAGGCGAAUUGAAUGAAUUUCAAAUUAUGGGAAAGAGAGGGAAGGGGGGGUGGACAGGGUUUUAAAGGAGCAGUGGGGUGAGAGGAGAAAACCUACACCGCCACCUUUAAUCUCUGCUUGUCUUGGAUUGUGGGUAAAGUGAAGACCACCAAAGGACAGUGAGGCAGAUGUAGCAGUAUCAGAAGGAGAGAGACAUGUUUCCGUUAGUGCAAGUAGGUUUAGGGAGUGUGAGAUAAAUAGGUCAUGGAUGGAAGUAGAUUUAAAGAUGCUGCACACAGAGCGUGCAUUCCAGAGGGCAGCUUUAAAAGAGGAAUUAUAGUGAGAAUUACAUGGAAUGGGUAUUAGGUUGUUGUGGUUUCUGGUGUUUGUACCAGGUGGCUGAGUAGUGGAGGGACCAGGGUUUGGAGAGAUAUCACCCGCUGCUAGGAGUAGUAGGAUGGAAAGGAAGAGAAGGUGGGAGUAAGAUUUAAAUGUUGGGGAUGAGAGCUAUUAUUUAGGGGAUUUAGGAGGGGUGUGUGGAGAAAGGCUGGAUAAAUAUGAGUAAAGUGCAUGUGAUGAAUACAGAGAUGAGGGAGCAAUGACGAUGGUGUCAGCAGGAACAGGUAAGUAAAGGGAUAGAGAGAUAUUGAUAGUGAGGGAAGUGAGAGAGAAAGUGAAAAAUAGAAGUGAGAACAUUAUUAGGAGAAUAGGUGCUGUGUUUUUAAGAGCUGUGGUUAGGAGGGUUAAUGGUUCAAGAGGUAUUGUGUGAGUAUAGCUAUUUUAGGUGUGGAGGGUUUGGUGGACAAAAUUGGUUUAACAGGAAAGCCAGGUAAUUUGAGCUAUCUAUAAAUGUAGUGAUGACCAUGGGGAGGGUGGGAUGUAGGGUGGGUGGGAAGUGAUCAUCCAGAAAUGCUACCUCUGCUUAUGGCAAGUCCUGUAGGGAUGUGUGUUGUGAGUCCUGGGUGUAGCUGUUUCAAUAUUGUAAGGGGCCCAGGCUCUGCUUAUGGCAAGUCCUGCAGGGUUGUGUGCUGGGAGUCCUGGGUGUAGCUGUUUCAAUAUUGUAAGAGGCCCAGGCUCUGCUUAUGGCAAGUCCUGCAGGGAUAGAGGUUAGUGAUAGAGGUUUUAUUCUAUUUUAUUCAGAUUGUACAUAGUGUUAGAUGUUUUAUUCCGUAUAGGGGCACAGAGUGUACAUAGUGUUAGAUGUUUUAUUCCGUAUAGGGGCACAGAGUGUACAUAGUGAUAGAGGUUUUAUUCCAUAUAGGGGCACAGAUCGUACAUAGUGUUAGAGGUUUUAUUCCGUAUAGGGGCACACAUUGUAUUUUUUUAUAUGGAUGCAAACUGUGUCCUAAAUUGAGCAUAUAUUUCUCAGUAGAGGCCCAAUCAGCUCAUGCUUCUUUGAGCGAUUAUAUUCUCUGCAGUUAAUAAAACUGGAUAAUAAUGCAUUCAAGUAAUUAUGAAGCUUUUUUUCCUGUCUCCUCACAGAUUUCACCCAUGUGUAGUCAUCAUUUUCUUUUGUUGAAUAGAUAGGAACGUAGGGGUAAAUCAGAAGGACAUACACUAGCUCUAGAAGUCUGUUAGUCUACCUAUUGUAGAACGCUAUGGAAUUUUUUGACGCUUUGUAAAUAAUAAUAAUAAUAAUGUAGACAGCUUCCCUGGCAUUGUUAGAUGGGAUAUCUGGAAAACUCGGCAGAGCCGCAUCACUCUGUAACACUGGCAAGGAAGAUUUCAAUGCCAGACAAGACUGGCAAGAUCGAAUGUGGACACAAUUUUCCAUAGAGAUGUUUUAUAUUAUGCGCUGAGUGGAUUGUGCCUCACAGGACUGUUCCUUUUAGAUCUUGGAUUCCAGAGGUUUGUCAGCCAAUUCCAGUGCAAGGCCCUGAGAUCUCGGGCAAGUUGCCGGAGUUACCCAAGAACCAGCUGCAGAAACUGCAUAUCCGUGAUCAGCUAAGUAAGUGUAAUCCACCAGCUAUUGCUUGUGGUUCAAAAUGACCUUUCUGUCUGUUUCCAAUACACACUAUACACACUGAAACGAGUCUUCGGGUUUGUUUCUGCUUCUCUCUGGGUAGAUGGCAGCACAGAGCCCCCUCCAUCCGCCCUGUCCCAGCUACUAUACUGGUUCCCAGAUGAAUCCACCAAGACCUCUGACCGCUGCUUUGUAGAGGAUGACAAUGUGACCACUAGAAGGCGAUCACAGUCUUUCAGCUCAGGUAAGAGCCCGACGUUGCCUCCACAGGCACCUGGUGUAACAAAGAACAUGUAGGACACCUGGAACAAUACUGAAACCAAUCCAUAAACUAUUCAUUGUAUAUCAACUAACUUAAAAAUACCAUUUUCCUUCUACUGAACGCUCCAGGUUACAAAAAAAUGGGAGGAGACAGACACGUGAACCCUGAAAAACUAGAGACAGGGGCUGUGUAGAGACUGAAACUAGAGAUAGGGGUUGUGUAGAGACUGGAACUAGAGAUAGGAGCUGUGCAGAAACUGGAACUAGAGGUAGGAACUGUAUAGAGACUGGAACUAGAGAUAGAAGCUGUGUAGAGACUGGAACUUGCAAUUCUGAAUAGGUGUGUAGAUGAAUGUAGUGGUUAACCCGAUGAGUAGAGGGGUUCCCACCGCUAGAGGGUGUCCUUCUCCCGAUGAGCGAGGGGUAUUCUCCGCAUCCAGUAGUCAUCCAAGUUGAGAAGCUCUUAAAAGAGCUAAUGUUAUAGCUGUAUAGCAGUUUAUCUGUAGACAAGACUCUAGAUUGAGGGUGAAGUAGAACUGCUUUAAUGAGCACACAAGCCUUUCUUUUAUACAAGUUUACCCACAAGGUUACCACCCACGUGGACCUUGUUGGGCACCGAAAAUACAAACUCAACAACCAAUAGCUUACAGUCACACAGUUAAGCACUCCCAUUCGUUACUGUAAAUUCCUCCCUUCUGCAUGGGAGAUAAUUGAGUUAAUUGCUUUAUCAACUCAAUUAUCUCCAAGUGAAAAAUAUACUUUUUACUCAAUUUUUAUAACAUCACAAUUACACAUCCAAUCUCCAUAAAACUUACAUUAUCAGAACCAGCAUAAUUAGGGAACAAACAUAUCCAAAAAUCAAAACAAUCGGUCCAGGGGUUCGGGGUUGACCGACCGCACGCAUGUUUUCAUACCCAAAACAGUUCCACAGAUUCAGGCUGUGUGGCCGGUCUAUCUUCUCCUUCAAAUAAAGUAAAAAUUUCACGAAUGGAUCCGUUCGUGCUUACGGUCAUUAGAUGUGUCCUGUUCAGGAGUUUAUGCUCCAGAAAUAGCGCUCUGUUUGUAUGAUUUUAGCCAAACGCACGGAAAAUAGAAGUCUCAGUGGUGUUCGUGGAAAUAGUAGCCAAAAUUGGUUCCACGAAUUCGACGACAAAACACCGCUGAGUGCGUUCGGCUAAACAAAAUGGCCGCUGCCACGUGUUCGUACAGACGAACGCCAACCACCCUGUUGAUCAAUUAGAACGUUGGGGUGUUCGUGGUUAAUGGGUGCCACACUCCUGUUCUGGGUGGUCAGUCGUUUAGCAGAAAAUUUGUGAUUCAAACGGCUCUUAGCCCAAUAAAGGUUCAUUCCAUUUAGACAAAUUGUUUUAAACAGAGUUUUUCAAGGUUUAAAAAUCAGGGACAGAGGGUCUGUCACAAUGAAUUUAGAUAUUUAUAGAGCCUGCCCAGACCUAUAGUGAAGACACUAUGUACCAAAUGGCAAAUUUUGUACCAGUUUCAGCUUUCAGUGUCUGUUGCAGAUUGGUGGCCCCUGUUCUAAAAGACUGUUUAUAUAUAAAUAAUUCCUGGUUAAACUAACAUUAAUCUCUCACUCUCUUACAGUUUCAUAUCAGACGAUGUCUACCAGCUCCUCACCCCAGAAAACCUCUCACAAAUAUUCAGUUACACUCCAGAUUAGCGACACACCUGCUCCCCGCGGGCGCUGCCACUCAUUUGCCAUCAGCCCUGACCAAUCUCGGAAUGGAUGGAACAGAGAUGGGAAUAAGGGAGGCAACUCUAAACCUCGUAAUCUGUCUGUCUUCAAAAAAUUCUUCUGGAAGAAGGAAUGA